CUGUCCCAGUCCCACCCGACCCACCUACAGUUGGGAGAGGAGGGGGUCGGGUGCUUUUUUCUGGAGAUAUUUUGGAGUGCGAGGAGAUAGGAUUUGGACGAAGCGCCGCGCUCCCAGUGGAGCCUCCACGCUCAGACGUAGUCUACCUGUGGGGACAAGCGACCGGGAACCUCUUCUUCCCCGACCCGCUCACCAUGUGAGCUUUCUUUAGUCUGUUGCAGGAAGGUAAUGUGAAAUUACAGUAAGGGUUCGUGCGCUGGCAGCCAGCCAGCCAUGCCUGCUUCCUGGCUAUUCCAUUCUUUUUUCUCCCUCCACGUUCCCCAUCUUUUUGUGGCCGUGGAACAUUCUUGUAAUCAUUAGACUGCUUUGGGAGGUGGGGUUCCUCUCCUAAAGUGUAUAUAAUUAAUAAUUAAUGCAGAAUAAAGAUUUGUUCAAUUUCCAUAAUGGUUGAACAAUCAGGAGAGGGAGAAGCCAUGGCUGUUUUAAGUAGUAUAAUUAGGGUUGCCAUAUUUCAAAAAGUAAAAAGUCAGGACACCCCAAAGGUUGUUGAGCUUUUUUUAAGGAAUCUCCCUAAAAAUUUAUUGAGCUUUUUAAAGACAAAGCACCAACCUUCCUCCCCCCUGGACAUCAAUUCCGCCUUUGAUACUGCUUUAAAUGUAUAGUACGGAUGGGGCUUGCCAGGAUCAAAGACCCACUCUAUCACAAAACUCAUAUAUGACCUUGAUCAAAAUCUCUCAGCCUGACCUGCCUCAAAGGAUGGCUGUGAGUAUAAAAUGAGGUUCAGAAGUACCUGCUGAAUCUUCUGUCCACCAUGGAUCAGUCGGGAUGGGGGGAGGGGAAAACUUGGGUGCCCAGCCAGAAAUAAAUUAUUUAUUCUUUAUUUAUUUCAUAAAGUUUUAACACUCCUUGAUUGUAAAAAAACUCAAAGCAGUUUACAAAAGUUAAACAGUAAAAUCAAGAAAAAAUCAGAACCAUAUUUCAUAACAUAGGAAAGUUAAAAUACUAAAACAAAGUAAAAUUACUUCAACUUUUACAGCAUCUGGGUAGACUUGUCUAAACAAGGUUUUUAGCAAUUGCCAAAAAGAGUACAGUGAAGGUGCCCACUUGAUAUCUAUAGGCAGGGGGUCCCAAAGUGUAGGUGCUGCCACUCUUAACAAUCGAGUUCUUACAAAUGUGGAAUAGGUAUUAUGUGGCACCUGAAGUAGUGCCAAAGCAGUUGAGUGGGCACAUGUGGGGUAAGUCAAUCUCAUAGGUAAAUUGGUACCAAGGUAAGGAUUUUAUAUUAGUAACACCUUGGCCUGGUAGGAAGUCAGCAAUUAGUGCUGCUCUCUGAGCGCAGGCCUCACUCCUGUCAGCAAUCAUGCUGCAGCAUUCUGUACCAACUGCAACUUCUGGGGCAAGUGUGACAGAAGCGCCACAGAGUACAUUACAGUAAUCCAGUCUCGAAUGCAUGAACAACUGUGGCAAGGCUUUCGUGGUCCAGGAAUGGCUGUAGCUGUUGAACCAGCUGCAGUUGGUAUAAAGCAGUUCUAGCCACUGAGGCUACCUAAUAAAAACAUUUAUGGAUAUCCGAGGGAGUACUUAGACACCACACCCAGCAGACACAAAGUCACCUCAACAUGGUCUUUCUUAUUAUUUUGAGAUAUUUCUUCUUCCGUAACCAUAACCUCUAACCAACAGUAGGUUAGAACAUAGUGGUGUUAACACCAAGGUUGCAGGUUCAAUCCCUGAAUGGGGCAGCUGCACAUUCCUGCAUUGCAGCGGAUUGGACUAGAAUGAUCCUCAGGAUCCCUUCCAACUAUACAAUUCUAUGAUAUAGUAUUUAUAUCUAAAUUUGCAUUUAUACUAAUGAAUUAACAUAUGCAGCUAUGUGCCCUUCCCUUUUCCCUGUUUUUUGUGUGCGCACAUUUUUUCUUUGUUAGUGAUGCUUUAGUUAUCCUAGCACAACGAUACAUAUUACACACACACGUAUAUCUAUCUAUCUAUAUCUAUCUAUCUAUCUAUCUAUCUAUCUAUAUUUAUGCGUCUUAAUGAGUAGCUGAAAUGUGAUGUGUAGUCCUUUUCACACGAUGAGGUAAAUGGCCCGAUUUAGAAACUAUCUUAAUCCUGUAACCAGUUAGCCGUUACUGUCCCUUUAAAGGUGCAGGGAGUGUGAUGGAGAAGAUAGCUUCGUCGCUAUCUGAUGACAUACACUGCCUUUGCACGAACUAGCAAGCCUAGAUCUAUGAGGGGGUGAUGCCAAAUCUGGCGGCCAUGGGUUUCGUCACUCUCUAGUGACGUUCUUCCUUUAGCGACAAGCUGUUGCUAGGGCAGCCAUGGACGCCACUAAGAGACCUAUACAUAUCCCGCCUCAGAUGGGGCUCUACGCGGAGAAACACCGCCUCCACCAAAUUAUGCAGGUGAGGGCAUGCUUGGCGCAGGCGACUUGAAGGGAAUAAACGGCCUGCAGAAUAUAAAACUUACAAGGGAGUUGUCCGAGCGGGAAGGGAUAUGUGAGAGUUCGAUAAUUCCCGGCAACCACCGAGGGAGGGGGAGCCUAUUAGACUACAGUUCCCAGCAUGCUCUAGGACAAAAGUGGGUGGACGUGCCACCUAUGUUGGACUCCAGCUACCAUCAGCCCCAGCUGGCAUUGGUAAUGGUGAGGGAUAAUGGGAGUUGUAUUUCAUUUCCCCCAUUCCUGCUCUGGGAAAAUGCAGUAGCUAGAUUAGCAUAGGGUAUUUGUCCACCCUGCAUUUAUAGGUCAGAGUGAGCGCUGGUGAUUUGCUCUUUCAUUUUUAUUUUAUUGAAAAAGUAUUACAAGCCUGAAGGUGGCGAUGUGAUUGUUAUAAGCUGCACCCACAAAGGAUCUUGGGAAGUGUAGUUUUCUCUUCACAGAGCUACAAGUCCAGCUAUCCUUAAUAAACUACACUUUCCAGGAUUCUUUGGUAAGGGAGAAAUAAGUUUUAAAUAUAUUGUGUGGAUCUGCCUAUAAUAUCCAUAAAAUACAAAAAAGUUAGAGAAAUAUAAUUCAUCAAAAUAUUCAAUAUAUAAUAAUAAAUAAUUGUACAGGCAACAGCCAUUUCGCACAGUGGUUCCAUUCCUAGCCCCAACACACGUCAGUGGAGUGCACAUAAAAAGGUAAAGGACCCCUGGACAGUUAAGUCCAAUCAAAGGCAACUGUGGGGUUGCGACGCACAUCUUGCUUUCAGGCCGAGGGAGCCAGCGUUUGUCCAUAGACAGUUUUCUGGGUCAUGUGGCCAGCAUGACUAAACCACUACUGGUGCACGGAGGACCGUGAUGAGUGCCAGAGUGCACAGAAACGCUGUUUACCUUCCUGCCACAGCGGUACCUAUUUAUUUACUUGCACUGGCAUGCUUUCGAACUGCUAGGUUGGCAGGAGCUGGGACAGAGCAACGGGAGCUCACCCCAUUGUGGAGAUUUGAACCGCCAACCUUCCGAUCAGCAAGCCCAAGAGGCUCAGUGGUUUAGACCGCAGUGCCACCCUGCCCCUGUUCUUUCCUCUUCCAGGUCCAAAAAGACUCACAUGUUGGUAAUCGUUCAUCAUUUUGACAUACCUAAAAUGAUUGCUGCCUAUAUAUAAAGCAGAAGCAUGCGAUCUAUUGUUAACUUGUGGCUCCCAGCCACAAUAAGAAGAAAGGAUAAUGAACUUUGGUUAAUGAACUGGAGUAUCAGGGCAGUUAUAAUCCAGUGCUGGGAAACCUGUAGCCCUCCAGAUUUUGCUCCCAUCAAUCCCACUCAAUAUGGCUGAUGUUCAGGGAUGAUAGGAGUUGUAGUCUGACAAUAUUUGGAAGGCUACAGGUCCCCAUUCCUGAUCGAAGAAGUAGCACGCAAUAGAUGGAAGAAGCCCUUCAUUUAGAAGAGUCAUUCCCUCAUGAGAUGAGAGAAUGCCUCUUCUUAGAUCAGGGCAGAGAAACUGUUGACUCUCCAUCCAUUAUUGCACUCCAACUCCCAUCAGCCCCAACUAGCAUGGCUGAUAGUUAGGAAUGGUGGGAGAGAGUCCAGUAACAUCUGGAAGGCCAGAAGUUUCCCAUUUAUUCUUUCUUCCUUUCAAAGUUUACAGGCUAGAUCUCUGGGGAUGAUAACCAAUGAUCCUGGUUUUAUUGGCAACCUGGUGGUUUUAAUAAUAGAAAAUAAAAUGCAAAAAAACAACAACUCCCUAACUGCCUUACUGUCUUCAUUUUGUUUGGAAAUUGUAAACAACUUUCAAGAGAGGGACGUUAAAGUGACUGUGGGUGAAUGUGGAGAGAAUGCAGCCUUAAACCGAGGGAUAAUGACAUUAGAUUAUAUGCUUGCAGUGCCGUCUUUGCCAACAAAUUUGUCAAUAAAAAGCUCAACAGCUUUUCUGUUUGGAUUUUCACUAUUUGAAAUAUGACAACCCUACUGUUCCCCCUCUUGUUCCUUCCUUCUUCAGGCAACUGAAUCCGAGCAGAGGGAGCAGCAGGGUGACCUGCAGAGUUGUGGCUAAUUUGGCAAGGCCACAGUGGCCUCUGCUGGCUAUCAGCCACAGUUGCAGGUAUAGCCUUGGUGAUGAGAAUGAAUAAGGGGCAGGCACUUACUAUCUAAAUCCAAUCCACCUUUUUCCUGCCCAGUCAAGAAAACCAGAUCCAGAGUGUGGAUGGGCCAAUGACAUAUUGGAACAGCAGCCCUGAAGCCCUGAACUUCCACCCCAAUUUAAUAGCCUUGGACAAGGAUGUUGAAGUCUUCUAGAACCAAAAGACUGGGAGUCAUCAGCACCCAGUGCUGUUUUUCUAGAAAAAGAGGUGCCGGGACUCACCACGAAUGCCUCCCUUGCUCUCUUAUAAUGGUAAUGUUGUGCACAUGAGAGGUGCCAAAACUAAAUUCUGAUGAGUUCCAGCUGGAAAAAAGCCCUUCUACACUGCUUUGGAGAUCACCUUUGUCAGUUCAUGCAGGGAGACUGCUGGAUAGUGAGGUGGAUGGUAAAUCAGCACCUAAUCUGUCCUGAUGACCCACUGUCAGGGACAAACACUCUAGAUCUCUGCCCAACUGGACAGAGAGCUUGGAGAGAGAGAUGGAUUUUCUAUAUACCAUAGCUGUUUGGAGGAGUAUAUUCUUUUGUAUGUUCUUGUGACUUGUAUGUGUUCUUUUUUAAAGGAAUGUUUUAAUCUUAUAAUACGUUUUAUGUUUAAACUCCAGAAGUUGCUUGGAGACUUUUGUGUAAGAAAUGUUUAAUGUCUAAUAAAUACCAGUAGUAAUAUUGACUGCAUACUCACUAUUAGCAUUUAAUCACACACCUCCCCCCAAGAAUCCUGGAAACUGCAAUUUAUCUCUCAUAGAGCUACAAAUCCCAGCACCUUUAACAAACUACAGUUCCAAAAAUUCCUGGGCAGGGGAAGUCAUGCACUUCAAAUGUAUGAAGUGUAUGCAGACAGUAACAGUAAUAAUAAUAGUAGUACAGUGGUACCUCAGGUUACAUACGCUUCAGGUUACAGACUGCUAACCCAGAAAUAGUACCUCGGGUUAAGAACUUUGCUUCAGGAUGAGAACAGAAAUCGUGCUCUGGCAGUGCAGUGGCAGUGGGAGGCCCCAUUAGCUAAAGUGGUGCUUCAGGUUAAGAACAGUUUCAGGUUAAGAACGGACCUCCGGAAUGAAUUAAGUACUUAACCCGAGGUACCACUGUAAUAAUAUUUCUUUUAAUUUUGUUUUUAAAGGAAAUGCUUCAAGGUUUGCUUAUCCAUAAACCGGAAGAGCCUUUAGACUUCUUGAUCAAACAAUUAAAACAAGACAACUAUGAUGGUGAGUAAAGGGAAGAAAUCAUUUUAGUUGGGGAACUGGGCAACUAGCAGCUCCUGAGCUGAAUCCAGCCUAUGAGAGGCAGCUCCUGCCCUACAAGUUGUUGACCUCAAGUCUGUCUUUCCCACCAUCCUUUUUGUCUUAUUGCCUACCCUAUUCCUACACAUUUUCUUCCUUUAUGGCAGCCACCAUAACGUUUUGAUCAGUUUCUCUAGGAUGCAGGACAUCAAGACAGCUGAUCAGCCACCAACUAUAUAUUCUGGCCUCCUCCCAAAGUGCAGGCAGUCUCCCCCCCACUCACAAUUUCUCUUCCUCCAGUAUGGUCCUUCCAGCAGAUCUCAUCACCCCAUGGCUGAGCAAAGCAUAGAGGCACAAGUGGGAAGCCAAAAUAACAGGGGCGUCUAUCUCAGCUUUUAGUUCCCCACCUCCUCUAUGUUUGGUUCAGCCCCAGGGUGAUGGGAUCUGCUGGUAAGGCCAUAUCAUGGUGAUGAAGGGGAAAGUGAUGCCUUAGUUUCAAGGGGUUGCUUCAUGUAGAGAUUUGGCUGACGAGCCCUAAUCAGUACCCAACAGUACCACUUUGCAGGUGCAUAGUUAGCCCCGACACACGGAGCGGUGGGGGCGGGGUGAUCUGCACAUGGAGGCACUGCAGCGAUCUGCGCAUGGGGGCUCCAGGGCAAUCUGCCCAGGGGGGCAGUAUAGCGAGCUGCCCACGGAGUCCGCCUGGUGGACGCAAGCCCCACGCUGCCAUUUCAGGCAGCGCGGGCCCCCGAACCACCGCAUCACUCCCAGGAGAGAUGCUUGGCUCAGGCCCCGCGAUAAGUGCCACCCCCUGCGGUGUGCCGUUUUCUCACCCCCCUCAAGGAUGACACCCGGGGUGGACCGCACUCCUGCACCCCCCCUUCCUAUGCCCCUGCCACUUUGCAUGGAAACCAUAGUUAACAUAACUCUAACACAUAACACCAACAUAACAUAACAUAACAUAACAUAACAUAACAUAACAUAACAUAAAACAUAACAUAACAUAACAUAACGUGAGCCUGCUGGAUCAAGCCAAUGCUUCAUUUAGUCCCACAUCCUGUUCUCACAGUGGUCAACCAGGUGUCAGUGGGAAGCACACAAGUAGGACCUAACCAUCAUCUGCACGAUUGAGAUGAAAUUGAUUAGGGAUCGCAUACCAAGAGGGCUAUGCCUUUCACACCUAACAAUUAUUUUCCAGGAGCACCUAGGUACGGUGGUGGCUGAUGCCUGUUUUGACUGAAAGGGCAGAAGGCAGGGAGUCCAAGCAGCAGGUGGCGUUAGAGCCAAUGGGGGGGGGACUAAUUACAGUUUUGUCCCCAUCCUCCUCCCCGCUGAGUUCUACAAUGGCCACACUGAAACCUGGGAGGAGGAGGAAGCUGACAGCCAGGGCCACCACUCCCUGGAUUGGUUGUGAGUAAGAAGGCAGGCAGGCGGGGGCUGGCUGAGGGGUUGGUGGGGCAGCACCCCAUUCAACCUGAUUGAAAAGCCUUCCUAGAUCAGGGUUUCCCAAACUUGGGUCUCCAGCUGUUUUUGGAUUAUAGUUCCCAUCAUCCCUAACCACUGAGCCUGCUAGCUUGGGGUGAUGGGAGUAGUAGUCCAAAAACAAUUUGUGACCUAAGUUUGGGAAACCCUGACCUAGAUAUUAAGAAACCCCACAUUAAAUACUCAUAAAAUAGCCAUCAGUUUUGAACUUGAAUACAUAUGUAUAUAUCUAUAUAUCUCUAAGACAAGUUAAUUGAUCCUUGCUGGAAAUUGUGUCCCACUAUUGUAAUCUCAUAGCUCCCCUGUCCUUAAACCUGAAAUGGCAACUUUGAAAACAAGCCUAGCUUUGUACACAAUGUACAUGUUUGUCUGACGCUGGCAGCAGAAAUCAUGCCAGUGAAUAUGAGUGGAAUUCGCUAUGGUUUUUUUUCUUUUCUUUUUUGAGUCUGCAAAAAUGUGAUUUUCUGCAUUAUUUUUAUGUUUCCUUUCCAUUGAAAUGCAUAGAAAUUAAUUAUGUAAAUAAUUGUGUUAGUUUCAGACAUAAUAUAGUGAGACAAACAGGAUUUAGCAGGAGCCAAACUGUAGCAGAAUGUAAACAGUGCUGAUUGUGGCAAGUACAGGACAGGACGGAAAUCACUGCCUCCUUAUGUUCCUACCCGUGGCCCACCAUGUGCUAAUUUCUAGGGUUUGUAAGAUGCUUCAAGUUUCUUUUCCUGGGGAAAGCCAAAGAGAAAAGCGCAUUAACAGAUCCCUUUUAAAAAAACAACAAACCAAGAUGCCUUUCCUGGGAAUGGCAGGAGUUCUAGUGUAUCCAUUAUUUAUACUCUCUGUGCCUCCAUCUGAUAACUUCCUGAUGUCAUUAAGCUUGCUAAUUACUCCUUUUGUCAAGUGAAAAUUUGGCUUCUCAGCUCUGGCAGCUUUUGCCUGCCAUUUAUUUUUAUUUUUAAAUUACUUACUUACUUGCCACAGCUAAUGACUUCCACAGCUCAACAGCUUCGCAGUCGGGGAAGCUGCAAGUGGGCUUCUUAACAUGAGUGUGUGUUUGUGUGUAAGGCAGGCUGACGAAUCGAACAGCCUGCGUUCCUGCCACAAUGAAGAGCCGUGUACCCUCAAUCAAAAUUAUUUGAUUUACAAACUGUUCACCCUUAGGCGGAUUAGAUUUGGCUAUGCACAACGGCACUCUAAUUUUUCAUUCCACAUGAGCUGUCAAGGCGAGAAUGGUGUCAUGUUACUUUGAUGUUUCUGUAACGGUUUACUCUGGGUUGUUGCUUUUUUAAAACACACACACCAGACAUUCUGUUGUGUCACAUCAAUAAAAUCUCUGUCACUAGAGACGUCUGGGGCUCUUUAUGUUUUAGGGUUGAGAUUCUUAUCAAGGUGAAUUUGUAGCUAAAUAUUUGGGGUUGGUGAGUGAGGGGAGAAAAAACAAUUUUCAUCCAGGAGCUGUUUCUAAAUGUAGUUUGCGCCCAUUCUGAUCUGUUUAAGAGAGGGUUUUUUCGUUUUGUUUUUAAGUACACCAUAGAAAAGGUUUCAUGUAAACCUUUUGGCUCCUGAAGCAAGGGCAUGAUUCAACUGAUGAUAAUGAUUGCUAAUUUGAUUUAGGGCAUAAUCGCUCUGGCCCCCAGCCCACCCCAUGGCAUACCCUGCUCCCACGGUGUAGUAGGGUGUGCAUGCACCUGCCCCAGGUGCCACCAGGGCUUCCAAUGCUGCUGGUGAAAUGUGACCCCUUUCACUCCUCCAAUCUGCUCUGGAUGGUUAGGGGAGCGAUCAGAGAAGAUUUUGGAAGGCACGGGGUGGGGGCAGUUUCCUGCUCAUGCAAUGCAAGCCUCUCUGGGGAGAGCAUUCCACAAAUGUCUUGUGUUUGAAACCCAGGGGAUCCACUGUUAGUCAGUUUAGAUGAUGUUGCACUAUGUAGACCAGUGAGUGAUGCAGUAUAAGGCAGCUUUUUUGGGGGAGAAAUUCAAGAUAGUGCUAAGGAGAUUGCUCCAACAUCCUGCUUGUCUGAUGGAAUGAUCUUCCCUCUCCUCCCCUGUGCACUGUUCUGGAGUUUCUCCCAAUCCCCCUGAGCCAAUUUGGGGUGUAGGGGUGUGUUCAGGGAUGGAGGAAAGCCCCACUGUGCUAGCAAAAGUUAUUGUAGGAGCUCCUGUUAGUGGAACUAGUUACCUGAAUCUAGCCCUGUCUUUUUAAAUUCUUGAGCUGAACAUCCUAAAUGACCAAGCUACAGUUUGUUCCUUUUAUUUUUCAGAGUGGGAUUUGAAAGCAAAGCAAAAAGCUCUUGAUUUUGAGUUUCUAGUAAAAGAGAUUGUCUUUGGUUUAAAGGCAGCACUGCUGUCUGCUCAAGUUCAGAAUAUUCUUAUUAAAUAAUGGAAGGAACAAUGCUAAAAAGAGCUGUUGAGAAAAAAAGAAAGAAUAACAGAGGAGGAAUCUCUAGCAAUCUUGGUUUCUUUGUGUGUAAAUGUGUGUGUGUUUUAAACAAAUUUCUUGAUCACAGAAGAAGGUACUGACUGAAGAGAGGGAGAAGCAUUACCUUAUUAAAGUCAUCAGGAAAGCUAUGAAUUUUCAUGAUCUCUCCUUCCAAGGCAGCUUUCGCCCCAGAGAAAAAUUCAAACAGAGAUGUGGAAGGAAAAGAAAAAGAGAUUGUAUUUUUCCCAGGUGUGAAGGCAGAAAAGCUUUUAAUUAAUAAUUGGUUCUAAAGUACUCCUUUAAGUAGUGUGGCGUGGGCGCAAUGACGCUAUACACAAAGGUGCUGGUAAUUUAUAGCUCCAAACGAUAACAGGCCUUGAGAAACUUUUUUUAAAAAAUAAAAAAUCUUUUAUUAAGUACAUUAGCUAGAAUGUCCAUCUAUGUUUAUACAAUGAAGCAUGCAAAGUUAAAAACAAAUAUUCUUUAAGCACAGCAGCCUAGCAAGGUCGCACAAAAUAAACCAUCAAGUAAGACAGAGAUCCCAUCUUUGUAGGGAAAGCAAGACUUGCUCUGCUUGGAGGAGGAACUCCCAUUUAAAACUUCUGCUAUUUCUAAACAGAGCCUGUCGGGCUCUUGAAACAAAUUCCUGCUUUCUUCCGAAGCUCACAGGUACCAGGCACUGCCACUGUCCACCCUUUGGGCUCUAGAACUCAAAGUUCCCAAACUGAGAUGAACGGUUGUUUGGUUUGGGCUGGGGUUUGUAGCCAGUCUGGUCAUGUAUCAUCUGCUCCUAGCUCUUAUGAUCAGUAUUGAGAGUCCCAGCGCACCCUCACCAUCGCUGGCUCCUACCAGGUCCACCUCCUCGCGCUUCCUACGCCUCUCAAGUUCCUUGCGGGCGCCGUCAAACUCCUCAAUGUCAUCCAGCUUCAGUUGCAGCUGAACAAUCACUCAGAAAAACCCAAGGACGAUGGGGUUGUAUCCAGUGUCUUCCUCAGAGUAGACCCAUUAAAAUGAAUGGAUAUAACUAACUUGGGUCUGUUAAUUUCAAUUGGUCUUCUCUGAGUGAAUUUAGUUGGAUACAAACCAAUAAAAUUUUAUUUUUAUUUCUUAAAUAUAUACAUUGCUGUUAAAAAAAACCCUCAAAGCAGCUUACAAGUAACAAAACAAUAAAACCAUUAGUAAAAACAACUAUUUAAACAUUAAAAAAAUAAAAUCAGCAAUAAACUGGAAACAGGUUAAAACAUAGGAUACGUGUCCUCUCUUCCUACUGGGUAUUUUUGCUUUUUAAAGAAAGUGGCACUUGGAGACUUAGGGAAGUUAAAAAGGUAAAAGAUUUUAUUUUACAGCAAAAUAGGCAAAAGAGAAGAUGUGUCAGGGGACAGAAUUAUUUCAAGAAACAGUUACCGGUAUCUAAACAGGCUUCUAAAUAAGAUGGUAAAUGCACAGAUUAUUUUCACUUUGGUUCAUAGCUGUGAACGUUUCCCUUUUUUAAAGGGAAAUUCCCUUAUUUCGCAUAGGAUUCCUCGCAAGAAAAGGGGAAAGUUGACAGCUAUACUUUGGUUCAUUAAACUAAUUGCAGCGCUGUUUCAGUUUAGGUCAUAAAACUAGGGUUCUGAAAAUUUGACACUUUCUGUCAGUUUCUCCAACCUUUUACAAAUCUCACCCCUGAGGCUCCUCUUUUGGUAUACUAGCCCAGGGGAUCAGCACACACUCCCCUCCUAACUGGUUUGGUAUUACUCCUCUCUUCAGAAGGUCUUUCCCCUUUUUACUGAACUUGAGACCCAAGUAGAGUGUUUCCUCACAACUCCACUUCUCCUUUUUAAAAUUGAACUUCCUGGUUCUCACUAGUCUAUAUACUCUUAAAAGACACCAGCCACCUUAUUUUAAUCUAACACCCAGCUCAGAGACUACCUUCUCUGGCUGUAGAUACUAUUCUCAGGGCAAACUGCACACAGUUCAGAGACUAUACCAUGGGUCAGCAAACUUUUUCAGCAGGGGCUGGUCCACUGUCCCUCAGACCUUGGGGGGAGGGGCGGACUAUUUGUGGGGGGGAGUGAACGAAUUCCUAUGCCCCACAAAUAACCCAGAGAUGCAUUUUAAAUAAAAGGGCACAUUCUACUCACGUAAAAACAUGCUGAUUCCUGGACUGUCCGCGGACCGGAUUUAGAAGGCAAUUGGGUUGGAUCUGGCCCCCAGUCCUUAGUUUGCCUACCCAUGGGCUAUACUAUCCAGCUGAAACGCCAGGAACCCAGACUCUCAACUGCUACAGUGGUGCCUCGCAAGACGAAAUUAAUUCGUUCCGCAAGUCUCUUCGUCUUGCGAGUUUUUCGUCUUGCGAUGCACGGUUUCCCAUAGGAAUGCAUGGAAAAUCAAUUAAGGCGUUCCUAGGGAAACCGCCUUCAGACCAGGUCCGGGGACAGUCUGUCCCCGGACCUCUUCUGAAGGCUGGGGGGGGGGCAAGGGCUUUUCUUCCCACCCCCAGCAUUUUAAAAAACCCCGGGACCGCGGAGGACUUCUCCGCUGUCCGGGCGAUCUUAAAAUGCUGGCGGGCGGCAUUUUAAAAUCACCCCGGGACAGCGGAGGACUUCUCCGCUGUCCGGGGCAAUUUAAAAGCCCCUGGGAAGGCAGGCAGGGGGACAAAGACUUUGCCCCCGCCAGCCUUCAGAAGAGGUCCUGGACCUCUUCUGAAGGCGGGCGGGGGCGAAAGUCUUUGCUCCCCGCCUUCAAAAGCCCUCCGGGACAGGCAGGCAGGGGGAGCAAAGACUCUCGCCCCCGCCCGCCUUCAGAAGGUCUUCCCUCCCCCGCCCGGCUCGGAGCACCGCCCGGCCGGGCGGCGGCGGGAGGUCUUCCCUCCCCCGCCCGGCUCGGAGCACCGCCCGAGCCGGGCGGCGGCGGGAGGUGUUCCUCCCCCGCCCGGCUCGGAGCACCGUUCCGGGCCGGGCGGCGGGGAGGUCUUCCUCCCCACCGCCCGGCUCGGAGCACCGCCCGGCCGGGCAGAGGCGGGAGGUCUCCCUCCCCCGCCCGGCUUCGGAGCACCGCCCGGCCGGGCGGCGGCGGCAGGUGUUCCCUCCCCCCGCCCGGCUUCGGAGCACCGCCCGAAGCCGGGCGGCGGGGGAGGUCUUCCUCCCCACCGCCCGGCUCGGAGCACCGCCCGGCCGGGCAGAGGCGGGAGGUCUUCCUCCCCCCGCCCGGCUUCGGAGCACCGCUCCGAGCCGGGCGGCGGCGGCAGGUGUCCCUCCCCGCCCGGCUCGGAGCACCGCUCCGGGCCGGGCGGCGGCGGCAGGUGUUCCCUCCCCGCCCGGCUCGGAGGAGCCUCCGGCCCGGCGGCGGCGGGAGGAGGUGUCCCCGCCCCGCCGCCAGGCUUCGGAGGAGGUCCGAGGACAGUGGGGAAGACGCGCUGCGCUUCCUCGCUGUCCCUAAGAUUUCCCUAUGGGCUGUCGUCUUGCGAAGCAAGCCCAUAGGGAAAUUGCUUAUGAAGCGCCUCCAAAACGGAAAACCCUUUCGUCUAGCGGGUUUUCCGUCUUGCGAGGCGUUCGUCUUGCGGGGUACCACUGUAUUCUUUUUCCAGUCACAAAGUUCUGUCUCCACCCACCUUCUGGCUAGCUGGACCUGCAGCCAGUCAGAGUGAGUCUUCAGCCCUGCACUCUGCGAGCUACACCUCUCUUGUGGGUAUCACCAUACUCUAGUCUACCUGAGUAGACCAGAAUAAUAAAUAAAAUCACUUAUAAACUAAAAAACAGGUUAAACAUACAUAAACAUGUCUGGGUAGGCUUCUCUAAACAAAAAUAUUUUAGCAGGCACCAAAAAGAGUAGUUAGGUCAGGCAGCAGGGAGUUCCAAAGUGUGAGGCAGCCUGAACAGGGGCUUGUAAUUGUGGAGGUAUACAGUCGUACCUCGGGAUGCGAACGGGAUCCGUUCCGGAGCCCCGUUUGCAUCCUGAACAGAACGUAAGAUGCGACUGCGCUUCUGUGCAAGUGCAAGGUGUGUUUUGCCGCUUCCGCGCAUGCGUGUGAUGUCAUUUUGAGCAUCUGCGCAUGCGCGAGUGGCGAAACCUGGAAGUAACGCACUCCGUUACUUCCGGGUUGCCAUGGAGCGCAACCCGAAAGUGCUCAACCUGAAGCACAUUCAACCCGAGGUAUGACUGUAGUUUGUUGAGGUUUCUGGUUAUUUGAACCCCUAGGUACCUGAAUUUGGUGUGGCAGUUUUUUUUUUGUUUUUUUUUGGAUGUUGGUGAAUUCCUUUUGGGUAUGCGGAAGGGGGGGGCAGUGUUGAAGCACAUAGCCUCAGAUUUUGCAAAGUUUACGUGUAGGCCCAAUAAAAGUUAUUAUGACUAAUUAUUAUUUAUUAGUAUUUUGCCUUCCCCCCACAGAACCAGGACUCAAGGUGGCUUACAAUUUAUUUAUUUAUUUAAAAAAAAUCGCAGAACGCUAAAAACAUAUAAUGGUUAAAAAGUAAGCAACCUAUAGCGGAAUUAAAACAAUAUAAAAUAUAUUAGUCUGAAAUUAGGGUGGGUUGAAAUAAUUAAGAAACAGUGAAAGUUUUUUAAAAGCCCGGGAGAAUAAAAGGGUCUUGGUCUUGUGCCAGAAAGAGUGCAGUUAGUGUUAGGAAGCCCUUAUAGGGAUGGUAUUCUACAUUCAGGUAGGGUUGGGCAAAUUUGAAAAUUGUGUCUUCUUUCAGUUUCUCAGUUUUCUGUUUUUAGGUUCAGCUAGUUACAGUUCCACAUCAGUUUGUGGUGUUCUUUUUUAAAACUCUUUGUGGAAAUUCAUCUGUGUUUUGUGCAAAUUUCUUCUAAUACUAACAUUUUUGUAUGCAAAGUCCACCAAUAUAUACAUGAUUGCAAAGCAAUUUCCCCUAACAGAAUGCAUAUAUGACUUCCACAGAUGUAUGCUUUUUGUGCACACUUUACCAGGGCAUGUACAUUUUUUGGAAUGCCACUGGGCUUGAGAACUGCACUGUAAAAAUUAGGAGAAAUGUAAACUCAGAAGGUUGUAUGUCUGAGUUUUUUCAGAAAGUGAGAAUUAAGCAAGUACAUCUUUAAAUGCGAUCCAAAUCAAAUUUCAUCCUUCAUUCAAUCCCCGUCCCCCUUUAGUAGUCAUCCACCUCACUACAUUUGGCAGCGGCAUUCAGAAGGUACAUUUUAGUGUUUGGAUAGGAACUCACUUGCAGGUAAACUGACCCCUAGGGCUACUUUAAAGAUUAAUACUAGGAGUUUGAAUUGGACCCAGGAGAAACAGCAGAAACUGUAGCACUAAUCUGAAUGUAAAUUAGCUGUGAACAAAAUUAAGAUGAUGAUGAUGAUGAUUAUCAAAGCUGAAUCUUAAUCUCAGAAAAAUGAAUGAAGUGCAGAGAAGCAGAAUCAGGUAGUGCUUGGAUAACUGAACAUGGAUUGCUUAUUCAACAAAGUCACACCUUGUUAGAUAACAGAAAUUUUGGAAGCCAAAUCCUUGACAGCCUUCUGUGUUAAAAUUUCCAUCUUGGAAAUGUAUAACACUGGCAUUUUAGCAGCUGCUUGGGGGGUAGGGGUGGUGGUCAUGCCAUAGCCCUAGUCCAAGAAGGAGUUAAGUACACAAAAAUCAGUGGGAUUCAGCUGGCAUAACUCUCUGUUGAAUGGUGGGCUGUUGACUGUAUAAAGGGAUCGGUGUGCAGACCAGAAGGGUUAAACAGUCCAUUACAAAGUUGCCCUAGAAACACUCUGCCACCCGUGUGGUACGUUUAGGGACUGAGCCCCAGAUGAUUUUUACCGGUGUGCAGAUGAGUAAAUCGGCACAUUUCUGCAUUGGCACGUCUUCUGCCAGCUCCUAUGCAGAAGGAAAAGCAGAUUUAGUACAAAGUGAGCAUUUACAGUAGCCCUGGGCAAUAUUAAAGCGUGAUACGGUGUGUAUAAUGGUACGUUUCCUUUUUCUCCCCCCUCCUAUCAAACGUUUGUCCAAAAAGCUGUGUAUUAAAGCUUCAGUACCUCAGGGUUUUCUUGUGAAUUUUAAAUCGUGCUCCUUACUUAAACCUCAAAAGGAUCUGUAGAUAGAAAGGUUCGUGAUAUUAUAUAUAUAUAUAUAUAUAUAUAUAUAUAUAUAUAUAUAUAUAUAUAUUGCUUUGAAGCGGGUUGAAGAAGUGGAUUAGUGUUGGCACCACAGCACAUUUCAGUGGCUCUGUUUAUAAAUAAUUCCUCACUUACCAGGCUGGAGUUUCAAGGUGUUAAGAUUUUUUUUUUUUUAAAGGGGGAUGGAGGAGAAAAAAGCCACACAGGUUUUAAUCACAUUAUUUUUUUUGAAAGAAAUUAGGUGACAAAAACAGCUUGAUGUAGCCUUUUAAAGCAUUCUUUUCCUGAUAAUGUAUAGCCUUUUCUUGGUGCUCUUACAAGAGCCAGUAAGAGCCCUUCCUUUAAACCUCCCAAGUCAAAGAACUUUGUAAAGAUGAAUUUGUAAUUUGGGGGGUUCAUGCAUGAUUUAAAAUUUUCCACUGCUCAACUCCAUACUGGAAAGCGGAUGCAAAGCUUUGGGGUGGACGGUGGGGUGGGGAAUACACUUCUCUCUUUCCCUCGGCUCUCUUGCCAAGAUCAGAGAGCAUCGCUCCCUUUUGGAUAGCAAGAUCCAGCGAGGCUUGUCAUUUUUUAUUUUGGCCGGCUGGAAUCUUCGACUGAAAUUAUCUCCACAGGUACCUUUGGAAAAGAUGUGAGGGGUAGAAGGGAGCAGGCUUCCAAGAAAAUGCACUGGGAGACUAGCCAUCACAGUGCUUGUAUAUAACAUGGCAGUGGGUGUGUGGGUGGGGGCAAAGGGGCAACAGAUCACAACCUCAAAGGGCAUCGUGAAAAUGGCAGGUGUCCAAAUUUCAGAUUUUAAACAAAGCUGAAAGAUUUCAGGAACAGAGGGCAACAGAGUGAGGUUCAAAGGAUAUAUUUGCUUGUGGAUCUAAUUAAGAUUCAGUUGCAAACAAAAUCUCCAAAGCAAGCAGGAUUUAAAAAAAGUAUUUAAGGUUGUUAUUUUCUGUCUGUUUUAUACCUGCCAUAUAAUGCUUGUUCUGUACUUGCAAUAAAUUGGUCCUUUGGUGUAAAAGCACCUACACUUUGGAACUUCCUGCCCAUUUAUGUUAUUACCUAACAUCAAUACAUCUUCACUGUAUUGUUUCCUGUGGUGCCAAACUCCUUUUUGUUCCAACAAGCUUACCCAGGCAUGUAACUUUAACAUGUCAUAUUGAUAGAUAGUUUUGGCUGGUUGCUUGGCUGGCAUCUGUUUGUCUCAGGAGACAAUGGAAAAAUGUGCCUUUGAGGGUGAAGCCAAACCAUUGGAGGGUUACAGCUCCUGCUGUGGUGGUAGAGACCGAAAUGGAAGAGACAUGUUUUGCUGCAGCUGGGGCAGAUGAUGGCAUCUGGCUGUGCUGAUACAGGUGUACCAUGGCAUUUCUUCUUUCUGCGCUCCUCCCAGUGGUCAUUCCUCCUUUAGUCACUGCUAUGGAUAUACAACCUUACUGUCUCCAGGCAUUGCGGUCAUCUGCAAGGGAUUCCCAAAUGGAGGGGAUGAUGUUGCCAGCCUUCAUGUCAUGUUUACAGACAUCUUUGUAACAUAGAGUUGGUCUGCUAACAGGCCUGGUGUCUGAAGCCAGCUCCCCGUAGAGCACGUCCUUGGGGAUCCUGCCAUCUUCCAUUCUGUAGACAUGACCAACCCAACGUAGAUGUCUCUGAGACAGGAGUGCGAACAUGCUGAGAAUGUGGGCUUGGGAGAGCACGUCUUCAUUUGAGACUCUGUCCUGCCAUGUGAUGCCCAAAAUCUUCCUGACGCAGCACUUAAGGAAGGCAUUGAGGCUUUGCUUCUGGCAGGUGUAAGUUGCCCACGACUCACUUCCAUAAAGCAGUGUGAUGCAGCACAUCUUGGCAUUGGUCGUUAGCAUCACAUUUUCCCAUACUGUUUUGGAGAGGUGAGCCAUUGUCAUAGCUGCCUUGCCAGUAUACUUGUCGAAUAUACCAGGUUGGGGAAGGCUGCAUUAAAACAAAGCAUCAAAGGAGAUAUUAAAAGAGUAAAGUUUAAAUGGGUGUGUUGAAACAAAAAUGGUUUUUGUCUUUCCAUAACCAAGCCCUGUGUCUUGCACUCAGGGAAUUUGGAAAGACUGACUUAUACCAAUAGUUACUCAGCCCAUUGAGUUGUACCCCAAGAUAUCUGUGUUUUCAAAGAAUCGUCACAGGUGGGCUGAAAUACCAUAAGAACAUUAGACAAGCCUGCUGGAUCACACCAAAGGCCCAUCUAGUUCUGCAUCUUGUUCUCAGAGUGGCAGACAAGAUGCCCCAGUGGGAAACCCACAAGCAGGGUCUGAGCACAGAGACCAUUCUCCUGACUUGCAAUUCCUAGCAGCUCUGAUCCAGAGGCCGCUGACACCCCAUCCCACACCUCCUGAAAAUGGGCAUGUACACACUAGAUCAGGCAUAGGCAAACUUGGCCCUCCAAAUGAUUUGGGACUACAACUCCCAUCAUCCUUAGCUAACAGGACCAGUGGUCAGGAAUGAUGGGAGUUGUAGUCGCAAAACAGCUGGAGGGCUGAGUUUGCCUAUGCCUGCACUAGAUAUUUAAAGUGCAUUAUUUCCCUCAAAGAUUUCCCUUCGCAGAGUUACAAUCCUCAGCAAAUCUUAACAUACUAAAGUGCCCAGAAUUCUUUGAGGGGAAAGAAUGCGUUUCAAAUGUGCUUUAAAGGCCUAGUGUGUACACAGCCUUAAUCUCAGCCAAGAACUUUCCCCAAGGCUUCCUGCCCCCUACACUCUCAACCCUUUGUUUCCCCUUUAUGUCCACCUCCCCCUGCUUUCGCUAGACCAUCCUUUCUGGUAAUCCACCUCAACUUGAUUGCCGUUUCCCAGCACCUGGGUCUCCUCUCUCCCAUAUUUUAAUCAUUAAAAGCCCGCAACGGUGCUCGAGAUGGAAGGGCACAUUAAAACCCCGCACACGUCCGCGUAACGAAGAAGAUGCGGGGACAUAUGUGUCGAGGGGGAAGGCGGCUGGCGCGCCAUCCCUUUCUUCUUCUUCAGCUCCCUUUGCCUUUAAUCUUGCUCUGAAACCAAAAGAAGGUUGUGCCACGGACAACCAUGGACUCGAGGAAUGAACAAGAAAAGAGCAGGGAGGAAUCUGAUAUUAAUGCUGUCCAGGGGGAGAGCGAGUGAGCAGCGAGACAAAAGGACUGAGGAGGGUGAAAACACACAUGGAGUAACUUGUUUUUUCUCUCUCUAGCGGCUGAAGGGGGUGGUGGAGUUUUUGCCAUCUUGCUCCAGAAGAAACCUGGGAAACGUACUGCAUGUCUCAUCUUCCCCAGCUCUGCCCAGGAGGUAGCUAGUCUCUGGGUCAAGGAGACGUGAGGGGAAAGUGAAAUGAAAACUAUCUUCUUUAUAAACUAGCAAAAUACCUGCCAUGGUGCUGCUCAGAUGUCACACACAUCUAGGAGGGGUGUGGUAGGUCUGUUCUCUUGACACAGAGAGUACAUUGCACACACACACCCCAGCGUGCACACACCCUGCCCCUCAACUCCAGAUCUUUGUUGGUCGAGCCGGGACUGGCCAGGAUGAGGCCUUGGAAGGCCCACUUCUUCUUAGAACACUGUUACAUAUUCCUUUUUAUUUUUUCUACCUUGGGAACUAGUUGCAGCCAUUAAUUUUUGGACUUUUUUUUUUUUUUUUAAAGAAAUGAUAUGCCUUAAUACACCAAGCAAGGUAACUUUAACAAAAAUCAAUCAUGGCUUUAAUUAAAAGAUAAAUAAAUCCAUAGUCCACACUCCUGUUAAGCAAAUAGUGUCCCGAUUAAAAACCAUGCAAGAGCAUAAAACUAAUAAGAGCACAGGACAAAUAGCAAUACAUCAAGCCCUCAAAUUGUGCUUGCUUUACUUAUAUGAUCAUAACCUUAUGUCAGGCUGGGGUGGGGAAUAUAUAAAUAAAUGGAGAGCCAGGUCCAUCUCUGCUCUCCAUUUAUUUAUUUUCCCUGCACUGUGCACCCACUAGGUUUUGCAGGAGGACUCUGGCACUAGCAUUCCAGGGUCCUUGCGGCACCUUCCCAAAGCUAGGUAAGUGAGGCACAGGGCUUUGGGAAGGUUUCAGGACUCUCCCACAACCUUUCCAGACCCUGGUAAGCUGCUCUCCAUCUUGCAGGGGUGGGAGGCAGUUCCAGGGGUUCCUGCCUCUGUGCGUGGACUCCUAAAACCGAACCCUUGCGGAAGUGGUGGGCCCACUGUAAUCAAAACAGCCAUGAUCAGUCACUGUUUAAAAGCACUGGAAGUGGGGGCAGUCACUCCAAAUUGCAGGCAACAUGACUGAUCCAGUCUCUGCCCCCUGAAUUUGGAGCAUGUAGAGGACUCUUAAAUUCUGGAUCUUAAAUUCUAAGUGGGUGCAUUUCUCAGAAGGUGUCCCAGGUGUUCAGGGCUUUGAAAGCCAGAAAAGUCAGAACCAGCACCCAGAGACACACAGGCAACCCGAGUGCACUCAACAGGUAGUCCUUAGGCUGCAGGUCUCCUGAAGUAGUGGGGAGGUCCCAUAUAUGUUUUGGAAUAGCAGCUGAACCUGUCGUUUACCCUGGGCCAUUAGGUCCUCCCCACUCUGCUUGAGAUUGUAGCCUAUCUCCUCAGAACAGUGACAAAAGCUUGCUUUUCUUAAUACGAUCUGUUGUUUACCACCUUGAGAUAUUAUUGGACUAUAACUCUCAUUGUUCCCGGCCAUUGGUCAUGUAGGUUGGAGCUGAUUGGAACUAGGUCUAGCAGCAUCUGGAGGGGCACCAUGUUGCCCAUCCUAUGUAAAAUAGCGGCAUUCCUUCCCCACAGUUACUAGCUGACCACUAGUCCAAACUUGAGGUCUUCAUGCUAAGGGAGUGAAUUGCUGGCAUUUCGAGUUAAUCCCUGCUGGAGGAGCCUACUUUACUCUUGAUUACCAAAAUUAUAAGAAAAGAGAUUCUGACUAAACAUUAGGAAAAAAAUUCUGAUGGUAGGAGCUGUUUGAUAGUGAAAUGGACUACUUGGGAAGGUUGUGGACUCUUGUUCACUGGAGGUUUUUAAACAGAAGUUGGAUGGCAAUGUGUCAGGGAUUAUUUAGCUGUGAUUCUUACAUUGCAGGGUUUGGAAUAGAUACUCUUGGGGUCCUUUCCAAUUUUACGAUUCUAUGUAUAUAAUCACACUGAGACUCUUUGAGUUUGGAUGGGAGGAAAGCUAUGUUCAUUGAACAAAAUGCAUGAUUGAUUGGAAAGGUCUUCGUUCUAUCUAAGGUGGAGAAUGCAUGGAUGGUGAGAGAAUCAAAAAGGUGUCUCCUCUCACCGGGGAGGCAUGGAGAAGAUGGAAGAGAAAUUGGGUAUCAGUCUAGCACUGGAUAAAGUUCAAUAGGUCAACAUAAAAAGGACAGUCUGGGAAGGGGAAUAAGCCUACAGUGCACCCCAGCAUUUCCAACAUUUAAACAUAUGCUAAUAAAAGGAACUGGAAUGGCAAUGGAUAUUGCAGUUAUCUUCGGGAAAUUACAAGGAUUCUUAACAGCUACAAUGUUGUGACAUUCAUGUGUUUUUUAUUUCAUCUACAGUUCCAAAGAUCUGUAUUCUUGGACCUCCUGCUUCUGGGAAAACAACUAUUGUAAGUAGAUUUUUGUGUAUGCAUGGAAAUGUUCUUAAUGGAUAGCAGAUGUAGGACUCAUUGUCUUUAUUAAAGUCUAUAUUAAUACUUAGCAUUUUUCUGGACCUGGACAAAAAGCUCCAAUAUAGUUAAAUUGUGGAAUUUACUCCCAUGAGAUGUGGGUGACGGCCACCAACUUGGAUGGCUUUUAAAUUAUACAAAUGGAGGAUAAGCCAUGAUUGCUAUGUUCUGCCCUGCACUAUCGGAGGCAGUAUGCCUCUGAAAAAGCAGUUGCUGGGAAUCACAAGUGGGUAGAGUUGCUGUGCUCAGGUCCUGUUUGCUGGCUUCCCAUUGGGGCAACUGGCCAGCCACUGUGAGAACAGGAUGCUGGACUAGAUGGGCCACUGGCCUGCACCAACAGGCUUGCCUUAUAUUAUUACGGUGCUUCAGACUACCUGUGAUGAUUCUGUGAAAACACAGACAUCUUGGCCUAUGCUUUGACAUUUUGAGUAACAAUUGGUAUAUAUCAGUCUUUCCAAAGUUCCUUGAGUGCCUGUGAUAUGGCAGUUGGUCCCAAGAGUCAGGAAACUCCCUGUUCAAACCUUUCGUCUCUUCCAGAUUCUCAAAAGUAGCCUUAGACAAGAAGCCACUGUAUACUUUCAGGCUCUCUUCAGCCCACAUCUUUGUAGCUAUUCUGUUCUACCUCACAGCGGGGUUGUGCAAUGUAUAGGAAAGUGUUGGAAAACUUUGAAGCUGCGGUCCUCUACCUACCUGUCUAGGUAUAGGAUUGCAAAGUCAAGCCCUUCAUAAACAUAAAGUAGUAUGAUUAACACAGGCCUGUCCUUGCACUAAAUCAUUGCUCUCUCCUACUCUGCCUAAGGCUGAAUCCUUUAAACUCUUUACAGAUUAAUUUUAAUUUCAAUAAAUGUAUUUAUUGAUUAAUUACCCUUCAUCGGAACGAAACAGGUUAAGUAAGAUUCCCUGUGUGUGUAUAGGUUUUGCUGCUUAUUUUUUCAUUCCCUAGCAGUGUUUGAGAAAAUCCAGGCAUUGGGCUCUUCCAGAGGGAGGGGGCAGAAGGAGCACAGGUUUUAAAGUGACAUCGUAAAUGAAAACGUUCCAGAUCUCCAUUGUGCUGAAUUUCAAAAUGGUCACUAUAUUCCUUUUAAAAGUGACAGAUAACAUAUUUGCUGUUCCCCCCUCUCCUGUUACAGAUGGUGCUUUCUUUUUCUACUUUCCACUUAAGCGUUACGAAUUUUGCACACUCCGAUGGAAAAACUGUGAAAAUGCUGGUGUUAUUUGUUUUUAAAUUUUCUUCAAAUUCACUUUCAUUUCCUUUGGGAAGAUACAGCUCUCUCUUAUUCCUUCUCUCUCUCCCACCCCAAACACCUGCUUUUCCCUCCAGGCAAUGUGGCUUUGUAAACAACUGGGAACUGCACGGAUUUCUCCGGAGACUCUGUUAACCAGUGCGUGGUCAAACCUCACAGACAAAGUACAGGAGUAUCAAGACACAAAACAGGUGCGUGGGCAGAGGUAACGAUGCUAUCUCUGCAUGGAAGGGAAAGAUAAGUUGUGGCAUUUGCCGUUUUAUUUUUCUGCAGACACAAACGAGCAAUCCAAUUAUCGCACCUUGUUUUGUAUCUGUGGUGAUUUCAGAACAGACUUGUGAAUUUGUGGCAGUGGGCUCCCUCCAUUCUAGGGAUGAAAUAGCAAAGGGAGCUUUGCCAUCCUCAGCUGAGAAUAAAUAUUGAACUUUUCUGAAUUCACAAUCUACCCUAUGCCAUAGUUGUUACUAAAAACAAGGUAUUAAAAACUCCUCCAGGUGGAUAGAAAUUCAUGAGCACAGUGUGUCUGAAUGUAAUGCAGUCCAUAGCUGCGCUGUUGGAGAAUUCUUUUGGAAAUGGGAGCAGAAAUCAUGACAGUUUGCAUGCUUGACCAAGGUCAGGAACAGAAAUCACACAAGCAAAUAUGAGCAGCAUUCACUAUUGUUGGUUUUUUCAGUCUGUGCCAUUUUGUGCACCAUUUUUGACAUUUCCUUUCCACUGAAAUUAAUUACAGUACAUAAUAACAUUAGUUUCGGCCCAAAACAAAUGAAUAACCCGAGUUUUAGUGUAAACAGAGCGGAAACAGCACUGGUUCUGAUGAAAGCAGGAUGGGACAAAAAUUGGUGCCUUCUUACACCCCUAUUCACAACUUUCUUUUUUAAGGAUGGGGGAGGUUAGGGUAGGGAGAGUAUCCUACUUAUCUCCCCACCCACCUGUUUGGACCAUCCUGCAACCAGGUAGGGACUUUUUUCUUAGGUAAAGGGACCCCUGACCAUUAGGUCCAGUCAUGGCCAACACUGGGGUUGCGGUGCUCAUCUCGCUUUAUUGGCCGAGGGAGCUGGCGUACAGCUUCCGGGUCAUGUGGCCAGCAUGACUAAGCCGCUUCUGGCGAACCAGAGCAGUGCACGGAAACGCCCUUUGCCUUCCCGCCGGAGCGGUACCCGGUACCUAUUUAUCUACUUGCACUUUGACGUGCUUUUGAACUGCUAGGUUGGCAGGAGCAGGAACCGAGCAACGGGAGCUCACUCCGUCGCGGGGAUUCGAACCGCCGACCUUCUGAUCGGCAAGUCCUAGGCUCUGUGGUUUAACCCACAGCACCACCCGCGUCCCUCUUCUUAGAGGAAGACCCUAUUGUCAGUUCCUAGCAUAUUUAGAAAUGAAGUGAACAGAGCAGACCUUGACAAGCACUCCAAAGAUCUUCUCCUCUGAAAGAUGCCUCACCUGGUUUGGUCUCCUGCAGAGUCAGUGCCAAGGAGGGUAGUCCUGGGAAGACACAGUCCAAAAUCAGUAGCCUUGAGCCUGUAGAAUAGGGCAUGGGAAACCCUUUUCAGCCAUGGGCAAGGCCACAUGAUAGGCAGGGCCAGAGGCAUAAGUGGCAGAGCAAGGGAUGUAAAUUUCACCUUCAUACAAUAGGCUAGUUUCUACACACACGUUCACGCUUGCCCCUCUGCGUUGUCCAUCCAGACAAGCAGGCCACAUUAUCAGAGUUUAAAGAUCCAACCAAGCAGGAACACUCAAGGAGGGUGCAAAGUAAGGCCCGUGAGUGUUGCUGCUUGAGGGGAAUUCUGAAGCCUGGAGAGCCUGAGGUGUCUCACUCCUGUUGUAGAGUCCAGGGAUCAGACCCUAAUUGUUUAUAUUCUCUCUCUUCUCUCUCCCUCUUCUGACACACCACAUUCUACAAUCAUUCCUGGAACUGAAAGUUACACAGAUUAAAAGGUACACAGCAUGAUGACAUCCAUCUGUGAUCUCUGGCCUUGGGGAGGAAUGGUGAGCCCAUGUUCACUGAUUAGGGUCCUACGGAUGCUCCAGGAAGAACAGGACCAGGAAUAAAGUCUGACUGUUGCUUGUGCAACUCUUCCUCUUCUGUCUCUCCUAGUCUUUUUCUUCACUUCUCACACUUCAGUUAGACAGCUCCCCUGCUGCACUAGCAGAAGUCUUGCUACAGACCCUCUCUUUUCCCCUUCCUUCCUUUCUCUAAUUUAAAAGAGGCGAACUUAGUUUUAUAUAUUCCCUAGCAGUGUACCUAGCAUUUUUCCCGGGGAUUCUAAGAUAGCAAAGAAUCAGUACAGCUUUGAAUCUGAGGUUAAAAUCAGUGCAGUUUUGAAAGAUUCAGUCCGCCAUCUUGAUUCAAAAUGGAAUCCAGUUGUAUUCAGACAUAGACAAAAGUCUGCUCUUUGAUCUCAGGAACCACCAUGCAUAAUUGGUUAUGAUAUCUUCAGAGGUGUCCAAACACAUAGCAAAUGAGCAUCUUUUGAAAAUAUAGAUAUACAUUUGCAAACAUUUAUGUACUGUGAAUGCCAUGGCAGUGAACGGAAUAAAACUGCAUUCAUAAAACAAAUGCGGAAAUAAAUCCUAAACUUUGUUCAUUUUGUCAAAGAUUAUUUUUAUUCAGUUGUGCAAGAAAACCCCCCACCAUUGAUUUGGAGGGAGAAAAAUAGAAAGGAACACAGCCUCACGCACAAAAAUCCCCUUUGGUUUAAUUACUCUCAUUAUUAGCAUACUUCAGGCUAAUCAGCAGCACUUUCAAGGGGGCCCUGUAGGGUUUCCUUGAUUAUUAUGGGGUGGGACAUGAAAGUCAAGGAGAUCUGGCAAGGAAUCAGGCUGUAUGGGGAGGGGAAGAAAGAGAGGGAAGUGGUGAAAUCAGUGCAGUGCUUUACAUGCUCUUUCGAGUUGGCAGGGUGUUUGCAUAGGAAGAUGUUUUUGGUUAAAAAGAAAACAAGUGUAUUUUCUUUUUUUUAAUGCAAGGUUAGCCUCAGGAGCCAGAGAGUAACCAUGGUGGAUAGGGACCACUGAGACUGGUGGAGCAGAAGGCAAAGAGGUCCUCAGGAAGUGGAGCCCAUUUAGUUCAGCAUUGUGUUCCUGUAGUAAACCAGCAAUUAGGAUUCUAGCACAAGAGCACUCUCCCCUCCUGUGGUUUUCAGUUCAGAAGCAUUACUGCCUCCAACUGUGGAGGCAGAGCAUAGCCAUCUUGGUUAGUGGCCAUCAAUAGUCCUCUCCUUCAUGGAUUUUUCUCACCCGGUUUUAAAGCCAUCCACUUGGUGACCAUCAAUGCAGGGCUGGCCCAAUAGAUUUUGGCACCUGAAGCAAACCUCAAAAUAGGGCGGGAGGCCCUCCUUGCUGGGGAAGGUGGGGUGAAUGAAGAUCAACAUCAGGAACAAUGGGUGGGGGGAGGACAGGAAAGAAAGAUUGACAUCAGAAUCUGCUGCCCCUAGGAAUCGUGCUGCCUGAAGCAGUUGCCCCUUCUGACCUCAUGGGUGGACCGGUCCUACAUCCCUGCCUCUUUUGGGAGUGAGUUCCAUAGUUUAUGCGCUGCAUGAGGAAGUACUGUCUUUUAUCUGUCCUGAAUCUUCCAACAUUCAGCUUCAUUUGAUGUCCACGAGUUCUAGUGUUAUGAGAGAGGGAGAUAUUUUCUUCUCUAUGCACUUUCUCCAUGCCAUGCAUAAUUUUAUAAACUUAUAUCAUGAUGGGCACUCCAGGCAGGAGAGGAUUCUUCUUUUGUCCAUCAUUGGGGAAUCUGCAAAUAUUUAAGCUGAAAGUUCAUUGAGUGAUUUUUGCCUAGUCAGCUCCUGGCCACUGCUUAUCACCCUGCCACCGUUAGAAGAGGAAGGAGCCAAAUAGGUUUAAGUGGCAAGAGGGCUCAAAGAUGCUAACCAUAUGGGAGGGGAGACGGCAGGAGCUAACUGAAGAGGGGCCUUCCAUCUUGCAGGGCAAAAAGUCUGGGGCUGGCUCUAUAAAUGGAAAAUGGAGGGAAAUUGAGUCUGUGCCAAGCACCUGUAUCAGACCCUGUGUUGCUGAGGACAAAGUACUGUGGCUCUGUGGCAGAGCACAUUCUUUGCAUGUAGAAGUUUUCAGGUUUUAUCCCUGGCAUUUCUAGGGGGAAGCUCUGUCCAAAACCCUGAAGAGUGGCUGCCAGUCAGUGUAGACAGUACUGAGUUAGGUAGACCACAGUGGUCUGGCAUUCUAUAAGACAACUUCUUUUGUUACUGAGGUGAUAUAUAGCAGGAAAGGGCUGUAGCUCAAUGGCAGAGCACCUGCACUGCAGGCAGAAGGUCCCAGGUUUAAUCCCUGUUGUCUCCAGGUACAGCUGGGAAUGUCUCUUGAAUGAAGCCUACUGAGCUGCUGCCAGUCAGUGCUGACAAUAUUGGAAGAGUUUGACCAGGAGUCUGUUGUGGUAUAAGGCCGCUUCCAGUGCUCCUGACUCAGCUCAGUGGUAGUAUGCAGAACUUGAGUCAGAACAAAAAGCACUUAGAAGCCAAAGCUGGAUCUGGGCCUUUGCAAUUUGAAAGAGCGGCUUUGCUCAGCAGCCCCUUUGCAUUGUCUCUAAAUGCCCCCUUGACUAUUCCCACCCCCCAAACUCGGGUCAACAGAGGUGCUCUGUAGAUUGCUCAGAUUGCAAGGCUGCUAAAGGAACCCGUAGAGGACUCCAGUUUAAAUUGGCUCCUCAAGCCUUAGCCAGGUGGACCCCCUGGCAGCCCACUAGCCUCUCUUGAAAUGACACAUCAAAGAGGGAAGUGGGAGUCUAGCUGUUUCUGAGAGCAGCAUGAAGCACCUUUGUAAAAUGACAGCCUCAAAGCUGCCAGUCCCAGCUCCAGCCGCGAGAGGCUGCAUGAGGCUUUGACGCAUCUCCCUGCGGGACCCACAGACUUGCAAGGAACACGUUUUAUUUCCUUUUGCUCUUCUUUCCCCCUCACCUGUGUGUGCAUGAAUGCGCCUGCUUUUGAGUGGGAUGGAGCUCAGGAGAUGUUUGAGAAAAGACCUAAGUGGGUCAUUUUGUUGCUCCCUUGCCUGCCUGUCAUCAAUUUGCCGUUAGAAUAAUAGAAUAAUAGAAUUGUAGAGUUGGAAGGAACUCUGAGGGUCAUCUAGUUCAACCCCCUGCAAUGCAGGAAUCUCAGCUAAAGCAUCCAUGACAGGUGGACAUCCAACCUCUGUUUAACAACCUCCAAUGAAACAGAGUCCACCACCUUCCAAGGGAGACUAUUCCACUGUUGAACAGCUCUUGCCAUCAGAAAAUUCUUCCUGAUGUUGCACUGAAAUCUCCUUUCUUGUAAUUUGAAGCCAUUGGUUCAGGUCCUACCCUCCAGAACAGGAGAAAACAAGUUUGCCCCGUAAUCCACAUGACAGCCUUUUAGAUAUUUGAAAAUAGCUACCAUAUCUCCUCUCAGUCUCCUCUUUCUGGGUUAAACAUACCCAACUUCCUCAACCGUUCCUCAUAAGGCUUUGUUUCCAGACUGUUAUUCAUCUUGGUUGCUCUCCACUGCACACAUUCUUCUCAGGCCCUUCUUCGUGUGUCUCAUCCACAAGGUCCGGAAGGUGGCAACAUGAGUAUGGGCCUUUUCUUCAGUGGAAUGCUCUCCUCAGGGAGGCUCAGCUGACGCCUUCAUUAUACUCCUUUAGGUGCCUGCCGGGUGAAAACUUUCCUCUAUAACAAGGCCUUUUGACAUGGAUAGGCAAACUAAUGCCCGGGGGCUGGAUCCGGCCCAAUUGCCUUCUAAAUCCAGCCCCUGGACAGUCUGUGAAUCAGCUUGUUUUUACAUAGUAGAAUGUGUCCUUUUAUUUAAAAUGCAUCUCUGGGAUAUUUGUGGGGCCUGCCUGGUGUUUUUACAUGAGCAGAAAGUGUGCUUUUAUUUAAAAUGCAUCUCUGGGUUAUUUGUGGGGUAUAGGAAUUCGUUCAUCCCCCCCCCCCCCCAAAAAAAAUAUAGUCCGGUCUGAGGGACAGUGGACCGGCCCGCUGCUGAAAAAGUUUGCUGACCCCUGCCUUUUGACAUGCCCUUUUAAAACAUGUUGUGGAAGGGGAUAUUACUGGGCUGUCUUUGUUUUUGUUCUUAUUAUGUAUUUUCUGUUGAAUAAAAAAAUAACAAUAAUUUGUUGAUAGCCUCCAUUAAUUGUGGCAUUUGUUUUCUUAAAACCAGUCAUGGAGUAGGGGCCUAAGCUGUCAGCUUCCUCCUCCUCAACCUCUGUGUUCCUCUUAUUGAACUAAGCAGGAAAGAGGAUGGGGUCAAAACUGGAAUUAGGCCACAUUCUCACCAUGCAUUUAAAGCCAUCUGGUGUUGCUUUCUACAAUCAUAGCUUCCCCUCAAAAAAUUCUGGGAGCUGGAGUUUGUUAAGGGUGCAGAGAGAUGUUGGGGGUCACCCUUGUUUUCCCUCUUAUUUUUUCCCCCCAAAGAUAUUUAUUAAGAUUUUCAAAAUAUUACAAAAGAAAAAAGAAAAAUACAAAAUAAAAAUAGUUAAAAACUAUUCAGUUUUUCAAUCACUUAUCUUUCAUUUGCUUAUUUCCCGGACCUCCUCACACCUCCCUUUUCUGUAUUCCAAUUCAGUUUGUUAGUUCAGCAAAUCCCUCCCUCUUUGUUUAUCCUAAUCUUCAAUCCUAAAGUAUUGUAACAUUAGAUUUUUACCUAUUAAUAGUCCAUUUUUUCAUAUUCCCUUAUAACAUUACAGCUAGAAACCACUUAGUUUCUAUCCAACAUCAUUCUAGCAUUCAUUAAUUUUACAGUAUUUCUGUAAAUAGUCUUUAAACUUUUUCCAAUCUUCUUCCACCGACUCUUCUCCCUGGUCUCGGAUUCUGCCAGUCAUUUCUGCCAGUUCCAUAUAGUCCAUCAUCUUCAUCUGCCAUUCUUCCAAGGUGGGUAGAUCUUGUGUCUUCCAAUACUUUGCAAUAAGUAUUCUUGCUGCUGUUGUGGCAUACAUAAAGAAAGUCCUAUCCUUCUUUGGCACCAAUUGGCUGACUAUGCCCAACAGGAAGGCCUCUGAUUUCUUUAGAAAGGUAUAUUUAAAUACCUUUUUCAGUUCAUUAUAGAUCAUCUCCCAGAAAGCCUUGAUCUUUGGGCACGUCCACCAAAGGUGAAAGAAUGUACCUUCGUUUUCCUUACAUUUCCAAUAUUUAUUAUCGGGCAAAUGAUAGAUUUUUGCAAGCUUGACUGGUGUCAUGUACCACCUGUAUAUCAUUUUCAUAAUAUUCUCUCUUAGGGCAUUACAUGCCGUAAAUUUCAUACCUGUGGUCCACAACUGUUCCCAGUCAGCAAACAUAAUGUUAUGUCCAACAUCUUGUGCCCAUUUAAUCAUAGCAGAUUUCACCGUUUCAUCCUGAGUAUUCCAUUUCAACAACAAGUUAUACAUCUUUGACAGAAUCUUAGUUUUGGGUUCUAACAGUUCUGUUUCUAAUUUUGAUUUUUCCACCCUUGUUUUCCCUCUUAAAGCUGCAUUUCCCAGUGGCUUGACAAGCAAUUCCUCUGCCCAGAGAACUCUAGGAAUUAUUGGUCGCUCUGGGAGAGGAUUAAGGGGUCUUCUCACAAUCCUCAGCACCCCAAAGAAGCUCCCAGAAUUCUUUGGGGGAAGCGUCGACUGUUUAAAGUAUCAUAAUGCUUUAAAUAUAUGGUAGGAAUGUAGCCUUAGUUGGCUCUGUCUGUCAUUGGCGAUUUGCCUGGUUUGGCAGGCGUACAAGGAGCAUGGCCUUCUGUUCUUGCCUGGUCUUCUGAGCAGGACUCUGAUAUAACAGACUUCAGCUUCCAGCUCAGAUCUCCAACUCCAGUUCCAAAAACUCACUUCAGGGGGACAUCCAGGUCUGGAAAAUGCACACUCCAUACCUGGGGAAGGGCCAUAGAAAUGUGCUUUGCAUGCAGAAGAUCUCAAGUUCAGUCCCUAGCACCUGGAGUUGCCAGCAUCUCCAGUUAAAAAACAAACCAAGCUGUAAUGGACAUAGGAAGCUGCUUUAGUCCAUUGGUCCAUCUAGCUCAAUACUGUCUACACUGACUGACAGAAACUCUCCAGUGUUUCAGACAGGGAGUCUUUUCCUGGAGAUGCCAGGAAUUGAACCCGGGACCUUCUGCACCCAAAAAGCAGAUGCUGUGCCAUUGAGCCACACCCCUUCCACGAGGCAGUGCUUAAAAUUGUGUACCACUUUAGUGUAGGUGUUCCCUAUUGUGCUAGAGGCAAGGGAGAUUGUCUCUUUUAUGAUGGGGCUUCCCACCUGCAGAUUUUGAAAAUACUUAAAUUUAAAAUAAUGUGUGUGUUUUUUAUAUAAAAAUGUUGCCUAAUUAGUCAAGAGUGUUUUUUAAAAAACCAGUUAACCCCACCAACUGUACAUUUCAACUCCACUGCUUAGCUGACAAUGUGUUUCUUUCCCUGGCUGGAGUGGUGGAAGCUUUCUGUUUUUCUUUUGUGCGUCAUUUUCUUGCAAAGGGUUUGAUCCCUCCAGCUGUUUUCUUUUUUUUUAAGGGGGGUAUUCAAACACAGAAAGUGCAGUAAUUCUCCUUGAACUGCUUUGUGGAUAUUAAACUCACCAUAUUUCUUUCUUAAAUUUUUUAGAAAAUCCCUGAUGCUCUGUGGGCUGAACUGAUUGUGGAACGUUUGCAGAUUGAGGACUGUAUUCACAGUGUAAGUGUGGCUCUUGCUGGAUGAGAUUGUUCAUGGGGUGUGGUGGGAUAGGUGACAUGGAAGUUUGUGCUGUGGAUGGGAUUGAUUCCCCAAGGUCGUUGCAGGGAAUUUGGAGUAUGAUUAACAGCAUAAAUGGGGAAGCUGAACGCAUACAUAUGUUAAUUGUCUGGCUACCAAGACGACCAAAGGGGGAGCAGCCGUGUAGUUCUGUUGACUGCCGCAGGCGACUGGCAGAGUCCUGAGUGGGCAAACCUGUUACAAACAGGCAACAUUAAGAAGCAAACAAGCAAACCAACCAACCAUUUCAUGGAUCUUCCCCCCCCCCCCCCCAAAUUGUGCAUUCAUUAAAGUGUUGUUUAUUUAUAUAUUUUUAAUUUCAUAUCCUGCUCUUUCUCUUCAGCAGACAGAUUUAUUUAUUUAUUUAUUUCAUAAAAUUUAUGCACUGCUUGAUUGUAAAAAAGAAAAGAAAACUCAAAAGCAAUUUACAAAAAAUAUCACAAUAAAAAUAUCAGUGCAAUUAAAAAUGUAAAUUUGCAAGACUAUUUGGUACUUCCAUAUCUGGUCCUUGAUCUGUGGGGUGCCUGGUCCUUCCUUCAAGGACUCAAUGUCUGGCAUCAGGUCUAGGCUGGGCAUGGCACUACUUGUGAUUCCCAGCAACUGAUAGUCAGAGGCAUACUUCCUCUGUCAGUGGAGGGAAAAUAUAAGAAGAGCCUUCUGGAUCAGACCAAAGGCCCAUCUAGUCCAGCAUCCUGUUCUCACAGGGGCCAACAAGAUGUAUCAUGGUAGCACUCUUCCUGCUUCGGAUUCCCAAUAACUGGUCUUCAGGAGCAUACUGCCUCCAGCGAUGGAGGUAGAACAUUCCUAGCUGUACUGGCUUCACUGGUCAGAUCUGUGUGUCUCUGGACACACGCACCUUUUAGAGGCACUUCUGAUCCACUGUCGCAGGAGUUGGCCACCUUGCUUUGCCUCCUGGUAGGGGCUGCUGUCUCCCUUUGCUCAAGAAGCCCUAUUUAAAUCAACACCAGUAUCUUUGAAGGUAUAUUUAUGUAACAUGGUAUGAAUUAAUAAAGAUGUUUAUAAAUACCAUAAUGCAUAUUUAACUAAAGGUAUGUUAAUCAAGGAGAUGGGAUUUGUGCCAAGAAAAGGAAAAUAAAUAAGAAUUUGGGGGGAGACCAAUCAGGAUGUUUAUAAUUAGUUCCUGCCAUGACUUUCCCUCUCUCUGUCCCUCUAAGAGGUGAUUGUUACAAAGAGAAUGAAGGGAUCACCUUGCAAAAGGUAGUAGCCAUUUACCAGCAUACCUACCAAUUUUGGAACAAUUAAAAUAAGAGGCUGUUCCUCUUUCCCUCAGCCUUACCCCACUCACCUGAGACCUCUUUGACUGUCCUUGAGUCCCAGCAGCCCUCAUGAAAGGAAAUAGGAAGAGGCUACUGAGUGGAUGAGCAGUUGGCGUAUCCUUGUGUCUGUCACAAUUCCCUGGUAUUUCAGGAACAUCAGUGCUGCUGGCUGAGGCCACUGGCCCAUCUAGUCCAGCAUCCUGUUUUCACAGUGGCCAACCAGAUGCCUUAAAGGGAAAUUUGCAAGCAGGACUUGAGCACAACAGCAGCUGUCUCUACCUGUGAUUCCCAUCAAUUGGCAUUCAUAGACAUACUCCCACUGACUGUGGAGAUUAACCUAGCCAUCAUGACCAGUAGCCAUUGAUAGCCUUAUCUUCCAUGAAUCUUUCCUCUUUUAAAGCCACACACAUUGGUGGUCACCACUGCCUCUUGUAAAUGGAUGGAAAACAGAUGGAAAGAGAGAGUUAAGGAUGAAUAAAAAUAUUGGAAGGAUAAGAAUAUUAGAAGAGGAUAAAGAAUAGAAUAAUGGGUGGCAAUUUCUUUGACAAUAUGCAGCAUAAAAAAGGGAAAAUGGGAAGCCAUGGGGGUGGGGGGCGGGGUCUAAAGGGAAUGGAUGGAUGAAAAUAUGUAGAACAUGUAUGUGUUGAAACUUUGAAAAAUAAUAAAGGGGGGGGGAAGGGGAGAAUAUUAGAAGAGCCUGCUAGAUCAGAUGAAAGGCCCAUCUAGUCCAGCAUCCUGUUCUCAUAGUAACCAGCCACAGUGACCAACCUUAUCCUUGCACAACAGAACAUUCUCUCCCUCCCACACCACCUAAAUCUGUCCUGAGGGUUCCCUCAACCCUCCUAAGAAGAUUUUGCAUGGCAAAGUGCAUGGUGAGGGGGAAGAAAGGGGGAAAUCCUGUUGGGUGACCCCUAACCCUUUGGUUAGCUCAGGAAUUUUGUUGAAUUUUGCCCUGAGUCUCCCUGACCAUUAUCUGAUACUCUAACCACUACACCACACUGACUUUUAUUUUUACUUCAUUUACAGAUUUUCAUUUUGUAAUAGCUGCAUCAAAGAUAUAAGAAAGCUAAUUCUUUUUAGCUCAUUAACUUUUAAAAGCCUUUUUUUAUCAUCUGCUUUCUGUUUUAAAAUGGCCAAUCAUUACAUUUUUAGGGUGCCAUUUUAUACACACACACUCUCUCUGUCCCUCCCUUUCUAUCAGCUACAAGAAAAUUGCAUCAGUCCUUUUGAAUUGUUCGAGGAAAAGGGAGGUGAGAGAUUUGAAGGGAAAUCUAAAUGACUGGAAAGUGGUUGUCAGUUUGCCCGUACAAAAUACCGUGCACCUUAAUCCAUAAUUUAUCUGCUCAUUUUGAAUUUGCAAAGUAGAAUUAAACUUUUGCAUUGCAAAUGACUUGCGCUUGAAUUAUUUGGGUCUGCCUGAUUUCUCUUAGAGCUCUUUAAAGCUGAGCUGCUUCAGUAAUUUAUCUGUUUAUUUAUCCUUCUCCCCACCCCACCCCUUCACUGAUGAUGAAUAGAUAGAUAUUUAUCCCACAGGGCGAAAUAUCUAGUGUGGUUUUCUUGUAUUUGCAUAAAUGUGUAUUAAUGCACACAGGAAUUAGACCUCUGAGGCUUCAUUCAGACAUCAUGCCAAACCAUGGUUCAGGAAGCUUAAUGAUGGUUUGACAUAAUGUUAAGAUUAAUAAAAGGAGGUUUGCUUUGUGAUACACUGGCAGAGCAGAAUUAAAAAAAAUGGGUUGGCAAAUGUCUGAAUUGACAAUUGAUCCAGAUUCCUAGAAGCCACCACACUCAGAGAUGGAUGGAUGGGUCGUUCAGAUGGCAAACAAAAGGAGAUAGACUCCUCUAAACCAUGGUUUGCUUGGGAAGCUGUGACUAUAGUUUACAACUUUACAUUCUAAUCCAUGGGUGCAAAACUGAAAGGACAAUAGGCUGCAGUGCUCACUGACGCAAAGCUCUUUCUUGCAGCUCAACACAAUUCAGGGCAAAAUACUUCUUCAGGAACUAUGAACAAAAACAAUGGACUUGUUCUACUUAUUGUAGUGAUGGCUACCAACUUGAAUGGCUUUAAGGGAGGACAAAUUAAUGGAGGAUAAGGCUGUCUCUUGCCGGAGGCAGUCUGCCUCUGAAUAACAGUUGCUGGGAAGUGGUGAGAGUUGCUGUUGCAUUCAGGCAGGCAUCCCAUAAUGCAGGCAUCCCAUAAUGGACAUUUGGUUGACCAGCAUAAGAACAGAAUGCUGGAUUCAAUUAACCUUUGGCCUGAUCUAGCAGGGCUCUUCAAAUGUUCCCACAAUCAUGGAUAUCUUGCUCAGCCAGGCCUCAGCCCUGUUCAAUAUCUAGUGUGGUGCUUGUGACCUCAGCUCAUGCUACCACCCCUGUCCUUGGACAACAGCUGUAGCACAUACACACAGGAAUCGUCUUGGUGAUUAAUGCCUUAUAAGUGCAAAACUUUUUUGAUAGCACUUUUUAAAUGUCCACCUUGAAGGUAAAACACGCUACAUCUGGAGCCUUUCUGGAAUAGAAAACCUCCCCCCACCCCACCCCAAAAUAUUUGAAUCUUGCAGAGGCUGUCAGCUUGCUUCUUGAGCCAGAUUUAUGCUGCUGUGGUUCAUAACACAAGUCAGUAUAUUAUCCUGGAAAAAAAUGUUAAUAGAUUGCCAGGAGCGGGCCACCAGCCCACUGUACUACCAGCUGUUUGUUUUAUUUCUCCUGGUGGUGUCAUUCAGCUGGCAUUAAUUGCCCAGCUUUCAUCCUGCCGAUGGUAGGAAUGCCGGAUUUUGUGUGCCGUUGUUUUGACACUCUCAGGUUUAUAGAUGUCGCUUGUAUCCUCGGAGGAACACGGUUUUAUUGAUCAAUGGCUCUUCCGGGACCCCGUAGGGCUUGUUCUGCAAAUCCAAAUGCAGUUAGGGUGCUGAGGGAUCAUGCAGGGAGUGGUGGUGGUCUUAGCAAACCGAGAAAACUUAUGGCAGGCAUUAUGUUCUAGAGCAAGCUAUGUGUGGGAAUGGGAACUGGGGCUGCUGUGCCUUACGAGGUUCGCAUAAGGUCCUUGCAGCGCCACUGGCUGUUCCUUGAAGCCACAGCUGUGCUGGUUUAGUGUGGUAGCAGAGUUAAUUUAUAGGAACUGAAGAAGCCCUGGUGAGGAAUCAUUUGAAGACCUUCACACAAAACCUUGCCGAGUCCACCAGCGUAGUUAUGGCCUGCUCAAAACUAUGCUGUGAGGAAAUAAAUAGGUCAUGUUCACACUAUGCAUUUCAAAGAAAUCUUAUAUCAAUUUAACAGAAAAAAUAUUGGGAACUUUAAUUUGUUAAAGGAUGCUGAGAAUUGUUAGGAGAUCCUCUUCACAGAGCUACAAUUCCCAGUACCCUUAAUUACAUUCCAGUUAGAAAUCUCUUCCCAUGAAGCAUCUCCAAUUGAUUUUACCAUACAAUAAAAAGUAUAAAACAAUUACAUAUAUAAAAAGCAUGUUUUUCUACCAUUCUUAUCUUUUCCUUCAUUUGAGAAAAAGAAAAGAAAUUGUAUCCCAAACUUUCCAAAAUGAUGAACUCAGUCACCCAGAAAUUGUGAAAUGGAACAAAUGCAGUAACUCGGAGGUGAGGUAGCUGCCCCAAAGAAACAAAGCAUGGUGUGUGUGUGUGUGGUAGAAGCCCAUCCCCAUGCUGCUUUCCCUAAGCUACCCUGCUUAGCUGAGGUGUAGUGGUGGAGACCAAUCUGUUGCCAGGUUGAAGUGGAGUCAGCUGACAAUUUGGUUUGAUUCUGCAUGUAGGAUGAGUGAGUGGCACUAUUUUUUCCUUCAUCUCCAGCACCAGAAUGUCUUGGGUCUGCCCUAUACACACAUGUGCCCCCCCCAGCUGGUUCCCUGCUCCCAACAACAUGCAAGUUCAUUCUGCCACAUGCCAUUGUUGCAAUAUUAGUGCAUAUCUUGCCUGUGGACUUUCCAUUGGGGCAUCUGGUUGGCCACUGUGAGAAUGGGAUGAUGGACUGGAUGGACCAUUGGCCUGAUCCAGCAGAGCUGUUCUUAUGGUUUUCUCAUGCUAUCUCCUUUUUGCAGAGGGAUUGGAAUGGGGGGGGAUCCAGAUUGAGGGUGGGGAAAGUGUGGGGAAGACACUGACUUGGAGGAGAACACCAUGUGUAUAACGGAAAAAUUAAUGGAGGCACAGGAAGCUUACCAUUCACAUUAAACCACUGUAUGGAUGAGCUCUUAAAUGACUGGGGUACGUGCAUGGUGCCCUGUUUCAAAUUAGAUCAAAUGGGAGAGGCAGACAGACAUGUGGGACCAAGUGUGAAGGAUCUUUUAUUCCGUUUAUUCAAGCGUCUGGGGAUUAUUUGCCUGUGUGGGGAAGCAUUCUCUCCCUCCCAAUUGCUUCGCAAAGAAACAAAUCCUUAGCUUGUGAAGGUACUAAUUAGCCUUUAAUGGCAGUCAGGAGGGCAGGAAUGACCAGCAUUUGCACAAAGCCUGACUUGCCUCGAUGGACUCUGUGCUGUUCCUUCAUCCUUGGCUCCCAAGCCACAAUCCUUCCCCCUCUUCCCCCCCUACUGUUGUCUUCUUAUCCUCCCCCCCCCUCUUUUUAUCGUUGACAUCUGUUUGGAGCUUGUCCCUUCUGUGAUACCAUCCUACUUGCAGCUGUUCCAGACCUCCGGCUCUGAGCCAUGUGCAAGGGGGGGGGGUGCCCUGAGCAUACGGCCCUUUUGAUGUGUGAUAAAACAGAACUGAGCCACUGGGGGCAUGGCGAAGGAAAUGCAGCGGAAUAUCAAUAAACCCUGUGCCGAGCGGAGCUGCACCUCGGCGGCAGGCUAGACAUUUCACUGAAGUGUCAAGCCGACGGAUAAUGUAUUCUAAUUAGGGAUUGGCUGGGGCCUUGGAACUGGGAAACCUUGGGGGGGGGCUGAGGUGGAGAAUGACCCAUAUAUCUAACUGUUUUAGAGAGAGCUUAUUUAUAAUGUAUUAGCAUGGCGCCUUAAUUACAAGCAACUUGUUUGUUGAGCUACCUUCUUGGAUUAUUAUUAUUUAGUUAUUUCAUUUCAUUUGUUGUUGCUUUUCUUAGAGCCUUGAACUGUGAAAUCACAAACUUUAUAGACUGGGAUGUGGGAACCAGCUUCAUAUGUGAUCUCAGGGGUGGUGUGUUUCUACUUGUGGGGUAGCAAAUGUGUGUUUGUUUGCAUGGAACUUAGUGGGCAAAAUUCAGUGACCUCAGCCACGGAGAAUUUUUGCAAUCUCCAAUGCUGGUCUCCAAUUCUGAAUUGAAUGGUCUUUUGGUGAGUAUUAGCCAUGCUGACUUGGGACUGAUGGGAGGGAGUUAGAGUUCAACAAUAACUAGAGAGCUACAGGUUCCCCAUUCCUGUGCUAAGGUGCAUUACUUUGCUGAUUUCAAAAUGUGGUCAGCCAGCCCUGAUGGAUCUGGGAGCCCUCCUGUCCUGUUGGAUGAGGCUGGGGACAUUCACCCUAAAAUCCUACAUUGAUUCCGUCACAAAUAAGAAUGUAAAAGCCCUGCUGGAUCAGACCAGUCUAGUCCAACAUCCUGUCCUCAUGGUAGCCAACUGGAUGCCCAUAAUGGGAAGCCCGCAAGCAGGACCCGAGCACAACAGCACUCUUCCUACUUCCCAUACUGCUUCUGACAAUGGAGGUAGAACAUAGUCAUCAUGGCUAGCUAUUGAUAGCUUUCUCCAUGAAUUUGUCUACUCAUCUUUUAAAGCCAACCAGGUUUUUGUCCAUCACUAUCUAUUGUGGGAGCGAAUUAGAAUGUAAGAAGAGAUUCCUGCAUGGCAUGGGGUUGGACUAGAUGACCCUCAAGGUCCCUUCCAACUCUAUGGUUCUAUGAUUCUGCUGGAUCAGGCCAAUGACUCACAUAGUCCAGCAUCCUGCUUUCAUAGUGGCUAACUAGAUGCCCUAAUGUGAAGCCUACAAGCAAUGCCUGAACGCAAGAGCACUUUCCUCUCCUGUUGUUUCCAGCAACUGGUAUUCAGAAACAUUUACUGCCUCCAACUAUGGAGUUAAAUUACUAAUAAAUUAAAAGAUUUAAUUAUGCACUGUGUGAAGAAGUACCUUCUAUUGUCUGUCCUGAAUCUUCCACCAUUCCACUCCAUUGAAUAUCCACAAGUUUAGUAUUAUGACAGAGGAAGAAAAACUCAACUGAAAACCUUAAAGUCAAUUAAUCACAGUAAUUGUUCAGUGUUUAUUUACUAAAUCAUUUCCUCCUUCCUUAAAAUUACUUUGAUUUAUUUCUUAAUCUACUACAGAUGCUUGUGUGCUUGUGCUUGUACAGUUGAAAUCAAACACUACAAAGAUAAUCUCAAGUGAGCUGGAGCUGAACCAAUUUGAUUGCACAGGCUGAACCUUUAUUAUCUUGAACCAGAACCAAACUGGGACACCUUCAGUUGUGGCUGAACCAAAAAAUAAAACAAAAUUAAUGGUUUGAUUCCCUGAUUAAUCCCCCCCCCCAAUGAAGUAGGUUUAUAAAUUUGUAUUCUGUGAGAAAGUGCAGUAAAAGAUAUGUAUUUAAACAUGAAAUCUUCACACAGAUUUUUUAAAAAACACAAAGCAAUGUGGAAGUGGGAGAGAACUUUUACAAAUUAUCACACAAGGAAAUGGAUACAGACUGGAAACAUACAUCCAUCCCUACUUGCAGAGAAUGUGCUCUGUCACUGAACUGUGAUUCAUCUAUGUAGUCUUAUAAACAGCCAUUUUAGAUUGCUUGAUACUAUUUCCCCUCAUGUAGCUGGUUCUGCUUGUCAUUGGCUUUGGCUUCAUCUAUCUUUUGCUGUGGCUAAACCUGCUCUUUGACCUCCCUGCCUUCUGCCCUGCCAAUUCCAAUGGGCAACAGUCACCACCACCUGUCAGCCAUAUAGGAUAUGGACCAUUCUUCUCCCCCACCUCUUUCAGAUACUAGGACUUCCUUAAUGUAGGUGCUGUUCUGGUUGCAGACACGAUGCUGCGAGGUGCAGUGGUGACAGUGGCCAGUUUCCAUGAUACCCUUGCCUCAAGACUGUUUUCCCAUUUCCUGAAGAAAUCUGUGGCAUAGCAUGUUGGUAAAACUGGGCUAAUUAGGGAGUUGCCAGCAGACAGUUGUGUUUUCCAGUAAUUAGAAUGUUUUGGUUUCUUCCUCACGGGAUAUGUUUCCCUUGAACAGUUCUGCAGCUUUUGGGGUCCCCUAUUGAUUACAGAUUCAAGUUAAGGCAGGAACUGGUAAUUAUCAAUGGCUUAAUGCAAUAUUAAAUAUAUAUUUCAUGGUACAUGUGCACCCACAUACAAUUUUCUCCCAUAUUCCUCUGAAAAUUUCCUGGUAGUAAUGCAACAGCAGGGUCAAGUCACCAAGCAGAGGGAAAAUUUUGGCCAUAUUUAGCAGUCUUAAAUGCCAUCCUCCCCACUGCUCAGCAUUGCUAUGGAAGCGAGCUAUAUUUCUGGGAGUUGAAUGGGGCUGGCUUGUCAGGCAUAAGUGGGUCCUUGGUAUAUAGCCACUGGUGCGCCCCCCCCCCCCCAGCAGUCCCACAGAUGUUCAUCACUACUCCUUUUCUGUAUCAUUGCCUUUUAGCAGCAGUCACCCAUUCAAACACAGUUUGGAUUUCCCCCCAAGAGAUCUUUUGCAGUCACCAUAGGAGGUAUUGAUGGAGAUACUGGUGCCUGUGGGCAUCAUGUUGGUGACCCCUGAAUUACAGGAAAUUAAAAAUUGAGGCUCAUUCUAGUAAGAAGCAUAUUAGCACCACCAGGUAAGGCUGCAUGUGUGUUAGUGACCCAGGUAAGUGGUGGUGCUGUCACCUGUAAGCAUGGGGGCACUACUUGUGGCACCUACCACUAUUGUAGCCACAUGUCCUAGUUUACAGAGAACCAUCUAUUGCUGUGAAGAGCUGAUCCUUUGAAGAAGGCCUCUGUUUGAGAGCUAUCCAGUCCCCAAGUCUGGUCAAGGAGCCAUAAAAAUGGCACGUAGGAGCUUAUCAGCAGUUGGGCUUACUUGGUUAGUAGGCACACAAGUCAGCUGGUGUCUGCCCCCACUGCAGCUUGAUGUAUUGUGUUUCUAUUUAAAACAUUAUUUCUACAAGUGCAUUGAUACAUAUAAAUUAAAAUGUUAUGUCAAUUGAACCCCUCUUUUGUCCUUUUCGUGAUGCAUAUCCUCUUUUUUUGACUGUAUGACUGACCACCCUACCAACUAUGAGGAGCCACAGUGGGCUCUGCCAGCACAUGGGCCCCACAGCUGCCCAGCUCCAACUGACACUGGUGUCACUUAGUCAGGCGUCAAGCCACUGAAGAAUUUGGUUCAGCUUAGAUUUGUGCUCAGCUACAAUUUGGAAUUGUCCUCCCUCAAGCUAGUACAGUCAUACCUCGGGUUGAAGUAGCUUCAGGAUGAAUAUUUUCGGAUUGUGCUCUGCAGCGACCUGCAAGUAAUGGAGCGCAUUACUUCCAGGUUUUGCCACUCGCACAUGCGUGGAUGCGCAAAACGACGUCACACGCAUGUGCGGAAGCAGCAAAACGUGACCCGCACAUGUGCAGACAUGCAGUCACGUGUUACGUUUACUUCAGGAUGCGAAUGGGGCUCCGGGACGGAACCCGUUCGUAUCCAGAGGUACCACUGUAAAGGUUAAGUAAGCAUUCAGUAAGCCUGCAAACCUCCAGAACUGAUUUGGUUCUCUUUGAGAGACACCAUUCUUCUAGUCAGUGAGUUGUUACGAUUUGUUUUGAAAUGCUAACCAUUCUCCCCUUUCCACACCCAAGUUGUGUCUUUGUCCACAUUCAAUUAGCAAUUCAAGAUUGAUUUGGUUGGCUUUCAAAUAGUGAUUCCAGUUGGUUUCCGAUUCAGGAAGGUGCAGGGUUGAGAGGUUGGGUUCAAUAUUUGGCUCAGGUUCAGUUUGGCUUCCAGUCUGGUACAGUGGUACCUCAGGUUACAGAUGCUUCAGGUUACAGACGCUUCAGGUUACAGACUCCACUAACCCAGAAAUAGUACCUCGGGUUAAGAACUUUGCUUCAGAAUGAGAACAGAAAUUGUGCAGUGGCACCGCAGCAGCAGCAGCAGGAGGCCCCAUUAGCUAAAGUAGUACCUCAGGUUAAGAACAGCUUCAGGUUAAGAACGGACCUCCAGAACGAAUUAAGUUCUUAACCCAAGGGACCACUGUAUUGCGUAAAACAGCUUUUGCCAACCAGGUGCCCUCCAGAUGUUUUGGACUACAUCUCCUUUCAGCCUCAGUCAGACCAGUACAGAUUCAUAAGUAUUUGUGUGUUUUUUCUUUUUUGUUUUGUUUUUUGUUUCGUCUUGUUUUACAUAAUCAUAAAAAAGAUCUUCAGUCCAGCACUUAGCUGGUUAUAACAAGGACUUUAGGGAGCAAACAGCCCUUUUCCUAUAUAGAUCUCUUUAGCUUGCCUGCUUCGUUAGCUCUGGGGGUUUGGAGGCUUCCAUUACAGCACAUUUUCCUGUAUAAUUUGGGGGAUGGACAUGCACAUAUCUUUCCCCCUUUGUCCUCUUUAGCUUGGUUUAGCUUUUAAAAAGUUGGCUGCAUGAGUUCACAUCCUCCUGAAUAUUUCAAAAAUACCUAGAUUUCUCCUUCUCUUCCCCAUUUUUUUUUUAUAUUUCAAUAAAGACUUAUGUGCAGAUAAAAAUGGUUUAAGAGUUGCAAGGGUAUCUUUCUCUAUCAUUAUAUCUCUAUCUCUAUCUCUGUUCCUAUAAAACAAGCAUUCUGCUUCAAUAGGCCUUGUACGGGGAAAAGUUGCUCAGAGGCUUGAAACUAGGGAUGGAUGAGGAUGUUGAUUUUUGUUUCUCUCUGUUUCUCGUUUUGCAGUCUUUGGUUCUCCACAUUGGGCUGUAAACCACUUUGAGGUAUCCCCCCGCCUUUUACGAGGUGCAUAAGUUUUAUGCAAUAAAUAAAAUAAGUAUAUUGGUCUGCAAUUUUUAAAGAAGGUCUCAUGAAAAUUCAGCAGCAUUUUAAUGCAAGUUUCUCCAAACAUGCACAUUUUUGUUUGCAUUUUUCCUCAAUAUACUGCAUUUCUGCAAAGCUGUUUCUCCUAAAAGAAUGCAUCUCUGUAUGUUAUUUUCAUGGAUAUAAUGCAUUUUUUACACACCAGUUUGCUGGAAACAUGCACUGCAAAAUUAUGAGAAGGAUGGUUCUGUUUUGGUUGGUGUAUUAUUUCAGGAGGUGCAGAUGAAGUAUGAACUGAAUCAAGUAUCUCUCGCAUCCCUAUCCAGCAGUCACAAACCAGAGACCUUUCCUUCCAUGACUCCCCAGCAGCGCGACCCAAUAUGUACUUCAUUUCAAUGAUCAGCUGUUAUAUGUCUUAUUUCACCAGGGCUGGAUUAUGGAGGCUCUCCCCCAAAGUCGAGAACUUGCCCGGGAGCUGCUGGCAAUGGGCAUCAUUCCCAAGCACGUUGGUAAGAACAUGUUUAGUUCCAUUGUGUUUUUACAAAUUCUUUCUGACUUUCUAAUUUCUCUCUACCAUUUGAGAAAGAGGCAAAGAGAACAUCAGGUCAAACACAACAGACUGCCCUACCCCCUUGCUCCAGGGCUUCUUUACAGGAUACAUAAUUUAUUUCUUUAGUGUUUUAAACUUGUAUGCCUCAUUGGCAGAAAUGAGGUAGAGAAAGUAGUAUAGUAGUAUAGUAAAUAACAUGGGGCAGAAGAGCACCCAUGACUGGUGAAACUGGGCAUUUCCUAAUGCCUAAUACCAUAAAGGGGUCAACAUCAGUGCUGAGCUGUACAGGCCUCAUUCUGGAGCCAGGAGUCAAUCCAGGAGUCGCAGCUAGAGAAUCAAGCCAGGAGUCAGAGCCAGGAAAAACUUUCACUGCCCAAAUCAGAAGAACCAAUGACUCGUGUGGGUGGGAGGAGCCACUGCAUUUCCAUGGAUUCCAUUACUGCCUAGAGCAGUGGUGGCUAAACCACUGCCCAGUUCUACUAAGCCUCAGGCAACUUUCAUGACUCCAAUUUUGUGCCCCAACACAGCCCAGAGCUGGUAUCAUGAGUCCUAUGGAGGCAUCUUGGAGAGAGUGGUCAGAUUAUGAUUAUGAUGAUGAUGAGGAAAGUUGAAGGAGGCUGACCUGGGGAUGAGAAUUUGGGGCCCCAGGAGAAGUCUGACCUGUGGGGAGGGCCCCAGAGCUUGAGAGAUGGAGACCUUCAAAAGGGAGAGCACAUGGGAGGGGCUGUCAAAUUCUGCUUCAGCGUCUUCACUUCAACCUAGUCAUGCAUUGUAGGUCUCUGCUGCGCCUUAACAAUAUGAAACCUAUAGACCAAUUUUGAGACUCUAUACUGACUUCAUAAAUAUAAAAACUUCCAAACAUGGUGAUACUUUGAGUUCUGUUUCUGAUGGAGAACCAGAACAGCUGGAAAGAGAGGUUCCUCUUCUCCUGGCACAGUACUGUAAUGGGGAGGAAAAUCACAGCACCUUAUCCCCAGAAAUCUCUGCCCCUGCGCCAUUGAAAUUAAGACAGAGGAAUUUUGGCCAACUUUGACUACUUAUGAGUUAAUCAUCUGAUGUCGUAUUGACACUAGGUGACUGACAGGUGUGGUGUCCCACUCACAUGUCAAAAUUGCCCUGCUGGGAUGGGGGAAGAUAGUGCACAAAACUGGGUUGAACUCCCUGCAAACCAGCUCCAAUCCUGUUUUCAGCAGCUGCAUCUCCACCCACAUUAUAUUCCUAUUCACAUAUGGCAUCAGGUGUGAGUCAGAUGGGUGUGGUUUCAGAAAAACAGCCUGGUGGGCCAUGUUUGACCUGCAGGCUGGAGGUUCCCCAACCUUGCAAUAAGGAUUGUGUGAGAUAAUUCCCUGGAGGAAUUUGCCUCAUGCAAAUUAGUGUGAUUGUAAGUCCAGCAUAGCUUUUCACAACCUGCCAGCCUUCAUGGUGACUGGAACUAAUAGCACCUAUAGUCCAAAACAUCUAGAGGGUACCAGGUUGGCACCAGAUCUAAGAACUUUCCUGAUACCUGGAGAAAAAGGAACACACACAUAUACAGAACUAUAUGUUUUAAAGUCCUCUUUGCACAUCUGGAAUGCAUACUUUUAAUUGUUGUUGUUGUUGUUUUAAUCAGGCUUCCAGAAAGCCAAAUUAACUUCUGUUGUAUUUGCAAUUCUUCUUCCUUCCUUCCUUCCUAGUGGUGCUUUUCGCUCCCGAUAUUGUGCUGAUUGAGAGGAAUCUUGGGAAAAGAGUGGAUAUUUCUACUGGAGGUGUGGCGUUGUUUUUGUUUUCUUGCUAACAGAAAUGGGGAAGUGGUGGCUGAGAAUGGCAGAAUAAAGGUGGCAGGGGCCAUGGAAUAUUUAGCUCAGGGGAUACAGUAGAUUAGGAUAUCAUCAUAACCACCAUCAUCACAGAUUUAUUAAUCAUCUCCUAAACCACUGUUUCAAGCCAAUUUACACAAAAGAUAAUUAACAGUUAAAAGCACCAAAACAGCAAAUACAUUUGAAACAAGACUAAAACACUAGGGAGUGGACACUUCUGAUAAAAGAUCCUUUCCAUCCAGCUAGGAAAGUUCAUGGAACAAAAAUGUCUUAAUUUGUUUCUGGAAAGUGCAGACUGUGGGUGCCUGUUGUAUCUCAACAUAGUGGCGGAGCUUCAUCCUCCGGCACUGGGGAAGGGGGGGAGAGGAGGCGGGGGCAGGGCUCGCACGUGUCCUGGGGGCGUGGUGUGCCAUCCUGAGGGCGUGGCCACGUCCUGGGGGCGUGGUGCCCAGUGUGGGGAGACAGCCGCAAUGGCACCCUGCCGGGAUCGCGCUGCCAGGGACGAUGCGCUCCCUCCGCACUCCUCUUCCUCCACCAGUGUCUCAACAGCAAUGUUGCUCCACAGAACAGGGGCAGCCACAUUUAUGAGCCUGUUCCAAGUUACCCAUGAGGGGAUUAAUUACAGUUCCAGGAUGCUUCAUUAGACAGGGAGAAAGAAGUCAUAUGCUUUUAAUUGUGCUUUGAAUGUAUGGCGCAGAUGCAGCCCAGUCUCUGUUCAAGCGAAUCUUUUGUGCCAACCCAUUUCCAGAGGUGUACCAUACAACUUUUGAUUGGCCAACUGAGGACUACAUACAGCAGCGCCUGAAGGUGCCGCAUGGCAUAUCUGAAGUGGAGACCGCAAGGCGGAUAUUGAAAUACCAUCAAGACUACCCUGGGAUUCUUCAGUCCUUUGGGAGUUGCAUGAAGUUGAUCAACGCUGACCAGCCAUGCGCAGAUGUUUUUGCACAGGGUAGGAAGAGAUGGACAGCUGUUUGAUUCUGUGGUUUUGUCAACAGGGUCUGUUUCAGGUCCAUCUUUUUCAGAGGGUGAGCAUCAUUUCUUUCCCACUUUGAAAAUUCCGCUCCCCAGAUCUCCUAAGAUGAAAUAGCCUAAAAGCCCUGUUCUGGAGUGGAGCAAUUCAUGAAACAAACCCUCAUCUCAACACAAACAUAUUUGUGAUGUACCCUCAUUUCUUUGGUUUGCUAUCAUGACUUUGUAUAUAAAUGAUUCCUUUCAUUUGAGCUCUCCGUAGGGAAAAUUGAGAAAUUGACAGCCACAAAGCACAUUUCUUCUUCUUUCUCUUUUGCUUUUUAAUUGUCCCCUUUCCCAGCAGUCUUUCAGUGUCCUGUUUUUAUCACCCAGCUAAUAUUUUCAUUUGGAAAAGAGGCCUUUCCUUCUAAUCACGAGUGCCACACUUUGAGGUAAACAAGUUGGAGGUUUAUAUCCAGAAUUUACAAAAUUAAUUACCUCUAAAUUACUUAAUUACAUUUAAAAGUUCACAUCAUCGUUCAUAAACAAUUCAUGCCUUGAAUUGUAAAUAUAUGUAUGCAGGCUGAAUAUUAAUUAUUAUUAAUUAAUAAUGCAGUGAAAUAAAUUGAAAAUUGGAAUGGAAAAAAAAUCAUCUCCCCCCAUCUUUUUCUUCCAGUUGAUGCAUCAAGCAGCCAGAUUUUUUAAAAAGAAUAAUUAGAUGUGGAGACUGUCUGGGGGAUCAUUACUCCUAAUUAACUUGGUUAUUUACUGCAAAUUAAGCAUCAUUUGUAAGCAGGCUGCUUGGCCUGUUAUGUUUCUGCUGCAGAUAUGCUGGGCUGGGAAGAACAGCUUAGAGCUGUCUCUGGUUAGCUGAUAUUUAUUUGGGAAUAAAUUAUGUGCAAAUGGACUGUUUCCCUCCGCUGUGAGUAGGGUUGGUUCUAAUAUUUGGGUAGCCCCCCUCCCCAGCAUGAAACCAACAGCAAGUCUCCUUAACCUGAAAGGUGCAAGGGUCCUACUGUUAGGCAAAGCAAAACAAGCAGAUUUCAGAAGAGGGGGGGAACAGUACUACCCACAGCUAUUCCUCUGUGCUUACCUUUGGAUACCCUUUGAAUAUCCUAACUUUCCACCACUUCUAUUGUUUGUCAGUCUUUACCCAUGUCCAAGCUCCUCCUCGAACGCUCGCCCCGUUUUCACCCCGGAUUCUCCUUUGUGGACCGCCAGGCUCUGGGAAAAGCAUGCAAGCAUCGUUACUAUCUCGGAAAUAUGGCAUCAUCAAUGGUUUGUUACCCUCUCUGUCUUAAAUCCUCAGUUGGUCUCAGGCUGUCUCUUUCUCUGUCCAUUGCUGAGGAUGUAAUAUUUCUCCAAACCACCCCAGAUCAAAAGCAAAAAUCCCCUGAUAAAAGGCCACUAGGCAAUAGAAACUUGUAACUUUAACAAGACAGCACCGAUGUAUGUACGUUUAUAUAUAUAUAUUUAUAUAUAUAUAUAUAUAUAUAUAUAUAUAUAUAGUUUCCAUGUUUAUAUCCUUAGAGAAAAGGUGAGGAAUGUUUAUCAGCCUGAAGGCUGCAUUCCCUUCUGAGCAAUGCUUUUUUCCUGGCAUUACUUACCGGUACGUAGUACCGGCACAUUUUUUUAUCUCCCAGAAACGCUCAGUCGCAUGGGGAGCUGCAGCAUAAAAAAACCCCAAUGGGGCUCGGCUGCUGCUGCCGCCCUUUGGGGCUGGCCAGAGUGCAUGAGUCCCACUCCCUAGGGAGCAUGAGAGUGAGUGGCAUGGCGUGUGACACACUCCUCCCCCACUGAUGGCACUCCCAAUGGUCAUGGCAAGGCAUUGCUUUGGGCAACCUCCCGGAGGGUACCUGCCAGUGGUGAAUGGGACCAGAGGCAGAAGAGGGUGGAACAAUGAAUAAAAUGUUACCGUUGUACAGGUGGCAACGCGGGGGUUCCGUUCCUGGCCCCUGCAUGCACCAACAGAGUGUGUAUAAGCACCCCCCCCGCCUUGUGUCCACCCCACCUUGACCUGCUCCCAUUCUGCACUUUUCUGAGUUGAGAAGGACCCUCCCGUUAGUGAUCACGCGUAAAUUUGAUGUGCCUAAAGUGGCCACCGCCUGUAUAGUAGGCUAGUUUCAUACACUCCCCCACACUCCUCUAUCCUCCAUCCAGAUGAGUAAAAGGCACUAUCAAAGUUCUGUACCAGCUGCUGGGAUGCCAGAUGCUCUGAAUAACAGCUAUUGGGAAGCACAAGUGGGAAGAGUGCUGCUGUUGUUCUCCUGUCCCAUAACUGGGCAGCCAUCAAGCACUGUGAGAACUGGACCAGAUGGCCCUUAGGCCUAAUCCAGCCACUGUGCACUCCAUACAUUCUUCCUAUUUGUUUGCUCUUGGGGCGCUGAAUUAGAGGGACCUCCUGAAUCCUUUCCAGCUACCAGCGUUCUGGCACUGGCAGCCGACAGCCCUUUGGGUCAGCUUUCCACAUGAGGAAGCCAGGAGCUCCUCAGCACCUCCAGCAGAAAAAUCUGGAAGCUGUAACUUCCUCCUCCAGUAAUUAUAAGUUUAUAACCAGUCAGAAACCCAUAGACUCUCCCUUGACUAGCUGUUUUCCAUUCUAUAUUUUGAUUAGUAUAUUUUUCUUUUAAAAUAAAAAUGUUCCCAGCCAAAUGUAUUCUUUAUUAUCCUAUAUUUUUUCCAGCUUUUGUUUGGCUAGGGCAAAAAGAGGUGUGUGUGUGUGUGUGAGAGAGAGAGAGAGAGAGAGAGAGAGAGAGAGAGAGAAAGAGAGAGAGAGGUGUGAGAUGGAGAAACCAGCUCAAGCCCCCAUCUCUUUUAUUUUAUUCAGUGACCUUUUUCCAAUAUGCAGCUUCUUUGCCAUUUCUUUCUCUCUCUGCCCUCCCCACAAUCCACCUUUCCCCUCCCCUCUACUUUUGCUUUCUUACUUCCUUUUUAAAAAUUAACCUUAUGUCUUUUUUGUUCCUCGUUCCUCUCAGUUUGCUGCGGGCAAUUGCUAAAGGAAGCUGUAGCCGACGAGACAAAACUUGGAGAACUCAUUAAGCCGUAUUUUGACAGUGGUUGGCCAGGUAAGGUCACAUUUCUGCACUUGCCAUGCAGUGCUUACAAAUCUGUGGGGAGGUGGGGAAGUUGGGGGGGGGGACAGCAGAUGCAUAAUCUUGGGGUUUGGAGGGGGGGCAUCUUUGUGGCAUGAUUGGAGCUGAGGGUGCAUCUCGUAAGGCAGGGGAAGAAAUUUGGUUCUGUUUGCGAACUUACUUAGUUUACCCUUUCUGAAAUAAUGUGCUAACUGAAACCCAGCUGUCCUCUGAAACCCUUGUACCCCUAAAUUUUACUGUGUGGUUCUGUAGUCAAGUUGUGUGCGCAAAAAUGCUCUUGCUAGAGAAAAGCAUCCGUGACAGUACUUGUAAAAAUGAUGUACAAAAAAUUAGUUAUAUUUGGGGAAAACGCUUUGCAAAAAUAUAUGUAUACUAGGAGCUGUGCCCCUGCUUGCUUCAUUUGCCAGCCCUGCUACCAUUCUCCCCACAGAUGUCCACUUUGCUCCCCUAUCUACCCUUCCCAAUUCCUUCUCUUUGCCUCCCACCCAUCACCAGAGGACUAAAACUCCCAUAUUAACCUGCAAUCUCCCUCCCCUGCUCAUUUGUCACACUGUUUAUUCAGAGCCACCCCACCCCACUCCUGCCUUUAGAACCUCAGAAAGCAGCUAAUGAAAACAGAGUGAUAACACCUUACAAUUUUAUUAUGCAGUAAGAUUAGUCGAAAUUAUACUUGAAAUGUGUAUAUUAGGAGAGAUUAGCACUAAAAUGCUGUUGAGUUUUCAUGAGGAAAUUUUUUUUUUUAAAUAUUGCAAACUGAUAUGGAUAUGUGGAGCACCAAACUUAAGAUUGGAACAAUGAGAAUCUGAGGGAAAGUGAAAUGGACUGAUUUGUCCAUCCAUGGCAUCUACACGAGGCUUAUUGAGUACCAUCACCAGUCAUCAAAUAGUAGGGAACUCUGUUCUCUCAGAGGAAUCCCAAAGUUUUCAGAAGUAAACAAAUAAACAAUUUUUGGGGUGUGUGGGGACCCUAAGAGAAGGGGGAAUUUGAAACAGCCAAUGAGAACUGAGCAUGCUCAGCAAACAUAGAAUGUUGGCUGAUUAUCAAUCGGGUGAGGGGCAAGAAAACUGGAGAGCAAAUGGAAUAGAGUUUGCUGAAAAGUGUCAUGGAGCUGUGAACAAGAACACUUCCUCCUAGCUACCUUUUCUUGAAAUGCGCACUGGUGAUGGUAGUAAUAAUAGUACAGUGGUACCUCAGGUUAAAAACACUUCAGGUUACAAACUCCGCUAACCUGGAAGAGUUACCUUGAGUUGAGAACUUUGCCCCAGGAUGAGAACGGAAACCGUGUGCCAGCAGCACAGCGGCUGCAGCAAGAGGCCCCAUUAGCAAAAGCACAUCUUUAGUUAAGAAUAGUUUCAGGUUAAGAGCGGACCUCCGGAACGAAUUAAGUUCAUAACUAGAGGUACCACUGUAACGGUAAUACCAUCAACAUCUAAUAAAAUGCUCAUCAAUAUACGAAAGCUAGGAUAUACACAAGGGAGAGUUUUGCCUACUGUUGGGGGCCAUGGAGGGGGGCUGUGAUGCCUGUGUGCUGUGCCCACAGAGUGGCAUUUCCCCUCACUCUGGUAUUAUCCAUCAGUGGUGGCUGAAUCACACAAGGGUAAGGAGCAAGGCUUGCAUUUGUUGCAUGUGUGGCUGCACACAUACCAUAAAUUUAAAGCACAUGUAUUCUCCUAUUAUCCCUUCACUGUUGGAGACAGCAUGGCCCCUGAAUAACCAUUGCUGGGAAUCACAAGUGGAGAAUGUUGCUGUCGCACUCAGGUCCUGCUUUCUGGCUUCGCAUUGGGGCAUCGGCUUGGCUGCUGUGAAAACAAGCUAUUUGGCUGGAUGGGUCCUCCUUUGGCAUGAUACGGCAGCCAGGCUCUUCUUAUGUCCUUGCUAGAUCAGGAUGCAAAGGCUAUCUUGUCCAGCCUUCCUGUUCCCCAGUGCCAGGCUAUUUUGUACCCCUGGCAAGGCUAGCAACAUGCACACAUGCACACACCCCAAAUUGCUAACUUCGAUUUUCAAAAACAGAUUCUUGUAGACAAAAGGAAAAGCACAAAACUUGAAACUGCUAAAUUUGUUUCAAUUUCAGGCACAUCAAAAUCUCACUUUGUGUGCAAAUUUUGUUACCAGUUCCUUCUGGUCAAGGGCUGAUGCUUGGGCAAGUCCAGUUAAUAUAGUUGCCAAGCCAACUAAUCUCUUUUGCAACAUUAAGUGUACGUUUUUAUAAGUUUGAGCUCUGAGAAACUGGACGUGUGAGAAGGAUCCUUAGAGCAACAGAACCAUUAGGCACAUUAUCCAGGUGUUUUUGUUGUAGUAUGAAGAGAAGUACUCCUUGUGGUGGUAUCGACUUUGGAAGUCUUUGAGAUAUUGCUGUAAGUUCACAGCACAAACCUGAACUUACAAAUUGCAUCAGCAAGGGCCUUAGCUUCAAUUCGGGAAGCAUUUCCAGAUAAACCUUUUAGGCUUGUGUCAUCAAAGAUCUCUAUUAAAGCAUCAUAUAUACUUCUAAGAUUAUAUCUCAGUGGUUUCAAAGCAUCAAUCUGACUCUCCCAUCUUCUUUCGCUCAGCAGCUUAACAGUUAUACCUAAGUCUGAUACAUGGCUAGUUAGAAUUUGCCAACGCUGAGUCGAUGCAUAGAAAUAAUUAUAGAUCUGUUGAUCUAAACUGAAGAAACUUAAUUGCUUUCAGACAACAGUGGCAUCACUGACAACCAAGUUUAAAGCGUGUGCAUUGCAGGGCACAAAAACGGCAUAUGGGUUUAUGUCCAGGACUCUCUUUUGUGUGCCAUUUUCUUUGCCUUUCACAUUGCUGCACAUUGACAAUACGGAUUCUUACUUGGUAAUCCCAUUUGCUCAAGCUGUCCAAAAGAGUUUCUGCCAUAAAGGCACCUGUAGUCUCCUUUAGUGGAACAAAUCCUGAGAAAUGUUCUCUUCUUAUAACUUCAGGCUCAGAUAUCUCAUUAUCUGAUGGUUUGAUUACAUCAACAAAACAUACAAUCAUUGUCAUUUGUACAAUAUGACUAACAUCAGGUUUGCAGUCCAAAAUAAUUGAAUAGUAUUGGGCUGUGUUUUCAUGUGCUUCCUCCCCCCCGCUGCUUUAUAGUACCUGCUAGAAGCUGUAUAAGCUCAUUUUGGACAUCUUUUCCUAGGUAGUGAACCAUUGUUUCUUGAUCUUUAACUCUGUGCAAAUGUUCAUUCAUGAUGGGAUCAAAAAGGGCUAGAUAUUCUACAAACUUCAAAAUAUUUCCACUGUGCAACUAGCACCAUACAACUUUUUAGUUGUACCAUGGAAUGCCACGUUUUGUAUGCCAAGAACUCUGACCAAAGCAAUCAAGUGUUCCAAGAUUUGCCCUCAAUAAUGUUCUUCUUGUCUAAUUUUCCUCAUGUUAAUAUCACCAAUGUUUUUCCUUUAGAUAAGUGCAAUUCAAGUUAUUUCCAGGUCUGAUAGUUUUCUAAAUGGUCAGUGUUCCUCUCAUGUGAAUACAGAAUUGCUUCAAUGUUCUUCCAGUCUUUUGAACCUGUUUCUUGUAGAGGUAGUGCACGAUAUUUUUGCCGAACAACUUACACACACCAUAUUUUGAGGUUGAAUAUAUCAACCUCAAUUGAUACUUCUUCACCAUUUGCUAUUCUUCUCUUGUAGUGUAAAGGAGAGAAAUUAUUCUUUUUUCUUUUUUUUUGUUACUCUUUGGGGAAAUCAUGUGAUACAACCUGCUGUGGUCCAUGUUGUAUUAUAAGCUGUCACAAAUUAUCACUGCAAUAGUUAGACCAGUUAGCAGGGUCACUGUAAUUCAAGUCAGGCACAGUACCAUCUUCUUUUACAGACUUGGUGGUACUCUCACUUUCCUUGAUAUCCUCUUUUUCCACUGUGUGUUUUCCAUAAAUAUUUUCAAUUUGUGAAACAAUUCCAAUGUAUCAGUUACUUCAAAAAUGAUAAAAUUCUUCAGAAUUUAAAAUAAAAGUAAAAUAUUAUCAGAAAUGUAUAAGAUAUAACAAAAACUAAUCUCCAUAAAACUGUGCUCCUCAAAGGUCAUUACUGUGUCCCACUAUUGUGUCCCCCUGACACAGUGACCUACCUUGCCCUAUCCUAAAGGGAAGCACACAUGCAAGAGCUUAAGGCAAUAGACUUUCCCUGCUAAUUCUCAGCAUCUCUUAUCCAGAGGAUGAUGGGGUAGAUCCUCCUCCUCCUUAUCCUCAUCUAUGAGGCCAGGGCAGCAAAUACACAAGUAAUAAAACAAUCAAAACAUCUGAAAAACAAUUCCAAUGCAGAUGAAGACUGGGAAAGAUCUCAACUUUGAAAUGCUUGUUGAAAGAGGGAUGUAUUCAAGAGGUGCUGAAAUGACAACAGAGACGGGACCUGAUAUUUAAAGGGAGGGCAUUCCAAAGAGUACAUGCCAUAACACUAAAAGCCUAACAGGCCUCCUGAUAAGUUGGUACAUUUGCAGAGGCCCUCACCUGCAGAGCACAAUGAUUAGUUGGGUAAAUGGCCAGGUGUGUGGGGAGAGAUGAUAUUUUAAAUAGUCCUUUGGAUCCUGGCCAGUCCCCUUGGUUUAAAUGUUAGGGUUCUCUAUUAGGCAAAGAUACUGUAAUGUGGUCAUAACAAAUCCUAAGGACACCCAUUGGAGCUUUAUCUUCUGUCCACAUGACCAAUAAGUAUCCCAGAGUUGUUUUUCUCCAAGUUUGUUUUGAUAUUUUUUGCAUUGUGUGGCUUUAUGGCUUAAGUGGGGCAUAUCUUAGCAGGAUGAAGGGAUGCAUUCUAGCCAAUAUUUAUGCUUCAAGACAAAUAAUAAGUCUGAUCAUUUUGCUAAUCCACUCCUCCUCAGGAUAACAAAGCAUGAAUUUGAUUGAGUAAACACUAACAAGAAUUCAUUAGUGGCUUUGCAGAAGACCUUGGGGGAAAUGAAAGAGAGUUAGGCUACUUGGUGAACCUUUUUCUUUUUUUUUAAGUUAUAUUAGUCAAAGAUUGUAGUACUCCUAACUUCAGUGCCCCUUCUUCUGUCACUCCUCUUCCACUCUUAAGAAUUUCCCCCACACCUUUUUUUCUGAUUGCUAAGAUCACAGGCUCCUCCAUGUUGCUCCCCCAGGUGUUGGUAAACCUUUCUCAGCCUGAAGGCUGCACUCCCCUUUAGCCAGCUUUUCAGGGGCCAUAUGCAAGUGGCGAGCAGAGCCAGAAGCAAAAGUAGACAGAGCAACAAAUGUUAGAUUUUACCUUUGCAAGAGAGGUUAGUUGCUACACUAUCAUGCCUCUCACUGUCCCUCUUCCAGGAAAGCAAGAGACAAGAGCAGAGUUCCAAGCACACACCCCAGUCAGACAAAUGCAUCCAAGGAAGGUGCAAAGUGGGGCUGGUGAGGGGUGUAGGCUGGAGGAAAGGGGGCAUGAAGGAGGCUCCCAAAGGCCAGAGAAGGCCUGGAGGGCCAGAGUUUGCCUCACUAAUUGUGAGGUUUCCCAGCCUGAUGUCUAUUCAGAACCGAUCUGGGGUCUAUUCACCCUCUUUUCUCCAGUCGCUCCCCAUCACUGGAGCCUGUGGACAGGCUGAGGACUUGGCAUGCUCUUGAUUGGUGCAAUUCACUUAUGGUCAGAACAGCUUUUAGUCUGACAAGAGAGAUGAGAAAGGGUGGUAUACAAAUUUAAUAGACAAAACAAAACAAAGGCAACAAAAAGAAAGAUAUGGUCUCCCCCCAUUUUUUUGUCUCAAGCCCCAUUGAGCUAGACACAAGCCCUCUGUGUUGGUGUCUUCCCCACGUCCGCUACUCUCCAUUUAGAAAAUAGUAAUAUUUGAAUCCAUCCCAGUGGCUUUCUCUUCUUGCUUCAUUGGUUGGGCGGAGGGAGAACAGGGAGGAGUAGAAGAAGGGGGAUUUGGGAAUCUCCUAAUUUCUGCUAUUACUAACAAAAAAACCCCAGUCUUAACAUUAACUUUUCUUAUAGAAAAAAUGAAUAAACUGGGAUGUUUCCCCCCCCCCCACUCCCCAAUGAUUUACUUUAUUCUCUCUUUUCGUUUUUGCAAGUUUGGAUGUCAUGGUGGCCCCAAGAUCACAGCUUUUCUUCCCCACCCUCAUAUUUAUUUAUUUUUGACAGUGAAAUUAACAUUCUUAUCUCUAAAGUGGCAGCUUAAAAAAUUGACAAUAGAGCCUUCUUUCUCUUUCUCUUCUUAUGAAGGAGAGUUGGGGGGUGGUAGCGGAUCGUUUGCUAUCCGUAAGUUGCAAAUAAUUUCUCAGUUGAAAGGCUAGGUAAAUCUUUCUAUCUGAGGAGAUAAGCUCGGUUUUAUUUCUUAUUUUUUCAAACACACACACACACACCAGCCAGCCGUCCUGCAAGCAGCCUGCAACAUUGCCGGAGCAUCCUUUGGGGGACCCUCCGCUGGUUUUUUUCCAAGCGCCUCUUCUCACACGUGUGUUUGUACUAGCUGAAGACGCGCACGCAUGGCUCUCUAAAUAAUUUACAAGUUGAUUAAUAAACUCACAGGGGUAUAAUUAGGAGAGAGAGAGACAGCGGCUACGGUAACGGGCACAGCACUUGGGGGAGCUGGAGACUCUUUCCUUUUCCUGUCUCUCUCUCUCCCUCUCGCUCUUUUUCUCUUUUUUUCAAGAAACUUUCGAGGGUGCUGGGCGUUUGAAGAUAAGUUGGGAAGCGCACAGUGCCUCUCCUCGUUUGAUGUGGAAAUAGGACAGUUUGAAUCCGCCGACUUUAAUUUUUCACAAGCUGUAGGGGCCCUGCAGAGAGCUACUUUCUCUUUUUUAUUAUUGGGGGGUGGGGGAGGAUGGAAAAUCCCUCUACAUUUUUCUUUCAUUUUUCUUUUUAUACACACAAGUCCAAACAGGAACGAAAAAUCAGAUUAAUUUCCUCUUCUCCUAAAGUUCUAUUUAUCCACCCGUUGACCGGCCCUCUUCGAGUCUCCUGGUGACAGUGGGUAAUUUUGUAAUGGGGUUCUCCUGUAGCAAAAUGUAUAUAUUAGGGGAAAGUGUACCUGAAAAAUGCAUAUAAUUUAUGAAAAGGAAAUACAAGAGUGCAUUAUAUUAGGGAAAUCAUUGCAAAAUCAUAUGUAUGUCAAUCAUCUCAGACUCGACUUUCUCUUGGUGAGGCCUUGUGGGGGGCACUGCCCAGUGGUCUUAGACCCAUGGCAGGGUCUCCUCUGUUGGUUCCCUAUUUGUGGAAUGCUCUGCCUUUUAUGAGGAAGCUUCUUGGAAACACUGAAAUCACUGGUUGAGAGAAUGUGGUUGUUUUUAGUUGGUUUUAGAAUGUUUUCGGGGACGCAGGUGGUGCUGUGGGUUAAACCACAGAGCCUAGGACUUGCCGAUCAGAAGGUUGGCGGUUUGAAUCCCCGCGACGGGGUGAGCUCCCGUUGCUCGGUCCCUGCUCCUGCCAACCUAGCAGUUUGAAAGCACAUCAAAAUGCAAGUAGAUAAAUAGGUACUGCUCCGGCGGGAAGGUAAAUGGCAUUUCCGUGCGCUACUCUGGUUGGCCAGAAGUGGCUUAGUCAUACUGGCCACAUGACCCGGAAGCUGUAUGCUGGCUCCCUCAGCCAAUAAAGCGAGAUGAGCGCCGCAACCCCAGAGUCAUCUGCGACUGGACCUAAUGGUCAGGGGUCCCUUUACCUUUACUAAAAUGUUUUUGAUGGUGUUAUUAUUAAUGUGUGUGGUUCGCUGGGCUCCUCUGGGAGGGCAGGUACGAUGAUGAUGAUGACGAUAAUGAUAAUAAUGAUAAUAAUUAAUAAUGAUGAUGAUGACAAUGAUAAUGAUAAUGACAACAACAACAACAGAAAUGUGCCUUAAAAGGCUGGCAAAGUCUCGUAAUGGCUUUCUAAAAAAUUGUUUUGCAACAGAGCUGGAAAAGUGGUGAGCUAACGUAAGUUGGGAUGAUCAGAACCUGAAAUGUAUAGGAUGCUCCACCUUUAGCUCCAUUGGCUGUUUAGCAAUGCAGUUGAAGUAAUUCCUUGCCCCCACCUGCUAUUCGCUAUUCUCAAGUCUGACAUUUUGCACUAGGGAAUUACUACAGACUUUUCUUCAUGGGGCUAUGUCCGUCCUCCCAACCCCGAUGACAAAAACUGAGGGUUAGAGGAACAAAUAAACCAUCUGCCAGUGGAUCUUCCCUUCUCUCUGUCUUUAAUUCUGUCUCUGUAUCUGCUUCUCUCUCUUUCUCUCUCUCUCCCCAAUACAGUACUAGCUUGCCUUAACUAGGCUGUUGCAAGGGUCACUAAAGCAUUGUCUAAAACAUGUGUUCCCUUACCCUAUCCUAUAGAAAGCAUUAUUCAAAAACAGUGAUUUGCACAGCUCGCUAAGAACAAUAAUAGCACAAUAUAAUUCACACCAGUAACAAUUAAUUGCACAUUUAUUAAAAAUUCAAUUUAAAGUGUUUGGUUUAAUUAAUUCAACAAAACUGAUGAACUUCAUCCAGUAAUGCCAGCUUUUCAAUGUCUGAUAGUCAUUUGCACCUCCAGCACACUCUCUUGCCUUUUAGUACCCCCUGUGUAAUCCCACAGGGAUGCAGGUGGCGCUGUGGGUUAAACCACAGAGCCUAGGACUUGCCGAUCAGAAGGUCGGCGGUUCGAAUCCCCGCGACGGGGUGAGCUCCCAUUGCUCGUUCCCUGCUCCUGCCCACCUAGCAGUUCGAAAGCACAUCAAAGUGCAAGUAGAUAAAUAGGUACCGCUCCGGCGGAAAGGUAAACAGCAUUUCCGUGCGCUGCUCUGGUACUUAGUCAUGCUGGCCCCAUGACCCAGAAGCCGUACGCCGGCUCCCUCGGCCAAUAAAGCGAGAUGAGCGCCGCAACCCCAGUCGGCCACGACUGGACCUAAGGUCAGGGGUCCCUUUACCUUUACCUAUGUAAUCCCAUAGUCCCACAAGCAAAGCGGUACUGUCCACUUAGGGGAACAACUGGUCUGAAUGCUAAGAGUUGUUACUAUGAACCAAAUGCUCUUGUUGUGACAAUUAUUUUAUUUUGUAUUUAAUUUCUAUCCCAUCUUUCCUCCAAGAAGCUUAAGGUGGCUUAUAUAGUUCUCUUACCCAUUUUAUCCUCACAACACCCAUGUGAGGUAGGUUAGGCUGAGAAUGAGUGGCUGACCCAAGGCGGGGAUUUGAACCCUGGUCUGUCAGGUCCUAGUUUAGCACUGUAACCACCAUACCACACUGGCUCUCAUUGGGUGGGAUUUGUGUGAAGAAAGGUUGUUCAGGCCAGAAGGGCCCCUUGUGGGGAAGGCCCAAGUGUGUCUUUACAUGGUGGGAAAUACUCGUUGCCCCUCUCUUCCCCCAUCAGAACAUUACCUAUGAAGGCCGCUAGCCGAGGGCAGUCUCAGCAUUAACCCUGAAAAGGGCAACAAAUGGACACACUACCACCCACUGCAGUAUUUUAUCAGUUAAUGUUGGGGCAGGGAGCCUGUGGCCCACCUGAGUCCCACCUUUCCCAGAUUAAGGCCGGCUCAGCCGAUAUUUAAAAACAUACUUAAGAACAUACCAGCAUCCUGCCUCACAGUACCCAGCCAGGGAGAAACCAGCAAGCAGGAGCUGAGCUCAAGAGCACUCUCUCCUCUUGUGGUUUCCAGAAACUGGUUUCCAGAAGUAUUAGUGCCUCUGCUUGUGGUGGCAGAGUAUGGACAUUGUGGCUAGUCAUCAUUGAUAACCUUCUCCAUGAAUUUGUCCAAUCCUCUCUUAAAGUUCAUGGCCAUUACUGCUUCCUGAAAGAACAAGUGCCCUUGUUUAACGAUGUGCUGCAAUGCUGGGUAGCCAUAGCUCUGAUGUAGCAGCUGUAACUGUUGUCUACUCCACACACACACACACACACACACACACACACACUCUCUAACACACACACACACCGCCCUGUCUUGGGGUAGAGACAUCUAUUCUAUUCUGUAAAAUUCAGUCUUGGCACCCAAAAAUGUACCUUUCUUCCUUCGGUGAGCACAGCUCCACAUUGCAGCAACCAUGUAUCACCCGCAGGUGGCGCUGCUUAAUAAACAAACUCACUUCUCCAAGAGGUUUGCCUCUGAUCACCACUGUUCUGUUUAUUAGUACAUCAUAGGCAAACGUUAGCAAGCUACAUAACCAGAGCCUCCAUCGGCAGGACUCAAAAGCUGUAAAAACAGUGGUGGUGUUAAGGAAAUAAUGAUUGUCUUAGAUGCCUCCUGUACUUAUUAUGUUGGCCACACUUUGAAGGGCCUAGACCUCAGUUUCUAAUGGAAACUGGAGUUUACAUGAAUUCUCAUAAUGCAGACUUUAGACCAGAUGCAGCCUUAGAUGUCAUCUUCAAAGUGGGAAUCUAGAAAAAUCUUCAGACAAGAAAAAAGAAACAUCCACACGUGAAGAGACAGAAAGUGGAGAAUAAAAGGCAGCUGGACACGGGGGCAGGAAGUGGGGGGGGGGGAGAAGAAAAACCUUGCAGACUAAAAGAGGUGCAAGUUUAUCAUCUUUAUUCAUGCAAGAUAAAAUCCCCACACUAGAAGCUGAGGAGGAAGAGGAAAGGAAUGCUUCACCAAGAGAUUACUUCAGGCGCAAGGAUGAUCCGGACUUGGGUCUGUGAGCCACUCUUGCCUGAAUGCAAAAACAGACCUUUCCUGACCAGAUGGUCUCUUGGAAUGGAAAUGGCGAUGAUGGAUCGCUGGAUCACAACUGCCCUCCAUCCCCAAAGCAACUCUAUUGCAGGCUCCUCAAUAACCUGGUUUAAAAUAAGGUUCAACUUUUUAAAAAUUGCUCACAAUUUCACUUGUAAGGAAGAGAUGCAAUGGAAUUAGUUUCACACAUACUUUUCUUCUUCCUUUUGAAGCAUCUCAGAUGCAUCUUUAGAUAUAUGCCUCUUCAAGUUUUCUCUAUUGUUCUCUGUUGUUUGCUUCUUGCAUCAACAUAUUUUAGAUUGUUUAUCCAUCACAUAGGUAGUUGUCCCCUUGGUCUUUUGAAAUAGCAUGGUCUCAAUUUGACACAACUUUAUUCAAUUGGCCUAAAGGAAGAAGGGCCCAUUCCAAUCUGAAGUUAGGCCAGUUAAAGCUUUUUCAUAAUACAGUAGGAUAAAAGAAGCUAAUCUAAAUAAAAACAAAAAGAGAAAAGAAAACACAAAAGGAAAACUUAAAAAGAGGAAAAAAGAGAAGAACAAAAAUAAAAAGGACUUCUGAUUUUCCAUCAGUUACAUAAAAAUAAAUUAUUCAAAAUAUUCACUCUAGAAUGACACCCAACUGAUCUACUUUCUGUUAGACAAUAUUUUCCCAAUCUUCCAAUCCAAAUAGAUUAAUUCAUUUUGGUUUUUUCCACAAAGAGUUCAAAAGGGGUUCUCUAAUUAUUAAUAAUAAUAAAUGUCAGCAAUCAUUUUUCUCUAAUCAAACAUAUCAACAUUAUCUCCAGUAACUUCAACAUAUUAAACAAUAAUAAGUCUUUCUGUCUUAGUCCACACAAGAUUCUUUCUGCUGUGAUGAUUAUACAGUAUAUUAACUAUUCAAUAGUUUUUUACUUAUUAUGUGUUUCUUAAUUUGCACCUAGUUCCAUAUCUUCCCUUCCCAUUUCCUGUUGUAUUUGCUGUGGUGUUCCAUCCUGAUUUUUUUUUUUUAAUUCCUUUUCCGUUUAUGCUUCUUCCAUUCUUUUCCCAAGGAAGACACUAAAGGUUUGAUAGCUCUUUCCUCUGAAUUCACUCCAAGUUGUAAACAGAGUCCUUUCUCUCUCUCAACUCUAUCUCAGCCAGCUCAGGAUGUCUUUUCAUCUAUCCAUCCAUGGCUUCAUUCCACUCCUCCAACAUCUCAACUCAACCGUUUGGCUGUUUCAAAUACCUGUAUGGAGGACUUCUCCAUUUCACCAUCUGUUGCAUCCAUUUCACCCUCCUGUUCUGACAAUCCUUCAUCCAUAUUUUUCUCUGAAGUCCCUGUGUCUUCUUUAAUGCCACUUUCCAUUUCAUCCUUCUCUGGUCUGCUUUCAUUUACCAUUUCAUCAAUCUCAGCUCUAAUCACUUUUAUUUACUCAUCAAACAAUUGCUGAAGGACACCAACAGCCAAUGGAAUGUCCAGCAAUUUAUCUGCCAUACUGAAUGUUCUUGAUAUUAACAAUUCAGUCUCCACUUUAAGAUCUUCACAGUCUCCUGUCUUCAAUCCCCUGUCAUGACCUUAAGAUCUUUAUAACAUUAUCUGCUAUCAAACCACAUUCCCACAAAGGAAAUAAGAAGUAGCAACAUUAGUUUUGAUUUCAAGGCAACACUUUCACUGAGAAAACAGAUUUAAAGAAAAUAAAAAUUAUUAGCAUUCAAAACUCCCUUGAUCGUUUAAAACUUCCUUGGUUCAAACGGAGCAUGCUUUUUGUUCUGGCUUCAGUCCUUUAAUGAUAAACUUUUCUUAAAGCCAGAAAGUAGCUCAUACAACAGUUGUAAAUUUCAACUGGUAGACAGAGAAACCUCUCUCAGGCAGGAUCUAGACACAUCAAAAAGGCGAUUCAGUUAAACUUGUAAACUUCAUGCAGGGAAAUCUUGUCACAUCCCUGAGUGGGGCACCUUCCUGGAUAGUAAGUUCAGAGGGGUUUUCAGUUUCUACUGACUCCUCUUGAGCCCCUUAUGUGCUAAGAACCAGCAAUGGGAUCUUCCUUCUCUGAGGAGGCCUUGUCUGAUUCUGGCUCUGCUGCAAGAAGCUGUUGGGGCGUGACACUGCAUACCCUCCUGAGCCAAUCUUCCCAGAUCUUUGGGCUUCUUUCCAUGGAAUGUUCCAGCCCAAAGACUCAUAACAAGAACAGAGUUUGGCCAUUUGAUAUUCCACUGGUGUGUCAGGACCCAUAAAUGAGCCCUGGAUUGCACAAGCAACAUCACCACUGGUGUGUUUAUAUAUAUAAUGUUUAUUUAUUUAUUUUUAAAAGGAGGGCAAUGGAGGAAGAGAGAAAGGAGAGAAAGAUAGACAGAAAGAGUAACUGAGUCUUCUGUUGUACAUUAGGAUUAUAAAAUUGAAGACCAGUGGUCUGCCUUAAGGCUUCUGCAAGUAUGAGGCUGGCCUCCUUAAGAAGACACUAUAAGCCUUUUCUCUGAGGAUGCCCAUUGUGUUGAAAUGGAUUGAAUGGUUGAAAUGGAGACCUGAGCUUAGGAAGCUCACUGGGAACAUUGGAAGCUGCCUUACACUGAGUCAAGCUAUGGAUCCAUAUGCUCAGGACUGGCAGUAGCUGUCCUGGGUUUCAGACAGGGGUCUCUCUCCCAGUCCUACUCAGGUAUACUUGGACUGAUCCAAGAGGGCUGGGCUUAUGGUUCCUCUAGCAGAGAGCCUUAGAAUGAGCAUACUAUUGAAUGGCCACCAGAGUCUGGGUCAUGAGAGCCAAUGGGAAAUUGCACACUCACCAGUUUGUGGACCACUAGCCAGUAAUAGCUUCUGCCAAAUGUGAUAUUCAGGCUGUUAAUAAGUUUUGCUUAGUGAGCGUUUGUGCCAUUAUUUCAAAAGCUGAAUCUCAUGUGGUGCAGCAAUGGAGAGGUAUCCAGUUGUCUGCUCCCAUGCUGUGCCUACUUUAGAUUAGGCCAAGUGUUUCCAGGGUGCUGGGUAAAGUCUGAGGGUGUUAGACUUGGAACACAGCAGUAGUUAUCUAAAAACCUAUGAAUAGCUUUCUGUAUCAGGCCAAUGGCCCAUCUAGUCCAGCAUCCUGUUCUCACAGUGACCAACCAAAUGCCCCAAGGGGAAGCCCCCAAGCAGGACCCAAUGCAAAAGCACUCUCCCUUCCUGAGGUUUCCAGCAACUGGUAUUUAGGAACUUACAACAUAGCCAUCAUGCUUACCUGGUGGCAGAAAGAUUUCUCUGCAACAGGUCAGAACCAGGUUAUUCAGGACCUAGGAUAGCUCCCAGGGGUAACAGGUGUUGCUCCAGCAAAGGUCAGAACCCAGGUCUUGUCUAGUUUUGUCGCUCUUGGCUGGCCACAUACUGUAACCAAUAGACUAUCCCUUCCUGAAACCAUUUGUUAACAAAAAGAAAUAACUCCUGCGAACUUCAUGGUCAGCAGGAAAACUGGGGAUUUCCCUGGAGGACUCAAAUAAUAUUAAACCAAUUUGACCUUUGUGGAAUAAUAAGGUAUUCUGCUCUCACACUUUGCUGAAUUUAGGGAUGACAGGCCGAUCCAGGGAAAGUAGCCGUUGGCGGUAGCUGGUAUUCAGGGCAAGAUGUUAACUGUCAAACCCUGAGAUCAACCCUCAGGCAUCUGAAUUAAUGUUGGAAGGCUUUAGACCUAAUGGGGGAAGGAGGGAGAAAAUAUCUAAGAGGAGGGAAAAGGGUAAGUGGACAGCACUAUCAAAGAAGCUUCUAACUUUCACCUGGUUAGAAUGGAGAGCUCCCUGGACCUCCACCCCAAGAACGUAGUUAUGUGUCUCUUGGAUAUUAAGGAUUUAUAGGUUUAGAGUGUAGGUCAAUAUAUGUCAGAAACCUUUUCCUUUUUUUUUUCUAAAGGAGGCAAAGAUAUUGGGUUAGGAAAGCUUCACAUGUGAAUGCAUGUGAAUUUUAGAAGUUUUGCAUCCCAAGAACAUUGUUGUAUGGUUCUUGGAUUAUCAAGGAUUUAUGGGUUUAGAGUGUAGGUCAAGAAGUGUCAGGUUGCUUCUUUGCUUUCUCCUUCUUUUGCAGGAAAAUAUAUUAGGGUAAAGCCAGUGGGGUGUAAUGGUUAAAGCAACAGACAGGGACCCAGAAGAGACUAGGGUUCAAAUAUUCCACUCAGCCAUGAAACCCAUUGGCUGACCUUGGGCCAGUUACUACCUCUCAGUCUAGCCUACCUCACAGGGUUAUUGUGGGGAUUAAUAUCCCCCCCCCAAAAAAAUCCAUUUUCAAGAUGUAGUGAUGACCACCAACGUGGAUGACUUUUUAAGUGGAUUAGACAAAUUAAUGGAGGAUUAAGCGGCCAGUGGGUACUGGCUACAAUGACUAGUAUGUUCUCCCUCAAUUGCUGGAGGCAGUAUGCCUCUCAGUGCCAGAUGCUGGCAAUCGCAAGCAGGGAGAGCACUGUUGUGCUCAGGUUCUGCCUUUUGACUUCCCAUAAUGGGCACCUGCUUGGCCACUGUGAGAAAUGAAUGCUGGACUACGUGGGCCUGUGGGACCUGAUCCAGCAGCCCGGCUCUUCUUUCUGAUCUUACAUAGUCUUGAACAUCUGGAGGGCACCAGGACAACACAAGCUGCUCUGGGAGGUUGGUUUUUUCCUGGCCAAUUUUGUUGCCACUUUAUAUUUGUUCAGAUCACACAGCUGAGGUCCCUCCCAUUUCUGCAGGGCAUUUGCAACUUGACAGGUAGACCUAUUUGUUUAUCCGAGUAUUUUAUGCUUCUUCUUCUUUACAGUGGGUUCUGUUUUAACUUUCUUUUUUAGCGUCCUAUUUCAUCCUUAGUAUUAGCCACUCAGUGCUCUGUCUGAGGAAGAAAAAGAGAAAGGAAUUGAUUGAUUAAUUAAUUAAUAGAAGGAGCAUAUAGGAUAAUAGAUCGAGGUAGCUGGCUUAUAGAGUAAAGAGAAUUUGGCAAGAGCUUAAGUGGCAACCUUCAGAAAUUAUUGUUGUUACUACAUUUAUUUAUAUUCCACCUUUCCUUCAGGGAGCUCAAGGUAUUGCAUACAUGCUUCUACUCCCUUCCUAUUUUAUCUGCACAACAACCCUGUUGGGUAGGUUAGAGGAAGUGACUUCAUGGCUGAGUGGGGAAUUUGAACCCUGGUCUUCUGGGUCCUAGUCCAAUAACCCAGGGGUGGGGAAUCUCCAGACUGCAGGCCUCAUUAGGACUUGCAGAGGUCCCAGUUUGGCUGAGGCCAUUUUUCCAAAACCCAUGCCCACCUGCCCCACACGUGACAUCAUAUGUGGCAUCAGGUGAGGGGCAGGUGGAGACAUGGCAUCUAGUCGGAAGGUUUACAGUCACUGCCAAUCAGCUGAUUGGUGGGGAGAGCAAGCCUGCUGGGAUUGGCUGCACUACAGGUGCUGGCUUCAUGCUCCCUGGGAGCUGCAGCCAAUCCCAAUUGGCUUGCUUUCACCACAAGUGAGCUGAUUGGGCAGCCUCUGUGCAUGGUAAGAAUCAAGCAUCUUGGGGAUUCCCACAAGCCAGGAUCCUAUUCUUCAGUUUGGCUCAUCUCCUGUGCACACACUCCUUUAAGAUCACCCCUGAUGAAUACUCUCUUUUUAUUUUUUUAACCAAACAUUGCCAGCCAUUGGGCCCUUUCCACUAGAAAUCUACCUUUGGACUUCUCCAAAGACCAAAAACCUCUGUCUGUAGAGAUUCCCUUACACAUACAACCCCUCUAGCUCCAAGACAGAGGCUGAAGACUCACACACAUUUAGGAUGAAAGAGAACUGAUGGUUUGAAAUUCUCAUGCAUCAUAAUCCCCUUAAAGCAGGCGGAUUGAUGACUUCAUCAGAAGGAUUGUGAACUCAACUUUGCUCGCUAGUGGUACACUUGAGGCUGAGAGAUCUAGGGCUAGCUUUUUAGUCUUACCCUAAUGGCAAUUACAGAGACUAGCCAAUUUUCCCGACAACCUCAAGGAAGCCCCAUGUGAGAAGAUCUACCAUACAUUACUGCCUCCUCAUUUGUUUUAAUCACAGGGAAAUAGAAGUGAUGUAGAUUUCAUCUCUUCUUCAUCCUGGCCUUUUGAAAACCUGCUAAGAUGUUUUCUUUAAUGCAGCUGUUCUAAGUAGUGCAGUUCUCCAAAUUCUCAAAAGAUUUGUUCCCCUCUGAAAGUGGAUUCUAGGGUUUUUAUGUUUCUGUUUUAUUUGGGGUACUAUCUCAUUUCUUUAGCAACCCUUACAACAGCCUUUUAAGGUAGGCUAGUAUUUAUUUAUUUUUGUGGACAGCAGGGCAAGGGGGAGAGCGGGUGGGAAGAAGAAAUUUGAUUUGGUUCACAUUUAAAGUUGCACCUAUGAAUCUGCACUUUCCAAAACACAACUGUUCUUCAAAACGUACACUUCUCUGAAUUUUUACAAUUCUCUAACCAAGUAAUGUGCACAAAAAUGAAUAUAUUUGGGGAAUGUGUGCAUGAACAAAUAUGUAUAUUAGCGAAACUAACAUAAGAAAAUGAAUUCUAUUGACUGAUGGGAAGCCUUCAAGCAGGACCUUAAUGCUAAAAGGAGACCUUGUUUCCACAAGUAAGGAGACUAUCACUAAAAAGCAUCUAGUCACCUGCCAUCUUAUCACAUGAUCCUGAGUGCUGGUGAAGCAUUGUGUCCAAGAGUGUGAGUUUUCCCCCCGGGUUUGACUCUCACCCCAGGAAGUCCUGGGUUCAGAUCUCAUUCCAGUCACCAACACAAGCCUAGUCUUCUGGGUUCAGUUCCUUGUCCCCUUGUACAGUGUGGGGAUAAAAAAUAAAUGCUAGCCUGGCAGUUUGCUCCACUGAUGAUGAUGAUGAUUUCAAAAUAGCAAGCUAUUUCUAGGCUCUGAUCAGGGACAGAUUAAGAUGUGUUGAGGACUGACCCAGCCCUCACCUGGCACUAGUGUGGUUUGACACAUUAUGGACACCUGGCCUGAUGAAAAUUUGGUACAGGUAUUUCUGCACAGGUUUAUAAACACAGUAUGACAAGAAUAUAACCACUAAGAAUAUUUUUGUAAUAUCAGAACGCUAAUGACUGCUUUAGGGUCUGUUUUCCCAUUUCCUUUAUUUUUUAACCAGCUACAGUGGUACCUUGGGUUACAUACGCUUCAGGUUACAUACGCUUCAGGUUACAUACGCUUCAGGUUACAGACUCCGCUAACCCAGAAAUAGUGCUUCAGGUUAAGAACUUUGCUUCAGGAUGAGAACAGAAAUCGUGUGGCAGCAGUGCGGCAGCAGCAGGAGGCCCCAUUAGCUAAAGUGGUGCUUCAGGUUAAGAACAGUUUCAGGUUAAGUACGGACCUCCAGAACGAAUUAAGUACUUAACCCGAGGUACCACUGUAUAUAAAACUUGAUAUUUAGCCAUUUAUGUGUGUUUAUAGGCUUCUCACAAUUCAAGGCCCUAAACUGUAGCUCACUUAGCUUGUGUAUAAAUUCAUUACUUCCUCUGAUAUCUAGCCAGGUAAGGCUCAAGCAAAUUCUAGUAACUCCAAAGCAAGGGCUUUAGUUACAACAUUGGUCUCUUCUUUGCUUUCAUCGGUCCGGGGAACGAUCCCACCUAAUUCACCUUCUCUUUUAUCAACAUAAGGUGCUUAGCUAGGACCCUUAAUUAACUCUCCUGUGCUUUCAUUUCCAUGAUGUCAAUUUCCAGCAUGUUCUCCCCAAAUCUUUCCAUCCAGUUGCAGACAACAUUGUUGUAAAGAUGCUGUCAGAGCGUUUGAACAGGCUGGACUGCCACAUCCGAGGCUGGGUGCUCCAUGGAUUCCCUCGGGAUGAGGACCAGGCAAAGCUGAUGCAGCGUGCAAAUAUUAAUCCAAACAGGUAACCAAGAAACUUUUCUUCAGGGACAUUCUGUGUGUGAGUAACUCAGAGGCAGAGCAGUGAUCAUUCCUUCACAGCCUGCCCUGAGGCAGUGGUGGGUAUUUGUGCUCCCAUAAGAACAUAAGAAGAGUCUGCUGGUUCAGGCCAGUGAGCCAUCUAGUCCACCAUCCUGUUUCUUACAAUGGCCAACCAGAUGCCUGUAGGAAACCUGUAAGCAGGACCUAAGCACAAAUGCAACCUGUCCUGUGGUUUCUAGCAGCUGGUAUUCAGAGACAUAAUGCCUCUGACAGUGAAGGCAGAGCGUAGCCAUCAUUAGCCGUCUCCUCCAUGGUCUAAUCCUCUUCGAAAUACACCUAGGUUGUUGACCAUCACUACUUCUUGUCCUGAAUCUUCCCUCCUGCCCUGCCCCCAAAUCUGUGUGUGAAUACCCUCUGUUAUCCCUGCACUUCUUCCCUGCCCAUGACAACCCUCCAUAAGCCAUGGCCACACUCCUCCUCAGCAUUGCUCUGUCUCUGAACUGUGACCAUGGCUCUCGCUUACCUGUGUGGAGGAUGGAGAUGUGGGGUGGUGCUGGUGGGAUGGAAACCUCUGGAUUCUGAUUGGCUGGAAUGUCAACCAUGGUACAGAAUGUAUGAGUGGCAACUGUUGAUCUGUCUGCUUUUACCUGUGGCCCCACCAACCACUGGCAUGUGGCCCCUGGGAGCUUGCCCAUGAAGGAAUGUAGACUGAAAAAGGCACCCAGGCCAUUCUCCAAGCUGUCAUUCCUGUAUAGACCUGUGAAGCCUCAGGAGAAUAAGCCUUGCAUGUGCAGAAAUGGGACAUCCAGACCAUUAAAUUAGAGCAGUCUAGAUGUGCCUCUAGCUGUAGGGGGCACCUUUUGCCACAGGUAGGGAUUAUUGAUCUGAAUGCAGUGGUGUAAUGGGGUGGGGUGGGCGGGUGCAGGGAUUUCAAAGGCCUGUUACUAUUUCCAGAGCAUGAUUCCCUGCCUCUAGCAUCCUAGAGCCACCCCAUCAGCAUGAAAGGGGAUCCUUUUAGCCACUGUAAGCUCCAAACUAAGCAUUUAAGAGUACUGAAAAUACAAAGUGCUUAAGUUUCCAGAGAAUGGAGUGCAAGUUCUGUUACAUAGACUAGAACUUCAAGGGAAACAGAUCUUAAGCCACUCUGAAAGAAAAUAAUCUGAGCACACCAAAUCAUUUGGCUAUGUACGUUUGCAGAAAAUAGCAGAUCUGGCUAAAAAGCAGCACAUGGAAACCUGCAUUUGUUGUUGCAAUGCUUCUGUAAUUAUUGUGCAGUUAUAAGAUUAUUGCAUCAUCUCAGAAGGUUGUAUAAUCUUAGAAGGGGGUGUGGCUAGGACUCCCACAAAAGGUUCCUGCACUUCUGAAUUUGCCACUACACUCCUGCAUGAGUGUGGAAAUUCCUGAGUAUGAUGGGAGGGGUGUAUGUGUUUUAUUAGGGGACGGAGAAACUGAUUUGAUUCUGAGACUGAUGCCUUCCACAUACGCACACAAAGCUGUUGACAAGCACUGGGUGAGAGAGAAACAAUUGGUGGAAGCACAGCUAGCGGUCUGGUGGAAGCUGGGCUGUAAAUCAGUUGCUUCUGGCACAGGUUAUAAAACACACUGUCUGCAAUGGAGUGUGAUUUCAGCGGGGGAGGGGCUGCGGGAAACCCAGAUAGAAUUAGUGCUUGGAAAUCAAUCUGGGAAUGGAAGUGGAAAGGUAUAAAUCACAGCCUGAACCAAUUGCAUCUCCCCUUCUGCCUCCUCAUUUUUAGGUGGGCUCAGGUUGAUGAAAUUAGAUUAAAAUAAAUUUACAUAUAUAUCAAGUUUUAUUAUUAAAACCCCGUCACAUCAGUAAACAAAGUUAUUGGCGGAAAGGUCCGUUACUCUGUGCUGGGAACUCCGAGUAGACCUCUCUGGUUGAUCAAAAGGCAGAAUUAUUGUCGGGACAUAAACUUGUGAGUCUGUUUCUUAGAAGUAAUAAAUGGUUUAGUGUUCAACUACGAUGUUUUAUCUGACUUCCAUCUCAUAAACCUGGUGCAAAUAAUACUGAAUUAUAUACCUUUGAGCAGUAUCAGUCUCUUGGCUCUCCCGUCUUAUGGAAGAGUAGAGGAAAGAAACUCAGUAAUUGAUGGCAGGGAAGAAUGAAAAAUCAAGUUAUUUGAGAGGGUGGGGAGGAACACCCCCACCCCCCAAACUACAAGGAGCAAAUUGGACUAUAAAGUUCCUUAAUAUGUAAUAAUAAAAAAGAGAGAUCUCUUGCAACCUCAGGAACAGCACCCAGAGAUCUGCCCUUAAAGCAAAGAAGGAAAUAAUGUAUUUCACACUGCCAACAGAGAAGGUAUUAAAUUUUGUUUAAAUCAGCGUUGGCCCCCAAAGCAAGAUGAACAGCGGCAGGCUCACAAAGGACAUGCAGGCAACCCACAUUUUGCACGGGGGUUACAUUCCAGGUCAUUGUGCACCUCGGUGGACCAUGCAUAAGCCCUCCCUUGCCCCCGUUAUCCCCUGUUAUGCCCCUGUCACAUCCUCCUUCUGGUCCGAAAACAGCUCGCGCAUAUAUUGUCACCUGUUUUUGAACAUGCACAAAACAGGAGUUGGCUGUACUGACAGACAAUCAGGGAAGUACUUCUUCACAUAGCAAUGUAAUUUUUAAAUUAUGGAAUUCACUGCAAUACCUGGUGAUGGCCACCUGUCCCAAGGGCUUAUAACAACGAUUAUAUAGACACCUAGAGGAUCAGUCUAUCAAGCAUAACAACAAAAUGGAGCAUCCCUAUAAGGAAGUACUAUUCCACUGAAUGGGACUGGAGGAGGAAUAUGAUUCAGUUUGCAUUUAAAGGCGGUCUUACCAAAUUCUCACUUCCCAAAAUGAAACUUGAACCGAUACAGAGCUAUCCUUCAGGAUUCACACUUCUCAAAAGUUCCAAAGUGCAGUACUCUGGCCAAGUAAUAUGUGCAGCUGCAGACAUACGUCUGGAAGUGUGACCUGGUUUUUGGAAGUACGUCUGCAGCCGGAUCUGGCUUCAGUGGAUGCUUCGAAGUGGCAGUGGAGACCUUGGUCUAGUUGCUGUGAUGGCGGCAGAGCGCCAGCAGAGGGAAGGUGCUGGGUGGCUGGGUGGGCAGGUGGUGGCAUCAGUUCGAGGCAGUCUGAGCCACAUUCGUAGGUAAGGGGUGAUGGCGACAGGGCAUGCCACGUGGCACACGCAUUGUCAGGAUGAGGCGCACAUCGUUGGAAGGAGGCCUCGUCCAUCCCCUCAACAUUGCAGGGGCUUCGUCCCCUGCUACAGAUAUUGAGGGGGCCGAUGGCACCUAUGCUUGGAUAGGAAAUGAGUUUGGCUCAUAUAGAAAAGCGGCACUGCCACUAAAAAGCUUCAGAGGGGCCAGUGGAGAAUGGCAGUGCAGCCAGUGAGAGACCCUUCCAAGCUCUUGGGGGCACUCAGCAAGUGCCCAAAUGGGCUGGCAAAAGGCUCCAGGCCCAAUUCCAAUAAAAGGUAAUUUGUCUAUACUUCUCUCUUAAUAUUUCACAGAUUGAGCCAAUAUUAAAAGGCUCUGGUGGGUCUCUCUAAUUGGAUCACUCCCCUAACCCCCAACAUAUCUCCUUUCUCUGCUUUGUUGGUAAUAUGUUCCACUUUCCCAAAACCAGAUAUAGGAUGAAUGUUUUAAAUUUUAAGAACAAAUUUUAAGUGGCGAGGGAAGAGUGGGAAUUCAGAUGAUUCUCCCUGCAUUUUUUCUUUUGGUCAUUAUUUAGGCCUUCAUCUUCCAGCAUCUGAUUUUCAGGUUGGAUUAGGGAUAAUAAACAGCCUAUUAAUGGAGGCCUGAACUAGGAGAUGGAGUUUGAACCAGCAGCAAAAUUCAAUGGCUGAGAGAGGUUAAUAACUCUAUUACUACCAGCUCUAUUCUUUAGCCGUUUGAAGAGCUAGGUAUUAGCCCUAUCUUACUCCUCUAUUAAUUGAGCUAAUAGAACCCCAGUGACCUUCACAUGGUGCCAUUAUCCGUGAGUUUGCCAGACGUGGGCAGGAAUACUUAUAGCUGAAUAUGUAUUCUGCGGAUGCUCCCGUUUCAGUUGGAAGAAAGAUUUUGGUUAAAGAUCACCUAACUUCAAAUCUUCUGUUCUUUCCUCCUCUUAACAUUUACCUGCUGCUUUCCGUGGCCAAUCGAAAUAAUAAAAAAAAAGGGGAGAGAUGAAGGUACGUGACUUAAUUAAGAUCCCAACAAGUUAAUGAGGGAAGUUUUUGGAGUCCAGAGUCAAAAGUGCUCGUGUGUAUGUGAAAGAGAAAGAGAAAGAGAAAGAGAAAGAGAAAGAGAGAGAGAUUAUUUUUGAUGGCUGGAUUAAUCAACACUUGAAUAAAUUUAAAACACUGGGCUCUUAUCCCAUGCUGUACGCUUGCUUUGCAAAAUGGCACCACACAAAGAUCAAUGAAGAAAAGAAGAUGAGAAAUCAUUAAUUUUAUAAUUUACUGAGUUUGUAACCUGACCUUCCUCCUCAAGGAUUGUAGGGCAGUUAAUAGAGAUACAAUUUUUAAAGAUGAAAAUGAAAUAAAUUAUAAAACAGAUUUAAACAUUCUAAAAACAGUUGCAAUCAAAUGCAUCUAAAAGCAGUUAGAGUUUUUUUAAAAAAACAUUGUAAAAGCAAUUUCAGUUAAAAACAUUCUUCCAUCCUAUGACCUCAUGGUUUCCAGGAUCAGUAUUCUUCAGCCACUCAAUCCCUAGCUAAAUGGGAAUGUUUUCACAUUCUUCCUGAAAAGUUACUAAUAAUGGACACAUGCACACCUCAUUAGGGAAGGCAUUCCAUAAUCUUCCACUAUUAUUAUUAUUAUUAUUAUUAUUAUUUAUCCUGCCUUUCUCUCCAGAUGGGAUUCAAGGCUGCAUCCAAUAUUUAAAAAACAACCUUAUAAAAUACAAAGUAAUAAAAAGAAACUACCGUAGUUAAUAACAAUAGUUAAAAUACAUGUGAAUACAUUUAGAGCCAGCCAUUCAAAUCCAGUGAUCAGCAUCACCUGCACCUUAGUUUCCAAAGGCUGGUCUCAACAGGUAGGUCUUUGCCUGCCAGCAGAAGGAAAGCAAAGAGGGAGCCAGUCUGACUGACCUCUUUUGGGAGAGAAUCCCACAAUAUGAGAAUAGCCACAGAAAGGGCUCCCUCUCUUGUCUACUACUGAAAAAGAAAGAAACGAAAGAAGAAAUGUUUCCUGAUUGUAAUUUUUCACCAGUAUCAAAGAAAUCUCUCCACUUUACAAUUUUUCUUUUAUUUAAGAAAGAGAGGAUGUGGGUCUUCAUACCCACAAAGGGUUGUUACGUGGCAUUUGGGCAUGAUGUCGACUCCUCAGCUUGCCAGCUCGUUUUAGCCCCCAUCCAAGCUCCCAGGUGCAGACUCCAAAAAAUGACCUUGAUCAAAGCAUUUGAGGUUCUAUCUACCUGGAUCACUCUUAUCUCUAGAGUGGUUUAUAAUAGUCAGACCAUCUGUCUGACUGUCAUCAACCACCACAUAAUUAUCUUCUGUCGGCAGAGAGCUAACAGAGAGACAGUCAUCUGCCGUUCCUUCUCCCCAGAAGUCAAAAGAUGCCCAGUUUUUCAAACUCUCAGGGGAAAUGGUGGUUUUCUUGGGGGCGGGAGGGCACAGUGGAUCAAAUCAUCUCCCCAGAUCUUCUGCUGGUCUUGCUGGAGUGACAGUGGGGGACUAGACGCUCUCCUAAACUGGCUGCCAGGAUUAUUCUCAGUUGUUGGAUCUUUUUGCUCAUCAUGCCUGAGAGCUGAUGUUUUCUGCCCACCAAGUCAGUAGCAGCAUAGGGAGGUUCUGGCAGGAGGUAGAAGAGUCCUCUCCUUGCUCCAACAGGUGUUCCUGCUGCCACUGCUACAGUAAUCAUCAAGCAAGCCCAGGACAAUUCAGUGACUGGGACGUGGACCCUGUGGUUGCCUUGCAAUUUACAACUCUGUUUUCAUCUUUAGCGAUAAUGUGAAAGGCUAAGAUCCAAAGGACUAUUUGUAGUGUUCCUCCUGGACAGGCACUGAGUGUUUAUGGGGGGGGCAGGGGGCUUCCCAUUACACCCCUUGAGCCCCAAGAAAGCUGCUUCUGAAGGUCAGAGCAUUAUCCAAUAUUGCGGUUCAGAAAAGGACAAUGAAAAUGAUCGAGAGGAUCAAGUGACCCCCUGUGAAAGUUGCAGAGUUUAGGAGUUUUUAGUUUAGAUAAAACGUAAGAAGUGACACAAUAGAAUUUUAUAACCAGCAUGGCCUGGAGAAAGUAGGUGGAUAACAGUUUUUCUUUCCCUCGUAACACUAGAACUUGUGGAUAUCCAGUGAAGUUGAAUGUUCAGGGCAGAUAAAAGGAGGGACUUAUUCAUGCAGUGCAGACUGCGGAACUCCCUCCUACAGGAGGCAGUGAUGGCCAACAACCUAGAUUGCUUUAAAAUAGGAUUAGACAAGUUCAUGGAGGAGGAAGAGGAGGAGAAGAGGAGGGCUAUCAAGGGCUAUUAGCCAUGAUGGCUCUGCUCUGCUGCUGCAGUUUGAGGCAGCAUUGCUUCUGAGUACCUGUUGUUGGAAUCCACAGGAGGGGAGAGUGCUCUUGUGCUCCAAUCCUGCUUGUGGGUUUCCCACAGGCAUCUGGUUGGCUGCUGUGAGAACAGGAUGCGAAACUAGAAGGACCAAUGACCUGAUCUAGCAGUCUCUUCUUAUGUCCUCUGGGCUGCCAGCCAAAAUGAUCAGCCAGAUUGGGUGGUGAGGGCCAGCUGCCCAUUGAGGCAGAGGCCUAAUGCCCCACUUGUACAACACUUGUACCGGCCUUGCAGGAUGUGGAAAUUGAAACCUGGAAAGCGUUGGAAAUUGGGUAAAUAAAUAUUAAAUAUAUUAUUCCCUGGCACCUUAGAUUGAGAGCAACAAUACAAUGUGAUAAUAAUUUCAUAUUUUAAAUUAACAGCAUCCUUUGGGGGUUUAAGACUCAGACUGGGAAGGUCAGGGUCUUUUUCGCACGUCGUAGGACAGCGGCACAUUGUAAAUGAGAGAGGAAAAAGAAAUAUAUGAGAGGCAAAUGAAGCUGUCCUGUUAUUUCUAAGCUGUUGACAUUUGACUAUUUAUUUCCACUGUUUGUGCUUGUGCUGGAGGGCGGGGAGGGGAACUGAUGAAUAUUAUUAUUCUGAGUAAAUGUGGAAAGGUCGUUCUUGCUUCUUGAAGGGUUAAAACUUAGUUUAAGGAAGUCUGUUACUAGGUUUGCUAUCUGCCUUUUGAGAGCUGUGGGGCAAUUAACUUUUGAAGCAGCUACCUCAAAAAUGUAAAUUACCUUUGAACCUGACCAGCUCCCAGGAACUUUGGGAAUAAAAGCAGAAAGCCAGAUUCUGUUGGCUAAGUGGGAACCUUAACUCGGGGAAGUUCUUUUAGAACAGAUGGGACUUUGCCUGGAUAAGGCAGCUACUCGAGUUGUGAACUGGGAAUCCUUUCUCUGGCUGUAUGCAAGUGUUGUAAAAUUAGGAACAUAGGAAGCUGUCUUAUGCAGAGUUAGGCCCUUGCGCUGUCAAACUCAAUACACUUGCUGACAGCAGGUCAGCUGGGGAUUGAAGCUGAGACCUUCUGCAUUCAGAACAUGUGCUAUAUCUUUGAGUCUUUAAUCUUUAAUCUGAAAAUAAAAUAAGACUUCAGUUCUCAUGAUUCUGAAUAGGAGAUGCUGAGGAGUGAACCUGGGAGCUUCUACCUCCAUGGCUGUUUCCUGUAUGCUUCAAAGUUUGCAGACUAGCCUUUUUCAAAGAGACAGCCCUGUUACUAUCCACAAAUUGCACCAUAAUACAUAAUCAGCAGUAGGGCAGGCUCUUAACAUUGGGUAGGAAGAAGGAGGUGAGCUGUCCCCCCCGCCCACACACACAAAGGCUGCCAAAUGCUAUUCCUUCUAGGUAGUCAGAUAGCCGUUAAUUAAUAAAACUGUCAGAUUAAUUGUCCCGGUCUGGACAUCCUUAUCCAUUCUGUAAUUCUACCUUGCCAGCAUCACUCCCUGCCCCCCCACUACUCUUUGCCCUAUAGCUUCCAGCUCAAUUAACUUAAUGCUAUGCAAAUGAAAGGCUCUCCUCAUCAUUAGCUUCUAGCCUGUGAAUGUUAAUAGUAUAAUUGGGUCUUCAGCAAGGUAAUUAGACACGAUUUCUUCCAUUAGUCUUACAAGGCCUAAUUAUUGUUGAUAGGAGAGAGGGGACCAAGUCCCACAGCUGCCAGCAAAGCGGGGGCAUCUGGGUUAAAGCAAAUAUAGACAAAACAUUGACAAGGUAAAACAACCGUUGAGAUCUAUAGUGGGGGUCAGAUAGAGAGGGGGGAGGGGGGAGAGCGAGACACUGUGCCACAAGCAAUAUAGUCAUCACAGAUGUUGUAAGAGCAAUAGGACUUGGAUACAGGGAUCUCUGAAAUCCAUAAGAAUGAGCCAGAAAAGAGCAACGUUUUACCCACACGUUCUCUCCCUCUCCCCCACUUCUCUUCCCUGCCCAUGGGGCUGCCACCUCUGUUCACUCCACUUCCAACCCCACUUACCUUCCGACCUUUUUCCCACUCCCUCCACCUCUUCCCAACCCCUCCUCCCUUUACACCUCACCAAACCCCCUCCCUUUACACUUCCCCUACUCCCUCACAAUUUGUCCCAACCCCUUUCAAAGGGUGGGGGAGGCACUUCAGACAGUUUAAUGGGGGAACACUUAAAAGAGGGGUUCGCCAGGCCUCUCUCUGAAUCUUCUUCAUUCUUUGGUUAAACAGCUUGCUUGGACCACCUGCCACCCAUGCUGUUUCCUCAACUGCCUGCCUGUUGUUCAUGGCUAUGCAAACCACAUAAUGACAACAGCCUUACACUUUUAUGUAUAUAGGAAGAUACACACACACUACAGUACACACACACCAACAACAACAUUAUUUUGCAGUCCAGCUCCAGCAGUGGAGGCUUGGACAUUGGAGUGUGGGGGGCACUGUCCCACUAACCUCAGUCUGCACUCAGUUGGACCCCACUUGCUUGCCUUCUUACAACCAGCCCAGGGGGUGGCACUGCCCAGCAGCUUCCUCCUUCUCCUUAGUCUCAGUGUUGCCCCUUGGAGGACUUAGCAGGGAGGAGGAGGGGUGACCAACUACCAGAACCCAGCUUUUAUAUUCCAGUUAUAAAGCUAUAAUAAUAAUAAUAGUUGGGCCGUAGCCAACCAUUUAGCAGGGGCUGGUGAGAGUUCUAGUCCAAAACAUCUGGACAUGUUGAUGAAGGCUGCAUUAACCUCUGUACCAGAAGCAGAAAAAACAUAAGAUAAGAAGAGCCCUUCUGGAUCAGACCAAUAGACUGUCAAACAGUAUCCUAUUCUCAUAGUGUCCAACCAGACGCCUGUGGGAAAGCCUCAAGCAGGACCUGAGCAGAAGAGCUUUUCCCCCUCCUGGAGUUUUGGGUAGCUGGUUCUCAGAAGCAUUUCUGCCUCCAGCUGUGGAGGCAGAGCACAGUAGCCAUCAAUAGCCUUAUCCUCCAAGAAAAUCAAUUCCAGGCUUAGCUCCCCCUGUAUCACAUUGUGUUUAUGCAACCAGAGCGCCUCACAGCCACCAUCUCUGGCUGAGAAAUAUUCCUUGUCUACGAACAAAUUCUCCUGUAAGGGGUUCUGAAGCUGGCUUGUAUAAAGGGAGAGAAAUGCCACAUCAAGCUGAGGUUUGAUGGAGCAAGAAUUAUGUUUUUUAAUUCAGAGUUGUGUACAGAGUGCUCAUAAAACCUUGAUCAUGAUGGAGGGUUCAAUAAACAUUGGGGAGCCAUAAAUAUUUCUCUGGGAAAUGGCUUUGUGAAACAUUUAGUUGUUGAGUAAUAAGCAGAUCAGAGGAAAUCAGAUGAGUGGGAGUCUCAGGGUACUAAUCUUGAUGGGUUAUAUAUAUGUUGCUGUAGUGAUAGGAGGAUUGAGAAAAAGGUUGUUUUUUAAUAUAUAUACAACCAAGGCAAUGAGUUGCAGAGCUUUUUCCUAAUGCCGCUGUGCUGCCUGUGUUUGGAUGCAUCAAAAUGGAGGGAUGUUCGCUUUCAGAUAACUUUUGCUCUUGAUUUUUGAUUUGGGCAGUUCAAUGACCCAUGAAAAUUAAAAUCUGGCCAGACUUGAAUUAGGCAUUGUUGAUGAUGUUUUGCAAAAUAAAAGCUGCAAACACACUUUACACUUAAAGCACCCCCUACUUCUGGGAACUGCAGUUUGCUAAGUGUUGGGAAUUGUAGCUCCAUGGGAGGUAAACUACACUUCCUGGUAUUCUUGAGUAGAGAGGGUGUACUUUAAAUGUAUGGUGCAUCUCCACUGAGGGCCUUUUUAUCUAGAGAUGUAAUUAGGCAUGUACAAAGAUGAGGAGCGUGAAUUGGCCAUCGUGCAUAUGUACAUAGCGAUGUAAGGAGACAGCAUUUACCAUCCUAUCUUGACUUUGCACCAACCAGUGCUGUUUUUGUUCUGCUGCACUUUAGCCUCCACUUUAACUGAUGUUAUUUGUCCCCAAUACAUGCUGUGGUUGUAACUUAACAAGUUACAUAAUGAACUUCCAUGUAUUUCAAUGGAAAGGAAACGUCAAAAACAAUACAGUAAGCAGCAUGAUUGUCUACCUAUCAUUUGCAGACUAAAAAAAAUAGCCAAUACCACUCGUACUCACUUGCCUGAUUUCAGUUCCUGACCUUGUAUGAAUGUGCAAAUUGUAGGAAUUUUCACUCCCAUUUCUGUUUCUGACUCAGUUCUCAGACAUUCCUCCCCCAGCACUGUAUUAAAGGCUUCUGGGCAUGCAGUCCUGGUGGGGGGGUAGAGAGGGGCUGAAAUAUUCUUGGCAUAAGGAACCUCAGGCCUGGGAACUAAAUACAGCCCUCUAGGAGUCCCCGCGACUCUCCCCAGGCCACACAGCAUGUGAGCAAUACCUCUCACUUUCCUGGAUGAAAGAUGAAGAAGGAGAAGCUUGGAUGUUUUCAUGCUUGGAAUGUAGCUUUCUGUAAAAAGGUAAAAUUCAUAUGAAUUGCUCUACUCACUUUUACCCACCACUGGCACGUAACCUGCAAAAGGUUCCCCCACAACAGAAUGCAGCCCUAGGACUGAAAGAAGUUCCUCACUCCCAUUCUAAGGCUCCUUUCACUAUGAGGGGCUGAUGAUGAUGACCCAGAUCCCUGCCCAAACUGGGAUGGAGAUCUGCCCCACCCCCAAGUGCUGACCCAGCAAACAGGUUUCAGUCUUCACUCAGCCAUACAAAGAUUUCAAGACACGUGCCUGGCACCAAAAAAGCUUCUUCUUGGACAGUUUUUCUGGCUUUCUUCCCCAAACCAAGGACAGUUGGCAAACCCCAAGUUCCAUCAAAGCCUCCUAGCUUCACAUCUUGUACUUUAGCCAAGAGACUGCACCAGGAUGAUGAACCUCUUUUUCUCCUGGGUGUCCAAGCCUGCACGAUACACAAGCAACUGUUACUAGAAGUGCAACCCUUUGGCACUAGAGGAGCGUCCUGAAAGAUGGCGAUGAAAAGACAAAAGGGUUUCAGUUCAGAAAUGAGACAUAUUGGAUGUGUUUGGGUGGAAAUAACACUCCUCACAGUCCAUCCUUGGCAAGCGGCCAGUGAGGUUGACUGCGUGGGAGGGUCCAGCGAGAGACAGCGGCCUAGAGAGAUGCAAUAGAACAGAUGUUGCCAAACCAGGACAGUAAAGUAGGCUAAUGGACCAGUGGGAAAAUCAGUAUUUUCUCCCCCUCUUGCUCCCUCCUUCUCCUUCUCCUUCUCUCUUCCACCAUAAGCACUUCUUCACACAAGUAAAUGACAAAAUUUGCACCUGCAAGAGGUGUCGAUGGCCACCAAUUUAGGUGGCUUCAAAAGGGGAUCAGACAAAUUCACUAUCAAUGGCUGCUGGCUACAAUGAGAGCCAGUGUGGUUCAGUGGUUAGAGCAUUGGACUAGAACCUGGGAGACCAGUGUUCAAAUCCCCAGCUCAACACAGGAGGUGCACAAGGUGAUCUUGGGCCAGUUACAGGCUAAUUUCACAGGGUUGUUUUGAGGAAAAAAGGAGGAGGGGAAGAACUGUGUACUCCACCUUGAGUUCCUUGGGGGAAAGGUGGGAUAUCAAUGUUAAUUACACACCCCAUUUUCAUUGUGUUUCUUUUGCAUUUAAAUGAAUAGGGUGAGAUAAAGUAAUAGCAGUGAAGUUUACACAAUUAAUUGCAUAAAUUAUGUAAUCUCACCACAGCAGACAGACAGUUGAUGUGGCUUUCUGCAUCAGAAUGGAAACAGGGCUGCAGGUGACGAAUAGAAGGAAGAAUAGAAACCAAUGCUUCCUUAUGCCCCUUGAUACCAUCCAGUGGAAAACCCAGUGGGUACCAUCUCCUGCACACACACACACGCAUCCACCAAAGUGAAUGAGACCUGUUCAGAAGCACUGCAAUUCUUUUGAAAGAAGGCCCUGGUCAUUUCAGUGAUGUUUGUUCCAGCCGUCUGGUGGUGCCCCCUGAUAAUUCUGUAAAUUAUUUAAGUGCCAUUUGGAUUUUCUAACUUGGUCGCCAAAAUGCCUUGCUUCCUCCCCAUCUUGAUUGUGUCUUGGGAACCAUGAAGCUGAGAGCAGAGAAAUGCAGCUAGCUGGAAUCAAAGGAGCUGGAAGUUUGACCUUUCAAGAUGAAAAAUUCAUCUCAAAAGGGGGAAUAAACCUCUAGUAACCUCUUGGAGGGUCUCUUGAUAAUGCUCCUGUUCAAUGGGCAAAGGGAGACAACUUGGUCCAGUUUUGUCAUUUGAAUGCCGAAUGAGCUCAUUUGAAAACACGGCCAUUCAGAAAUGUUUGAGCUGUAUACAUGCCAUACAUGUAAAGUACAUUUAAAAGCACACUACUUCUCCCAAGGAAUCCUGGGAACUGUAGUUUACCCCACACAUAGAGCUACAGUUCCCAGUACUCUUAACAGACUACAAAUCCCAGGAUUCUUUGGAGGAAGUCACAUGCUUCAGAUGCUUGGUAUGUCCACAGUCUAGAAGGAAAUGGAAAUAUUACAGGCAAAUAGGAGAUAUUUUAUAUGAAAGGUCUUUGAAGAACUACAGAGAUAAUACAUGUGCAUGGUUUUCAGCAUUUGCAGAGAGUUUCGAGUAUUUACGAAGAGUGCAGUCUCUCUAGAACAGUUGCCUUAUUUAUUUAUUUGUUCUCUUGCAAUGUUAUAUAUCUUUUUUGGGGCUCUCCUUGGAUACACACACACAUGCACGCACGCUUGCAGCUGUUUAAAUUGCCGCUGUCAGAGGCUCUCACAUGCUCUCAGUUAUGUCAUCACAAAGUCAAAUCCAAUUGAUAGCAUGAGCUUUAACUGAUGUCCAGUGACAUAUUCAUGCCACAUGUUAGGUUGUAUCCUGCACCCUGAUGGGAUGGGAUGGUUCAUUUGAUAUACGAAGAGGGGUGGGAGUAGGGAUAUGUAUUUUAUUUAAUGAAAUGUAUAGACUUGGGUAGACUUGGGUAGACUUGUCUAAACAUAAAUGUUUUUAGCAGGUGCUAAAAAAGGUACAGCAGAGACACAAUAGGCAGGAGUUCCAAAGUGUAGGCUCUGUCACACUAAAAUAUUGAUUUCUUACAAAUGUGGAAUGGGAGGAGAUGCCAAGGAAUGAUCAUGCCAGCCUCCUGUUUCAUUGUGCUGUUCUGUAUUGCACCGUUCCAAAGGGAGACUAAGUUUGUCAGCAUUCAGGACAUUUGGGUUAGGGUAUUGUUUAGCUGGUUUCAAUUUUGUUAUUAUUGCCCCAGUUGUCUAAAUUGUUUUAAAUUGUUUUUAACUGUUUCUAUCUUGUAUAUUUUUAAAUUAUUAUUUUUUGUGGGAUGUGCCUGGGAAGAGAGGAGCUGGGGAGAGCAGCUCCUCCUCCAUCCCAGUCACUGUGGUUCAGGGUAGGGGGAGGUAUAAUAUGGGACGGGGGUUUGAGCAGGCUGGGUAAGGGGCACACAGCACAGGCAGCCAGUGACUUUGCCAUGUUCCACCCCCUCCUCCAAUCUGGGGAACUGGGUUUAUCUUAUCAGCCAGCACUUGGCUCUGUGGCUGCUGUUGUUGAAUGCCAGGUGGGCUUGGAGUAAGACCUCCCUCAUCCAUGAUCUGAUUGUUCUGCAUCACUGAAGCCUGGGUGGGUAAGCAGGGUGGAGCCAGCUGUGCCCACCACCUGGCACUCAGUACAGCAGCAGAGCAGAUUUGAAGGGUGGGAAGGGGGAGUUGCUGUUGUCUAUAGAGAUUCCAUUUCUCUUUCCAGGAUCUCUGUCCAGUUACAGGGAACUAGAGUGUAUGUUCCUGGUAUUGGGAAACAUGGACAGAUUAGGGAUUCUGCUGCUUUACCACCUGCCUUGCUGCUCAGCUGUCUCCCUGUCUGAGCUGACAGAGCUGGUCUCAGAGGUGGUGUUGAGGCCUCCCAGACUGUUGGUUCUGGGGGAUCUUCAACAUCCAUACUGAGAUGACUGGCUUUGGGGUGCCUCAGGACUUCAUGGCUGCCAAGACAAGCAUGGGACUAUCCCAACAUGUCAGUGGCCCAACACUGUGGCAGGCCACACUCUGGACCUUGUUUUCUCAGCUUGUCAUGGUCAGAUCACUUCCUGUUGAAACCCAUUUAGGCUUUCAGCACCUUUCCCUCUCUGCAGAAGGGAUGGCCUGUCCUUGGAGGCUGAUGGAUCUAAUGGGUUUCCAGAUAGCUUUGGGAGAUUUUCUGGCUGAUAUGACUGGCACUCCUGUCGAAGCCCUGGCUGACCUCUGGAACUUCUGAAUGGAUCAUCCAAAUGGAUCAGACUGUUGACACAAUCGCCCCUGACCUCCCUCUCCCACCUUGUGGAGCCUGGUAUCCUGGUGUCCUCCAGAGCUUAGGGUGAGGAAAUAAAAUGGGAGAUGGCUCGAAUGUGAAUGGAGGAAAGAUCUGAUCAAAUGCAAGUGAACACUGGUGAGGGCUCAUCAUCAAGCCUACCUAGUGGCAAUGAAGGCAGUAAAAGAAGCAUACUUUGCUGCCUCCAUUGCAUCCUCAAUAUGUCAUCUGGUGGCCCAGCUUCCCCCUAUCUGGACAGGAGUAGCCUAACUAGUGUUGCCUAUGCUCUGGUAACUUAUAGGUCUGACUGCAGUGGUUGAUUAGUUUCCAUCCCCAAUUCAAGGUGCUGGUUUUGACCUAUAAAGCCUUAAAUGGUUCAGAACCACAAGAACCACCUAUCCCCAUAUGAACCAACUUGGGCCCUGUGUUCAUCAUCUGAAGCCCUUCUUGGUGUGCUUCCUCCAUGAGAGAUCCAGAGGGUGGCAACAUGAGAACGGGCCUUUACUGCAGCAGUUUCCCAUUUGUAAAUUGCUCUCCCCAGGGAGAAUCAGAUAGAGCCUUCAUAAUAUACCUUUAGGUGUCAGGUGCAAACAUUCCUUUUCAACCAGGCCUUUGGCUGACUAACAUCCUAUACCACUUUGUACAGGGGCAAGACUGUGCCAUGCCUGAUGUGCUGAACCAUUUGAGAGAGACCCCUGGUUGUCAUGGAGGGCAUGAAGUCCCGAGCUUACCCAGUGGUAGCUCCACAUGGAUAUUGAAGUCACCCAGGACUAUCAUCUUGGGGUCCUCCAACAAUACCCUAGAGGCCACUUUGGCCAGGGAUUCUCAGGGAUGCUUCUGGGCAACAGGAUGGUCAGUAAACCAUCAGUAUCCCAAAUCUCUCUUUAUGGCCUGGCAUCCAAGUGCAGAUCCUCCAACCCUGUCCCAAGAUCAAGAGGCUUUCUGGUCAAGGGGGGUAGUGCUUUGAUGGACAAUAGCACACUUCCCUCCAAGUCUCUCUCUCUCCCCCACCCCAAUUCUAGCCCCGCCUAGUGCUGUACUGAGUACCCAGGUGGACACAGCUGCAUAAAGCAAGACAACCCAGCUCACUUAUCUAAGUCACAGUAAUGCAGACUAAAUCAGCCUGUUCAUCCAUGAUCAAGUUAUGGAUGAGCAUGGUCUUAUUAUGGAUUGAUUUGGCAUUUAGCAACAGCAGCACCAAACCAGAUUGCUCAGUGGAUAUGCUAACAGUACCUUCUAGAGGAGUGAGAAGGCUAGAACAAGGAGCAGAGACUAAACAUCUAGGCCUCCAUCCCAGAUGGAAGUCAGACCCUCCAACUGUACCACCCCCAACCACUGAAAUUGGGGUAUCACUAAAUAGCACGUCAGGAGAAAAUGGUGGUACUUUCCAGUGUCAUCAAAAGAAGGACUCUUUGCACAACCUAUUCCCCCUGCCCCCAGAGAAAUUCCUACCCCACAGAAAUAUCAAGUAGUUUUUGCUUUAAAUUCAAACCAGCAGGCAUUGGGGCCAGCUCUAUUAGAGGAGAGCAAAAUCCAGAAGUUAUAGAAGAAAUGCAUAGGUUUCUUCCAAGAGCAUAAACUCCUGAUGCAUCUCGUCAUUGCCUCUCAGGAGAGCAGUACUAAAAUUCCACUCAUCAUUUUAUCAUUCAGCUCAAAUCUUCUUGGCUGUUUUUCACACCACAACAUUUUGUGUGAAAAGCGACAUUCUUUUCAUUCUUGUUAAGAAUCAGUUUUCUCUUAAGCUUCUAGGGACUGUGGCUGGUCAGCUUGAGCCAAGAUGGCAGACUUGUUUUGCCAAGUGCCCUGUCAGUACAAAGAGGGGCAAGUGAGAAACAUGCCUCCUAAACCAGCCAAUAUAGCAAUUCCUUUGCCAGUCCACCUCAUGUCCACUUUGCAGAGCUAUUAGCUCAAGCAUUGGCCCAAGACAUCAGACAUGAAAAGAUAAGAAGGGCCUUCUGGAUCAGGCCACCUACUCCAGUAGCCUGUUCUCAUAGCAGCCAAGCAGGACCGGAGGCAGUGUAUAGCUAGAAUGAGCAGUAGCCAUCAAUAGCCUUACCCUCUUCCUAGGCUCAGUCUUAAACCCCCAAAGAAUGCUGUUAAUUUAAAAUAUGAAAUUAUUAUCACAUUGUAUUGUUUCUCCCAAUCUAAGAUGCCAGAGGAUAAUCUAUUUAAUACUUAUUUACCCAGUUUCCAACGCUUUCCAGGUUUCAAGGCCAGUACAAUUAUUAUUGUACAAGUGGGGCAUUAGGCCUCUGCCUCAAUGGGCAGCUAGUUCUCACCACCCAAUCUGGUGGUCAUUUUGGCCAGGAGCCCAAAGAACCUAAGAAGAGACUGCUGGUUCAGGCCAGUGGACCAUCUAGUCCAGUAUCCUGUUCGCACAGUGGUCAACCAGAUACCUGUGGGAAACCCACAAGCAGGAUUCAAGCACAAGAACAGUAUCCCCUUCUGUUGUUUGCAACAACAGGUAUUCAGAAGAAAUGCUGCCCCCAACUGCAGCGGCAGAGCACAGCCAUCGUGACUAAUAGCCCCUGAUAGCCCUCUCCUCCUCCAUGUAUUUGGCUAAUCCUCUUUCAAACCCAUCUAAGUUGGUGGCCAUCAGUGUAAGCCACAGAAGGCUGUGCUUUCUGGAGUGAUUUGAAUCCCCAGUUUUUCAUACCUUUCCCUGUGCCCCACACCACCCCAAUCUCUGUUUUUUGUUUUGUUUUUUUAAAAAAAGGGUGGAGGAAAUAGGAGCAUUUGGCAAACACAGUAAUAAAUUUGGAGAGAUAGCCUUGCAAACAAGCAUCUAGGAAAGGCCACAACGGAAAAGAUGGCUGUGUGUGUACGCCACACUUUUUUAAUCACGUAAUUGCUGAGUGACAUUCAAUUCGGUGGCCUUAAGUUUCUCUCUCCCCCCCUCCCAAGCAUCGGGCACCCGCUCCUCUCUACCUGGUGCAUCCCCACAUCCUCCACUUUGGCCUUUGAAGCGGGGGAGUGCCUUAACUACACCGAAAUUUGGCCGGGCUUCUGCAUCUUACAGUAGAGACACGCAUGCAAACAAUUGAAGUCUUUGAGAACAAUGAAAUAUGCAUGGCUAUCUGUGACAGCCCUAUAAAGCAGAGCAAUUAGCCGCGUAAUCCGAGAGAGCUGAGGCGGGUGGGCGGCCCGCGGUUCCCUAUUAGUUAAAUGCUUUUUGUAUUUGCGCUUCCCAUCAAAUCAACUAACACUUCCUUUAAUUGGUUCAUGAAUUAUACAGCUCCUCCUGCAUUAUAAUUUAAUCACCAGUAAACAUUCCUGGGGCCCCACUGUAAAAUGGAUCGCACUCAUUAAUUCGUUAAUUUCAGCAGAUGGAAGGGGAGAGCGCCGGAUGUACGGUGUGGCAAAAUACCGACCGCCUCCGGCAAUGGAAGAAGGGGGGGCCGUUUAGGGUCUUUUUCCCCCUUUUUUUUUACAGGGCUGUCAGAAACUCAAUCUGUGAGCUGUCAGCAGCCUGGACCCUUUCCCCCCCUGGCACCACUCCCCACUUUUGCUUCUGCCAUCCCUCCCUUCUUCACCCCACCCACUGGCUGGAAGUGACUGACGGAUUCAUACGGAGCCUUGUCAACCCGUCUUUAAACAUCAAGCCGGCGGGUAAACCGAACCCAAUGUAAAUUAUUUCUUGUCUUAACGGGCGCCCGUCUCCCCCCCCCCCCCCCGUUUCUCUGUCCCCAUGAAUAUUUCAUGGUGGGCAGCAUAAAUAUUAAUUCUAAUAGCUCUGCACAGUGGUUAUUAUUUCUGUCUUAUGACAAAUAUUCAUAAAAUAUUCAGCACCCUUUUUUGGAACACUUACACACUUGAUUGUGAAAUUUCCUUUUCUCUGGCUUCCUGGGGACGCGCUGAACAUAUUGGGGUUCUCUUGAUGGACUGCUUUCCUCCCCACUCUUUCCCUCCCUCCUGCCUCUUAAUUAAUACUAUGAAAUAUAAAUAUUUAAUCCGAUUUAUUUUGCGUUUUCCCCUGAAGCGAACCCUAUUAGGCUGGAGAGGUUCUGUUUGACAGUAUUUAAAUGGGGGAAAUUUAUUCCCUAUUAGGAAAUUGGUUACUCUUGACACGUGUGUAAAGUGACACAUCAUCGGCUCUUUUCCUCCUCCCCCCCCUUCUCCCUCUUUUGCAUUUGCAAUGUGUCUCCUUUUCUUCUUCAAAAAAUUAAGACUAUUCAAGGGCAUAGAUCUUGCCCCUGGAAAAGUUUCUGCCACUAUCGUUUGGCCAAAGGGAUUAACUUUGCUUUGUGGACACAGACAGUGUUAAAACACGCUAUUUCUUUAUACUAAUACUUGGCAAUUUAAAUAGCAUUUUUGCAGGUAUUUAAAGCAGCCCCCCCCCCCCCCGGUUGCUCUCUGAAUGCUGCUGAAUUACAACUCGCAUCACCUCUCACUAAGCGUGGCUGAUGGCCCAGGAAAGUGAUGGGCCAAAGCAGUGGCUUACAAAGGCCAGUGGAUGAGGUUGUGGCCGAGGUGACACCUGAACCUGGGACUUCUCAGCUUGCAUUUCAGCUGUGCCAAUUAUCAUCUUAUUUUGAUGUUAAUGUAGAAAAUUGGCACAGGUGAUAUAGCCAAAACAAACAUCUGCGUUCUGAUGCUGUUCAGUUGUCUUGACCUGCUUUUCCCUCACCUUAUGGCUGUAGUGAUGAGAGGUGGUCUUCUGGCCCUUGUGUGGUGUCAUCAUAUUUGUCCUUGACCAAACUUAAGCACUCAGGCCUCUUCAGACAGCAUGGUAGGCUUGGAAGGCAUGUGUUGGGGCUGCCGACCGAGAGCCAGGCAGGUAGGGAAGCAAGCAAGCUAGUUGACAAUUCAGUAGCAGCCCCAACUGCAGGGUAGAAAGUCUGCUGGGCAGCCCAAGGGGAACAUAAGAAGCUGCCAUAGUGAGCCAGAGUUUUGGUCCUUCUAGCUCAGUGCUGUCUACACUUACUGGAAGCAGCUCUCCAGGGUUUUAGGCAAGGAGUCUCCCAGCCCUACCUGGAGAUAUUGAGAUGAGGUACAUCCCUUCCCAGUAUGUGUUCAGGAUCAUUUGCAGCAUCACAAAAGUUCUUUCCCGGCAUUGUAUGGGAUCCAGAUUAUGCCUGUGGCUCCAACAGCAAAAGGCUCUGUCUUCUCUGCUCCCUUCCAAGCCACAGAAGCUCCCUCCUUGCUGAGACGAGCUGCGAUUAAGCUCACAAUUAGGGGAAAUGGGGCCAGCUCAGUUGUCCACCGAAGGAGCUCCCUGCUGCUGCCAUCUUUAUUCCUGAUCUGUGAAGUGCCAUUGGAGCAAACUCUGGGGGGAAUCUGACAAUGAUGGAAUAACAAACGAGAGGGAGGAGGAGGCAGAGAAUAAAAAUGAGAGAGGUGGUGUGUGUGUGUGUGUGUUUGGGUGUUUGCAUGAAGGGAUGUGAUGUCAUUUCAGGAGCAAUUGCUGAUACCACCAGUUCCUAGCCUCUUUCUUUUUUUAAAAGUGGGGCAUUAUGAGCAAAUUCUCUAAAGAAACUUUAUGGACAUCUUGAAAAGCCUUUAAAAUGUUUGCAUUGCCUGUGCUUCCCCUCCCCCCAUAUGCUUAUAUAACACCCCCUCAGUGGAUGAUGGGUUGUAUUCAGUGCUUUACGCAGAGCAGACUUAUCAAAUUAGUGGGUAUGGUUAACUUAGAUCUGGUAAUUUCAGUGGGUUUGCUCAUUGGCUACAACCAGAUAUUCCUGAUUCCUAGCAGAUUUGGUGACCGGAACGGGGUGGGGUGGGGUGGGGUGGGGUGGGGAGGAGGAUUAGACUGGACAUGUUUGCCCUGAAGCUGAUUGAUCCCCUAUAUAAUGUUAUCAGAACAAAGUUGUAUAUGUUCAGGAUUUGGUAAGAUGAGAGAGAGACUUCUCCUACAUGAAGGCCAUGUCAGUUUUUCCGCUUUGAAGUACAAAAAGCUGUGAAUCAGUUGGGCAGACUGUGAUGUCCUGAAUAGGCUCUUUUCCCCUUCUUCAGUUUGCCAGUCAUCAGACUCAGCAAAGAGGAGAGAGCCUUGUAACACUAAACUGUAGUUUGGCUGUAACCACAGUUACCAAGUUCCCACUGAGAACUGUGGUUAGUUUAGAAGCUGAAGCAGAUUCUCCUUGCAUUUUUGUACACAUCACUUGGCUAGAGAGGACUGCAUUGCAAAAUUUGGAGAAGUGUGAAUUUUGAAGGAGGGCUGUGUUACAGUUUAUGUAUUGUAUCACAAAAUGUGGAUUUGAACGUGAACUGCAUCAAAUCCUUCCUUCCUAAUUAGAAGCAGAAGGGGCAAGGCAGAGCAGGAAGUGUGUCUGUGGGAACCUCUUAAGCUAUUCACUCUGCAGUGUCACCGUAGAUCAAGGGGGAGGGAGCCCUUGGCCCUCCAGAUAUUCCUGAACUGUUGUCAUCAUCCCAGGCCAUGCUGGCUAAGGCUGAUGGGAAUUGUAGUCUAGCAACAUCUGGAACACCAAAGAUUCCCUGCACCUACCCUAGAUGACAGCCUUACACGGCUAAGAAGGAAGACUGGAUUUCACAGCCUCUUUCCUCUCUGUGGAUAUACGGUAUACUGUUCUGGGGCCAUGGCAAGGCAGGCUUGGAACAUUUGGCAACUGAAUAGUUAACAGCAGUAAUCUCUCUCUCUCUCUCUCUCUCUCUCUCUCUCUCUCUCAGGUUUAGGCACAGCUGGGGGAAGUUGUGGCAUUAUCAGUUAUGCUCCCAUUUUAAGCAAGGAUCAGCCAGUGCCCCCCAUGCCCCCACCCCCCGCUGAGUGCAGAGCAUGCAGAAUGGAAAGCAGGCAGCUGGUCCCUGCUUACCAAGGGGAAGAUGUAUAGGCUAUUUUAGCAAAUUGAGAACAAGAUGAAUGGCCUUCUAUUUUUGAAAGUUGCUGUCUCACAAUAAAAGCGGAAGUUUAAAAGUAGCUUUUAACCAGAGGAGGCUGGUCCAUUAGGGCAUAUAGGGGCACUGCCCCACCAACCGCAGCCUGCCUGUGCCCCUCUACCCCACCUGCCUGCUUUUCCUCUUUAGGGGUUGGCUCUGCCAGCCAGCUUCUUCCUCCAUAGUUUCAGUGCUGCCCAUGUAGAACUCAUCAGGGAGGAGGAUGGGGACAGAACUAGAAUGAGUUGGCCCCACCUCUGAUUGCUUCCAGCUUCACCUGUCAUUGGCUCUGUCUCUGUCUACUGGCAGGGUCACUGCUUUCUGCCCUACAAGGCCCAAUGGGCAACAACCACCACUAAAAACAUGAGAAGAGCCUUGCUGGAUCUAGUCCAACAUCCUUGCCCAUCUAGUCCAACAUCCUGUUCUCCCAGAACUCUCCUAGUAUUCAGAAGCAUUACUGCCUCCAACUGGAGGCAGUUUAGCCAGAAUGACUCGUAGCCAUUAUCCUCCUCCAUGAAUUUGUCCAAUCCUCUUCUACAGCCAUCCAAGUUGGUGGCCACCACCAACUCACUUCCUGUGGAAGUGAGUUCCAUAGUUUAGCACCCAGGAGUCCCAACUUGUACCCACAAGAAUGUUCCCGUUCCAUCUGGUCCACAUCCAACAGAUUUCCAUUGUCCAACCCAGGGCCCAACAUUAAGCAUCCCAGUUUGAUUGCAUCCACUCCUGAUAUCUAUGCAGAUACCUACUCUACACACGUAGAAAGAACCCUAUACAUUUUUUGGAGGGAGGGCAUUUAUAGGGCACUUAUUAACCAUGCCCACUGGGGCUGGUUCAAAAAUUUUAAACAGUAAAAAUACUUAUGUAAUCUAUAAAAGCUAAAACAAUUGGGGAAGGACUGUAGUUCAGUGGUAGAGCAAAACUUAGUUGGAUACAACUCUUUGUAAUUAAUUUUUAGCAGACAGUGGGAGUAAUAAUGUAGGUUUAGUGGAAGCUGAACCCCAGCAGAAUGGAAACAGUGCUGAUUGUGAAGAAUGGAGGAUUGGAAGGAAAUUGCUGCCUGCUUACAUCUAUAUGCCGUGCCCCUGCUGCAAGCACCUGCUGCUCUUCCUAAUGGUGGGGCUGGAGCUGUCCUCUGUUCUCCAGCUCCAAAUCUUCUGCUCAGGAAACCAAACCUGGAGACCAAUAAAUAGGUUGGGCUGUGCAGUUCUGGCAGCAUAGAAAGAUGCCUUGUAAUCCUCUCCAGAACGUGGUUGUUUGUUUGUUUGUUUAUUAAAUUUGUAUACUGCCCUUCAUCCAAAGAUCACAGGGUAGUUCACAACAUAAAAACCCAAAAUGAAAACCCGAAACAUAUAAUAAAACGAAAACAAAAGUGAACAAACCAAUAACCCCUUUCCCACAGACACAUUUGAAUGGCCUUCUUCUUUAACUGCUGAGUGAUGCCAGGUAUAGUAGGGCAGGCUUCCUCAACCUUGGCCCUCCAGAUAUUUUUGGCCUACAGCUCCCAUGAUCCCUAGCUAGCAGGACCAGUGGUCAGGGAUGAUGGGUAGUCUCAACACAUCUGUAGGGCCGAGGUUGAGGAAGCCUGUAGUAGGGGCUUGACGAUGGCUUGUCCCUUGCUUGUCACAUUGACCCUCCAGGUGUUACUAGACUACAGCGCCCAUGAUCUCAGGCCAUUGGCCAUGCUUCCUGGGGCUGAUGGAAGCUGUUGUUCAGCAAAACCCGGAAGUCCAAACGUUCCCCCAUGGCUUUUAGGCAAUGAACACGUCUGAGUCAGGAAUUACCCACCUGACUCCCUACAACAUUCCCCCCCUCCUUCCCUCUGCUUGUCUUUAUUGCUGACACCAGACUGAAUAAUAAGACACGCUUUCUCCACACACAAAAUGUGUAUUUCCGACAAGGCUCUUCCACUGUUCAUCUUCCUGGCAGCUUCUUACGAGGGGUGGGUCGUUGGCUUUUCCUUCUCAGUUUCCUGCUACAUUUCUCUUUUUCUCAACUUAGUGACUAUGAGUAGCGACAAGGCUCCUUGAUAUGGCAGGUUAUAAUCCUUUCCUUCUUUUUUUGUUUUGUUUUGUUUAUUUUGGAAAAUAAUAGGGGGAGCCGUAUCAAUUAUCAGGACUGUAUAAGCAGACAUUGUCCCCCCCCCCCCCCGUGCGCCUUUCCCUGCCUUCUGCUAGAAUAUUCAUCUCAAUACACUUUAUCACUAGUUACCCGUUGUGACAAUCACAAUUCUAGACGGUUGUUGGGCAACAGAAACAAAGCAGAAACAAAAUGUUUGGAGUGUAAAGGAUAAAAGACUGUUGAAAACUGUUAUAUUCUCCUCCUGUCUUUGGAAUCAUUGAGAUCUUCUGCUUUUUUUAUUUUUAAUGCUGGGCUGAGGUGUGUGUGUUUUUUGUGUGGUUUUUUUUUUAACUCAAUGCAAGUGGAAGUCAUUAUCUGUAAACAUUUGAAGAGCCAGCGAGAUGAUUUUCAUAACUUUAAGUUCUACAAAGGAGCCAAAUAAUCUUGCUACGUGCAUGCCACAGUGAUAGAACCCUCUGGCUUUCAUCUGAUCUGAUUCUCCCCAGUAAGGAUAAAAUGUUCCCUUUGGUGAAUGUCUAAAGCUUACACUAACCGGUCUGAGAGGCACGUGCAUGCCCCCCCCUCAAUGAAUUGAAAUGAAAUAUAAAAACUAAGCAGUAUAGCCUUGAAGCCAGCCGCAGGGAGAAAUUGCAUUCUGAGGAAAGCCGGCAAAAUAUCCUAUUCCCCACCGCCCAGAAUAAAAUAAAAGUUCAUUUCUACAAAGAAUUUGGAGUGGAUUAGGGAACAGGAGAAAGACAGAAAGCUAAAUAAUAAACAGGAGAUUUCCCCCUCUUCCAAGUUACCUCUUCCAAUAUCCUUUCGGUAAAGAUAUUUCCUGCAUUAUGAAGCUUGAGGCAUGAGAAAUCCUGGGAUGCACUUCAUACUUCAGGGUUGGAAAGUGGAGGCUGUAGUUAUGAAUGAGCAUAAAAAAUUCCCCUCCGUAUAGUAAAGAAGUGAGAGCGGGUUAACAUAGUCAUCUCCCUCAAGUGCUGGCCUGCUACACACGGGGGGCUUUGGGCUUAGGGGAGCAUCUGAAAAUAGGAGCACACUCCUGUAGUCAGUUGGGAUAGCCCAGGAGUGUAAGUCUUGGUGCUUUUCUCCCAAGGGUCAAAAUGAUAUACAUGAUGAAUGAGUGGUGGAACUGCGGGUGGAGGAGUUCCAGAUUCAAAUGCUCCUCUCAGUUCUUUCCCUUACAAAAACACACACCAUGCAAAGAGAAAACUAGCAGAUCAAGGACAAAGGUUCAAUCAUGGCCUUCGUUGUGCUCAUUUUAAAUAAAUAAACAAUAUUUAUGUGUGGCAGGGAGUUUUUAAUAUUGGGGUGCAUUUAAAAAUGUGUAACUCCCUCAACUGGCAGUGAUACGGGCCAGAUUUAUUCCAGCUCAUCCCUCUGCAUAGAUUAGACUUAAGGCAUGCUCAGAAACAAAAUCUAGGGAAGAAGCCAGCACAGGAAGGAACUCUGGCACAUCCUCUAUGGAGAGGUCUCCUGCCUUUCCUUUCUUUGAAACCCCGGGUUCAAAUGGACUGAGCUUCCUGGGCUCCAUGAGGGCUUACUGGUAAUGCCUGAAGAAGGAUAAUAGCCCAACAUAAGAACAGCCCUUUUGCAUCAGGCCAAUGAUCCCAUCUAGUCCAUCGUCCUGUUCUCACAGGGGCUGAACAGAUGCCCAAAUGGGAAGCCAGAAAGCACUUGUGAUCUCCAGCAGCUGGCAUUCAGAGACAUCACAGCCAUUGUGGCUAGUAGACAUCGAUAGCCCUUUCCUCAAUGAAUCUGUCUGAUCCUCUUUUAAAGCCAUCCAAGUUGGUGGCCAUAACUGCCUCCUGUGGGAGCAAGUUCCACAGUUUAACUCUUAGGUUCAGUUCCUUUCCUAAUGAUCCUUAACAUGGAAGUCACCUUUUUUCAAAGCUGUGACACUCCAGUUUGCCUUUAAGGCCACCAUUUUAAUGUAUGCUCCAAUGAGGGCAAUGUGGAAAAUUAAAACGGCACCUAGACACAGCACUUUGGUGCUACUGGGAACAUUCCAGCCAGAUAGGACCACCAGGGUCCCUUUGAUGGAAGAGAAAUCCUCUCUCUUAACUUGGAGGCUGAUUGAGAGGGACCGCAGCAUCCAAAAGGCUUCUGCAGGUUAGAGGACCAAGUGCAGGCAGGUGAUGGGAACAGACCCUGGCCUUGGACUGAGGCAGCUUCUUGUAUUGUUAAUCAAAGAUCAUUAUUCUUUAGGAUACAGCAAGCCUGCAACUUGGGUGCAUUUCAUUUGUGUGCAUGGCAAAAAACAAACAAAACCCUAUUAAAAAUCAAAAAGGGGGCAGAAACAGGUGGAAAUGACUUUGGCAGUCCCACCUGCCACAGAACCCAAUGUAUUUUGACUAUACGUGAUUUUGGCGUUAGGCUUGAUCCCUGGAAUAAGUUGCGGGCCUACCGUAUAGGAAGAAUCCAGCUGUUCUCAAAAAACAGUCAGUGUGCUACUGCUAGUGGCAUUAACUGAACAUUUCCCCCUCUCCUCUCUCUUCAUAGGGUGUUUUUCCUGCACAUCACACCUGAGUCCAUUCUGGAGCGCCUGUGUUACCGUAUGCUUGACCCGGUCACUGGAGAAAGGUUAGUAGCACCAAUGCAAGUGUGCUGGGGAUAGUUUCCCUGCUUUGGAAAAUUUAUACAAAUCUAGGGGGGUGGCGUGUUUUUUGUUUUUGUUUUGCAGAAUAAAGUUCACUUUUUGAAGGGAUGUCUGGUCCAAAUGCAAUUCAAAGACAGCCCUGAGUUACCCUUCUCAACAGACAGCCUCACCUGGACAGCAGAUUGAGCAGGCAUAUGCACCUAGUCACAGCCUAGGGAGAGAUGAAUUUCCAUUGGAAUGACAGUAACCCUGUCUGCAUUUGCAUUUACUCUAGGGGUGGGUCACCCUUCUUAAGCUGAAUAUCUGCCUUCCCUUCUAGACAACCUUGCAAGGGCUGCAUGCCAGUGAUGGGAGGAGCCAGAGGCAAAUGUGGGCAGAUCAACCAGUGUCAGUUUUCGCAUUUACACAGUAAGCUAGUUUCAUCACACGCUCACACACACUGCUCUGUCCUCCAUCCAGACAAGCAAGAGAAAGGGAAUUUACCUUUGGGGUUAGACUGUAAAUUUGAAUCCAAGACUUGCCAUUUAAAAACAAAAAAAUAUUUGUUCAGGGGCCAGAAAACUGUAGGCCAAGCCUCCCCAGCUUUGGUUGGUUUAAUUGUGAGCACUUUUGCCAACAAUUUUCCUGUGUUUUUAAAGAGUAUUUUUUCUGAAUUAUGGCUAUAUAUUGUUAUGUCAGCAUUGGGGGACCUGUGGCUCUCCAGAUGUUGCUGGACUCCACCUCCCGCAUCCCCUGACCAUUGGCCAUGCUGGCUGGAGCUGGUGGGAGUCCCACAAUAUAUGGAGGGCUACACAGUUGCUGAUCGAAGAAGAGGCGCUCCCCUCUCUCAAAUGAGAGACUGCUCUUCUAAAGAGAAGCAUCCUUCCAUGUAUUACAUGCAGUAGGGAAUGCUGUUUAUUAAAACAGGUGUGAUGGACUCCGUGGCCUUCCAGAUGUUGUUGUACUUCAACUCCCUUCAUCCCUGGACCAUUGGUUGUUGUGGCUACAGGGGCUGGAAGGCCACAGGUUCCCCAUUCCUGCUGUCACCAGGACACUCUUUAAAAGGUAGGGUAGAGCUUCGUCUCUGAGCUUUUUACUGUUCUGCCCCAUUUCCAGGUACCACACACUGUACCAACCGGCAGCCUCCAAGGAAGCCAGUGAACGCCUCCUGAUACAUCCGAGGGACUUGGAAGAGGCUGUGAAACUCAAAGUGGACGCUUACUUGAGGAUCGCCGAAGGCUUGGAGACUGUAUUAGAAGAUGCCAUUUUCAUCAAUGGCGACCAAGACCCUCAGACAGUAUUUGAGUACAUCGAAAGCUACAUUGUCAAUCCCCGACCAACCACCCUAGGCUUCCCACUACAAAUGGUUUGAAGUGUCUUCUUGAAAAUGAUUAGGCAAGUGCUUGGCUUGGCUUUGUUUUACAUUGUUUUCCUUUACUUUUUUAAAAUUAUUUUCAAAUUUUCAAACAACAAUUAAAAAGAAAAACAAAACAGCACACAUAUCCCAUUGGACUUCCCUCCCCCCUUUUGUGUAUCCAUAUAUAUAUCCAAGAAGAUGCAGGGGGAAAAUAUCUAUCUUUAUAUCUAUAUCUAUCUAUCUGUCUGUCUGUCUGUCUGUCUAUCUAUCUAUCUAUCUAUCUAUCUAUCCCCUUUUGUGGAUCCAUAUAUAUAUAUAUAUAUAUAUAUAUAUAUAUAUCCAUAUGCGUGUGUGUGUGUGUGUGUGCGCGCGCGCGUAUCCCCUGCAUUUUACACCCACCCACACCCUGCAUAUAUAUCUCCACAAAAGGGAGAUACAUAUAUAUAUAUAUAUAUAUAUCCCAUGCAUUAUAUAUAUAUAUAAUUACCAUCCUUAACUGUUCCUUAUUUCAAAAUUUUAAUUACAUGUUUUCCAUCAAUCUUGCACUAACCUUUGCUUUAAGCUACCCCACCCCCUCCACCCAGGAGGUUGCAGACGCUCAACGGGGCCAGGAAACACAAGUUCCCCACAGCCUACAAAGCCCUCAAUGGAUUCCUUAUAAUAAGAGCGGGGAACUUGGGGCCCUCCAGAUUGGUCAGGCUGCUGGUGUGGGGCUGCUGGGAGUUGGAGUCAAACAAUAUCUGGAGGGCCAGUUUCCUCACCACUUACUUGGGUAUCAUAAACUUUCAAGAUCCCCUGGGCCUGGUAUAUAUAGCAGAACUGUGAGUGCUUCCUCCUGCCUUUGGCUAAUCAGUGGAGCAGGGUCUUUUGGCUCCACCUACUCAGGUCACCAAUCUCAGGGCUAGAGAUAAGGCUAGAGAUAAGGCACCUUCCUGAUCUAGAUUUAAGUGUUGCUGCAAACAGCCCUGCUUCUUACAAGAGGGUGGGGAACCUGUAGCUCUCCAUCCCAACCAUUGCCCUGCUGGCUGAGGCUGAUAGGAGUUGGGAGUCUGAUAGGAGGCUGAUAGGAGUUAGGAGUCCCACUUUGAUCUAAGAAGAGGCAUUGUCUCUCACAUGGAAUGCCUCUUCUAAAUAGAGACAUUCUUCCCCUCUCUGCAUGCACUAGGGAAUGCUGCUCCUUAGAUCAGGAAUGGGGGACGUGUGACCCUCCAGAUGUUGUUGGAGUUGGGUGUGUAACAUCUGGAAUGCUGCAGGUUCCUCAAACCUGACCUAAAAUAGGCGGCGGCAGACUGCUAGUAUCCAUAUGUUGAGAGUUAGACCUGAGAGCAUCCAGUUGGACUAGAAUACCCCACCUCCUCCUGUAAAUUUGAUGUUUUGUUUUCCCAAGAGAAAUUAAAGGGGUGGUAACAUUCUUGAUUAUUAACCAAACAGGAUUUUUCUCUUCUUUUUUUGAUUUUUGUGUCCUGCUAAUUCCCAUGGUUCAGUGACAGAAGAAAAACCUCUCCCCUACCCCAUCCUGUCCUUUCCUAUAUGGAUGAUUGUUCAAGGCAAGCUGUAAAUCUAAUUCCUGUGUUCUUGGGUCAGAAGAUUGUAGAACAGACUAUUAAAAGCUCUCUGAACUUA